AUGUCAAUCGACUGGCGCGGUACGUUUCUAGUCGGUCCGCGAACCUGCACGGGCGUAGGAAGAGAAGUUUUCCUUACCCCGGGAUGUCCCGGAAAUUUCCGUAAAAGCAGAAAAAAUUCGAUUUCAUACUUUUCUCUGUAUUCGCCGGGAUACCAGGAAAUUUCGAUUCGUUGUUUCUAUUAUUUAUAUUAUAUUUUCACGGAACGCUUAUAAUUAUUUCAGCGUCCUGCACUUAUUACAUUGUUUAAUACCUAUGAAUUAUACGUGUACAUACAUUUAUAUAUAUAAAUACAUAUAUUUUUUUUCCCCUUUAAAAGUACACUUAAACUUUUUUAACGGAAAAAAAAAUUACGCUUGAAAAAUAAACGCGUUUAUAAUAAAUUAUUGUUGUAACGAGGUAACAAAGGUAACAUACUGAUGUCCGUUCGUCGUUGCUCGAGUGCACUAAAGCAAGGCGCGAAAAAGUAACAACUUUUUUAUUCAAAGUCCUGCCUAGAGGCUACAAGCGCUUGCACAGUAGUUACUAAAAAAAUCGGUGCUCUGCGGGUGUUUUGUACGUGAUGGCUGCGGUCCCCGUACGGGACACUGAAAACCGGUGUGCCACAGUAAUAGAUUGAAGAAGUUAGGAAGGUGGGAUAUUAUAUGGAAUUAUUUAAUCUGUCCGUAAUGGUACACCAUUGCUAUCGAAAAACAAUUUGGACCAAAGUUCGGUGUAGUACACGUUUUGUAAUGUUGUAAUUUUUACGCCUUUCGUCGAAAUUUGAUAUUAAAAUUCUCGUAAAAAUAAAGUACUAUAAUAAACUCAUUUUUUUUUUUUUAACCACGAAAUAAUUCUUAUAAUGAACCUCCUUUUCAAUUGCCAUGCAUUUCUGUUUAUUCGAACUUUUGUUAAUGCCUAUAAAGUAUAAGGUUAUAUGUAUAAAAAUAAAAAAGUACAAACGUUAUUUUCAACUAUUUUUUUCACAUUACAUUUACAUUUGUUUUUUUAAUGUUAAUCGUUAAUUAUGAUUUAUGAUAAAUUAUGACAAAUGAUAUUCGAUUUUAGAUUCUGAGUGGAGCGGAGAAGCUUAUGGUUUUACAAAGAUGUUUAUUAUUUUAUUUUUUUUUUGUUUUUCUAUGGGCAACUUUUCUACCAGCAAUUUUGCUUUAAUUUAUGAUAAUAACAAUUUUUCUAAGAGGAAAUUUGACUGCAGAGAUACUUUAAAGAGGUCGUUUUUCGAUUUCCUCAGGAGUUUUCUCCACAAAUGUGAAAAACCGAAAAAAAAACAUGUGAAAACCGGGAAAAACUUAUGAAAAACGGAAAAAUCGGUUUAUUCUUUAUUUAGGUUGAAUUUGUUUCAAUGUUGUUUUUUGUUAUAGCAUUAUAAAUAACUUUUUAAAGUUCUGUGUACAAUACAGCAAUAAUUAAUAGUUUUUGCACGCUUUAUCACAUUUAACUGUCGACUACCAUUUUUAUGUUUUUUUUUUCUUCUAUGCCUUUUCCACAGUGGACAUUAGAAAGUAAAACAAUAAUUCGCCUUCCGUUUUUCUUACCCGUUUAGUGUCACACUUCAUAGGUAGGUUAGGUUAGGAUAGGAUAAGGAUAGGUUUUUCCUAAUGUCGAGUCCGCGGUUAUGAACAAUAAGUAAUUUUUAUUUUUUGAAUGGCUCUUUCCCAUUUGCAAUUCCACUUGUUAUGUCUGAAUUAUUUAUACCACGCUCCGCAAUUUAACUACCCGGGUAUAAAUAUUUUGUUCAAUAGGUUCUCUGUUAGUACAUUGUAUGUUUAACCGCGCAUAAUGGUAUUCGGCAAACGUUCCAGGUCUCUACGAUUAUAAUAUAAUAAAAUAUACUAUCUAGUUAAUAUUUCCGACGGAAACAUUUUUGCUCAAACGCGGUUAUCGGAUUCAAAUGUAAAUUUAAUUUUCAUAAAUAAUAAGGAUAAUAAAGUAACGAUAUAUACGGCAAAACAAAGUAAACCUCCAUGGGCUAUUUUGUUUUGUUUAUAAUUGGUAUUUUAACGGCGGCGCUACGAGACAAAACGUAGUUUUCACUGCGAAUUAAUACCCCCGAAUGUAAAUACAACAAAAAUUUGCGAACCUGUCCUCGUAUGCACACAAUCAAAGUGGGUUCUAACACGCAUACGCAAUACUUCUAUUUAUUUUUAACCAUAGCGCACUGAUAUCUCUUUGGUUAUUGGCACGUUUAAUUUUAUUCUUUUCGAGUUUAUUCGUUUGUUUGUUGUCCUCGAUUAACGCACGCCCGUGACCACCAUCAAUGGCGUGCUGAAGGGAUUUUCAAGAGAUCAUAGAUUGUGAAUUUUUUUCAUUAGUGUGGGCGGAUGGCGUGGAUGGUUAAUGAUUUAUAUGAUGAUCUGUCGCAUAAAAAACGAACUGUACCCAAACAUAAAUUUAUCGUCAUAAUUAAAAUAUUAAGAAUAAUUAAACAUAUUUAAAGAAGAAUAUCCGUAUAGCUGCAUAUAUUAUAAUUUUAAGUAAUAAUUUUACCAAUAAAUGGGAAAAAACAUGGGAAAAUCGGUACAAUGUUAAAGAAAUAUUAUUAAAGAAAGUAUAUAAUGCCUAUUUAAUUAUUUUAUCAUAAUUUAACAUAUAUAUUGUUACUAAAGCUUCACUAUCAACCGGACUGUGCUCAGAAUCGAUUUUUUUCGUUAGCACAGUUUAUCGCUACUUACAGAUACAUUAAAUUACCUAUAAUUAUAGCAGCACGCUUCUCUUAUUAUCCUAGGACAUCUUUUAUAUUUUUAAAUUUAAACAAGAUACAUAUUUAUGAUAUAAAAAAAAAUCAGUCAUAAUAUUUUAUACUUAGAUCUCUAUGAUGUUUAUUUUAUGGCGUAAACUCCUUCGUGGUUUGAUCAAAAUGUUAUCAAUGAAAAAUAGAGAUUAGUGGUGGACGUCCUAAAUUUUGUUUGCCCCAAAUGUAAUAAAUGUUCACCGUGCCUCUGUAUAACUCAUCCCAAAAAAACAUUUUCUAACAAUCAGUUUACAUCUUUAACAAAAAAAAAAAUAAUAAGUAAAUAAAAUUAUCGAAUAUAUACCUACAAAAUCUCAAAAUCUCGAAGUCUCAAAAUCAUUUUCUAUUCACGACAAUUCCAUAUCCGAUAGUAUAUUAUGUAUCCGAACGUAUUUUAAAUAACGUCUUUGUCACUCUGGUGUUCUCUCAUGGGACUUCUCCUUUUACCCUUCACUUACGUUUCCAUUUUCAACGUCAAUCAUUCGUGUGCCGAAAAUCUUUUGUAUAUACAUUGCAUAGCGAAAUAAUAAUAAUUAUUAUUACCGACCGGUAAAAUAUAACCGGAAAAAGAUAUAAACUAUGACGUUUUUUGAAUCCCGAGUUGUCUUUUUAUUUUUUUGUGAUAACCAUGAGCUUCUUGAUUAAGAUGAAGGGAAAAAACACAAGGAUCUCAUUUCGUUUUUUUUUUUUUUUUUCAUUUCAAAAGGCUCACGCAGCAUGCUUUAUUUGUAUGUAUACUGCAUAAACUAUGUAUAUCCGCUAUAUUGGACUCGACUCGGCUCCGGUUAAUAUAAAAAGGCUUUUCCGUUUGAAUGUAACAGUAUAUACUAGGGCUUGAAUAUGCAGUCAGUGUGUGGAGUACAGGACCGGUAAAACUUAUAAUAUCGACUGUGUGUGGCGCGGAUAAACGACCGAUUUAAAUAUCGGUUCCUCUCCCUGUCCCCCCCUCCCUACAGCUUGAACGGUCUUUUGGUGUGCACGGUAACCAUUACGCGAGAUAAAACAGUCGGAAUAAGAUAUUAUAUUGUGUCGUGGGAAUCGGCUGCACGUUUGCGCUCGAGCCCACGUCAAACAUAAGGGAAAUUUCGCAUACUUACCCGUAUCGUAUUACACAUAAUAAUAUAUUAUAUCAUUUCGAGUUUUCGAAAAAUUCAAAACCUAAUAAAAACAACAGUUCUCGAUGUCGUUUACUAUGCGUUUCGAACGGUCAAAAUAUACUAUUCCUGUACGUGUGUACAAACAAACACGAAAUAUGUUCGAUCCUAAAACUACCGAACGUGCUCGCCCUUUUUUCGUUACGUAUAAUAUUUCAUUCGAGUUUAUACAAUAUAAUUUUCAACUUUUAAACAUUUUCCGAACAAACGUGCGUGUUUAUUAGGGUAAUUGUAAAAUAAUAGUAAACAUAUUAGACAUAAUAUUUUCCAAUGCCCAUACAAUAUUAUAACUAACCGAUUUUUUGGUCAUUACUAGAACGGUUUGCAGUUCUCGACGUGUGUUAAAGACUAAAAACUGGAAAUUCGUAUAUUGAAACUAAUCGAUUCUAGACUACACAUUCUAAAAACUUUCGUGCGAGUAUGAAAUUGAAGUCAGUGAAAUUAUUACAUUUUGUGGAGUUUAAACGCGAAAAUGCGAACAUUUACUAUGAAAACAUUUAAAGUUUAAUCGUUUACAAAAUCUGUAUUUAUUUAUUUAAAUUAUCAACGCCUCUAGGGAUAGGAAUUUGAUAGUAUUAGUACACAUUUUUAUUUGCUAGCUGUUCCGCCCAGCGUUAUAUAUAAUAAUUUAAUUUCUCUUCCACCCCUCUCUCUUUUUGAAUAUUUAAAGGAAUUUUUUUUUAUUUUUAAAUCCAUUUAAAACCAAAAUCAAUAAAAUUGAUUCACGCAACCCGUUUAUCCGCUCUUGUAUGUAUAUUUGCAGAUUUUCAAAUUAUUGAAUGUGAACCACACAUCACAGGCAGUCAGACAAACACUAACUUUUAUUAUUAUAAAAUAUUACGACCGCGGAAAUUUCCCAGUGAAAUUAAUAUUUUCCUAACUAAUGAUAACUAAUAAUUGUGUGUAUUUAUUUCAGAUCUGGAAAAUUCUGAAAUGUUCGUAAGCGAUGACAACAAAAUCCCAAAAUUCUUAAACAAACCUGGCGCCUACAAGGUCGUCACCAAGGAUACAAUCGUGUUACCAUGCGAAGUAUACAACCCCGGUAAGUUUAAAACAUAAUAUUUUAAUUAAACGUAUUUUAAUGAAACACGACUAAUAUAAUAUACUUGUUCGCAGUGGUAUAAUUAUGGUUUGAUUCUGUGAGGGGAGAGGGUAGUUAAUUUGUCAAGUAAUCUUCGUGUGUGGCCUAUCCUCCUAACACCCAUAUACUACUAUGUUUUAGACUCUAAAUGUAGCGAAGGAGUCAUUAGUAUGAUUAAGAUUAUAAACUGUCAAAAAUUAAAAUAUAGAUUUUUAUUUUUAUUGAUUUCUGGGUUACCUUGGCUACAAGGAUAAAAAACACAACAUAUACUACUCCGCUCAGAAUCGAUUUCUGUUUGCAAUAAGUGCACUGCUUGUUUCUACGGAAAAUACAAAACUAUACUUGCUGAUAUAAAUUGUAGUGUGCUAUACAACAGCUAGACAGCUCCUCUUAUUAGCAUAUUUCGUGUUUUGUUGAUUAAACUGAUAGAAUAAAUAUUAUAUUCCCCUUUAUUUUCUACACAAUACGAGUCGAAUACGAUAAUCCGUAUGGAAUUUAUUGUGUGAAUCAGAAAGAUUAUAAAAAAUCGUGGGCUAAAAACCAGACAACUUUAUAAAUAUUAUAUAGAUUAUAUAGGUAUCUAUAUGAAUAGCUCAUAUUUUUGAAUAGACUCGGUGAAUAACAUAUCGAGUAAAAUUGAAUCCUUUUCAUCUUUUUCAUCGUGGUCUAAUGUAUAGCUAAAUUUGUUUUAAAAUUAGUUUUGUUUUUGUAUUGAGAAGUGUUGAAUUAAUAGUCAAUACGUUUAUACCGUUUUUCUCGUCUUCCGGAAAUUUUGAAAGACGCAAGACUGGUUAUUGUACAAAACUCGUUUUUAAGUACAUAGAUUACUCAAUGGAGUGUACACUCAAUUCAUAGUAUUGUAUAAAAUAUUAUAUCAUUUGAAUAUUUUAUGACAGUUAUGACGAAUUAUGUAUUGCGAUUUAGAUCGUCUAGUCAUCGUAUUCAUUCGGUAAUAAUAAUUAGACAUUUGCUAUUUUAUUAGUAAUUUAUUCGAGAUGAAGACGGAAUAACUAAAAUGGCCAAAAAUUGUAUUAUACAUAUUUUUAAAUAAUUUCUAUUCAUAAUUAUAUCGUUUUCAAAAACGCCAUAACGGUCGCUUUUAGAUAUUUUUUUUUUAAAUUAUUUUCUUUCUAUAUUCUUUUUCGUAUCACUUAUGAAUCAAUCGCUUGCUUUUAAACACAGCACGUAAUAUUUUAAUAAUUAUAGAUACUUAAAAGGCUGGGCUGGUUAAUGAAUAAAAUUAAUCCAGUCGAAUUAAAUUAAUUUAAAAAAAUAAAAAUAAAUAUUAAUUGUAUCAACAAUUAACAAUUGAACUUAAGUUCAUAUGUAUAUAUUUUUAUAUUAAUGUAAUAAUAUCUUAAUGACUACAAUUGAAAAGACUACCCAACCAUCGUAAAUUUAAUAUGAUACAUUUUAUUUAUUUUGAUAAUCAAACGCCUUACAGCAUUGGGUUAAACGUAACAUAUCGGUAAAUAUCUAAUAUUAUAUACAGAUAAGAAAUUUCUCCGAGACUAAGACCCGGUUUUUCAACCAUCGAGUUAUUCACCAGAUACAUAACCAUCUGAUAAACUUAUCUGGCGGAUAAUCUAUCAAAUAAAGGGUUUUUCAAUGUAAUUUUACCUUCAACUGAUACCUUUUUGCCUUUUGAGUAAAAUUUUCAAAAAAUUUUAACCAUUUUUGAGCCAUUUAUAGACAUUUUAAUUUUACGAAUUUUGUACGAAAUUUGUAAUCGGUAAGUACUGUGUGGUAAAAUAAUUGUUAGUCUUAAUAGGAAUACAUAAACAUUUACCGAGGGUUCAUUAAAAGUCUUACUUUGUGGUUUUUUAUGAUCGAUUUUUUGUUAGCAAUGGUUUAUCGUUUACUAACAAUAUUUAUAUUUGUACGCAUCGAUAAAUUAUUAAUGACGAUAUACAUAUAUAUAUAUAUAUAAUUCUGAACAAAUUUAAGUUAAAUAUGCUUGUUUAGCAUGUUGGGGUAGGAUGCAACCCUACUCCAUUUUCCUAAGGUGUCGUCUUUUCUAUUUUAGUUUUCUAUUUUCGUUUCCUUCACUACUCGAUUACUCUCUUAAUUCAGUAUUUCUUAUGUCACACUAACAUCCGGCACAAUCAAACAAGCUGUGGUUUAACUGCCACCAAUAAAAUCACCGGCCGUUAAAAAGAAAUUACCAGUAGCAUAAAACCGUAGAGUACAACAGUAAUUCAUUUAUCGGUGUCACGGCAUUAUUCUUUUAAUAUUAAAAUACAUAAACAAUAAUUUUUUUUUUCUAUGAACUUAAUACCUAUUAUGUAUUUAUGCAUCGAGCGUAUGUUUAAUGUCACCUAUUAGUGUGCGAAGCUCUUUGGUUCUCAGUGUAACUAAUUGAAAAGCUACAAAAAAUGAAGCUGUUUUGAAAUCGUUUAAUAUGCAGUUAGUGCAUAUAACAUAAGUAGUAGUGCCAAACGAUUACUCUUUACUCUGAAAUUGACUCAUCUAAAAAAAAGUAAAAUAUGCGAAGACAGGUGGUGAAAAUGAAGAUACUAAUAUUACACUUUAUGAACCUGAAUUUGAAAUUAACAAUAAAGUUUGACGAGGUAUCCACAACUAACUAUGAAAGUAUAUUUAUCAUAUAAUGAUUUAUUAUUUAUCAAUUUGUUAUUAAUUCAUAUCCAUAAUGGGCUUCACUAAACAUGUUUGUGUAAGAGAUCAUGGGGUCUUUUAAAUAACAUUUACAAUAUUAAUUUCUAAAACUAAAGUCACAUAUUGACAUGUAUAAUUAUUCAAAAUAAUUUUAAAAAAUCUAAGGUUAAAAUCUAAAUUAAAAUUAAUGUUUUAAAACUCGUUAGCGCCCGGCCUUAUUGUAGACUUUAGACGAACAUAUUCCUAUGUGUAAUUAUUUAUUUAUUUUCUAACGAUUAUGAAAAUACUCUAGUACGGUACCUACAUUGUAAAAUGCAUUCGGUAUUAUCGUUCGUAGAUCAAGCGUGUCAAAUAAUAAUAAAAUAUAGUACGAAUCUGACGUUCGGUCUAUCACUGAUUGUAAUAAUUAUGUUCUACUUUAUUUGCCCGCAUUAGUCGAAAUAAUUCGAAUGAUAAUAACAUUAUAUUUGGCGGUGCGUUUAUUAACGAUAAUAAUAUGAAUAUGUAAUUGCACCAGCGCUAUAUACGUUACAAAAUGUGACAAUGGCAGCGCCACCACAGUGGAUGUAGAACACGAUUUUCGAAACAAUUUAAUGGGAAAUGUAAAUAUCCGAGUUCGGCGGUAUCGUAAUAAAUUUGACCCUAAUAAUAUUGUCCGGAACGAUUUAUACUUAGAUACGGUUUCGUCCGGACUUACUUAAUAUAAUAUGACACCAGUGUACCAAUAACUAGAGUUGAUUUUUGUAGUUAUUUAGAUAUAUUAUUCGCGAGCGAAUAUUAAGUUAUUGGGGAAAUAUCGCUCAGAAUACUUGAUUAAAUUUAACCCGAAAAAAUGGGAAACUUCUAAUAACCCACAAAACACGUCGUAAUCAACGUUGUCGUUUAUUUAAAGAUGAAUAGAGAUGACUCCAAGAUAUAAUCAGUGAACUACGUAUUGGAGUCAAAGUGAAUGAUAUUUUGAAUUCAAUGAUUCGUUUUUCGGAAGUCAAAUAGUACUCACAGCAGAAACUGAACAACACCUUUAAAAUGCCCAGGUGGAGGGACACAAACGGUCACAAAAUAUUGCUCGGAAGUUUUAGGAGUUGCAUACAUAACAUUUUCUAUUCUCUUGAUUUAAAGUAAACGAAGCUGGAAAUCUGUUUUAUACAAUGGAGAGUUUAAAAAUCAAACAUUUAAAAUUGUAUUUUAAAAUUUGAAUAUUUCGUCAAUUUUAGGGGAAAUAUAUACUAAAAUUAACUCAUAUAUUCAAAAUAAUAUUGAAUAUAGAAUUCAAUGCUUUUAUCUGAUACAUUAAUAAUAAUGAUCAUAAUUUAUUUUUCAUUUUUUUCACUCUAAUGAAAGCAACACUAUCAUCAUGUUUUAAGUAUCUAUGUGUUACUAUAACUUAUAAACUGUAAAUUCACCGAAAUCGAAGAUAUCAUACUAUUUUGUUAUACGUAAUUUUAAAUUACAUAAAUAGACGAAAAAUAACGCGUAAGUUACAUUAUAAAACUUAAAAACUGACAUCGUAGUUGAUAUUUGAAUUGUAAAAUUCGUUUUUCUCAAAACAAUAAAUAAUUUCACGAAGUGGUGGUGUCUUGCUCCAAGGGGGCGAAUAUUUCAAAACCAGUGUCUCCCCAGAACGAUUUGAAAAAUAAAUAUUGUCAAUUUCAGUGUAAUUUAUAUGCGUGCAGAAUGCCGUUUGGAUAUUCUCGACAGACAAUAUGAUCCGUUCGUUUAAAUGGUAAACGAGAAAAACCGCUACGUAUAUUCCUAUCAGACCGCUUAUAUUAUUAUUAUAGUGAUUUAUAGUACAAUAUCGUUUUAAACUGUGCGAACAACUGCGAAAUAUCGUCAAUACCCCUGUAAGGUAAUCGUACAGUUUUUUUGUGACAAUCUACCGUUAUGCGUAUUAUAUUAUAUUAGAUUUUUCACAACACUUAAUCAGUAUCCAAUGGCAAUACCAAUUUCGGUUUUUCCAAUGAAAACUUAUAUGUUUUGAUGCAAUCUCUCGAUCAGACGAUUUGAUGAUUUCAAUCGAAAUUUGACCGAAAAAUGUUUCCGAUUCUCGUAAAAGACUAUUAUCAUUAGUAUUUAAAGCAGAACAACUCGGGAACAUUUCGUUCAAAUUUUGAUUACUAAAAGUCAACAUUUUGGAAAAAAUAAUGCAAAAAAGUUGCCUAUUUUGCAUGAAAACAUUUAGGUUCUCAUUUGAAAAAACAAUGGUGGUGUCACCACAGGAUACCCCUUAAAAUGACUCCAGAACAUAUUUUAAUGUUAUGAAAAAUCGAAUUAUGCAAAAAUAUCAUCGUUCACUGUACUUGAAAAUUCCAAAAGCAGAAGGUGAAUUUACCCAUAAUUCAACCACACAAAUGGGAUGAUCAUGCUGUAAAAAUCACCUCGUAUAUCAUAUUAUAUUUUUAUAGAUAUAAAAGAAGAUUGUGUAAACAAUAAUAUUUCAUAACAUUGAUCCUUAUUCUUCCCUAUGACAAAACCGUUUGAAAAUCGCUGUUCAGAGCUGUAAUACGCGUGUGAGCAUAUCUCCAGUCAUUUUACAAUAUAAGCCGACUAAAAAAUGUUUACACACACAAAUAUGAUAAAGAAAAUGCAAGAAAAUAACAUAAGCCUCGGAGUUUCAGUAGUUUCGCUACACUGAAUUGAUUUUUCAUUUUUUAUAUAAAAAAAAAGUCAACAAAAAUCAUUGGCACCGUGGACCACGUAUGAGACUAUUGGCAAUCUUUUUUUAAAUUAUUUUCUUUUUAAAUUUUGACUUGAGCCGGAAAACGUUUCGUGAACUUCGUAUAAUACACCUGAACCUCGCAGAGAGAAAAAUGGCGGCCGUCGGUGAAGAAACCAAUUAUUAAAAUAUUAUAAUAUUAUAGAGAACGUUGAGGAGAAAAUAAAACAAGAGCCAUAGUGUAAUGUAAACAAGUACCUAUGUUAAUGUCCCGAGGACGUUUUUUAUAAUUGGUCCGGGAGUUGAAAAUCUAAAUGGAUAAAAAAAAAGUGUACUAAAGAGCCGAUUUCAUAAGUGUUGUAAUAAUGCAGUGUUUACUUUACGUGGGCGAUAAAAAAAUUACAAUUUUGACGUCGCGAUACAAUGCAGCAACAGUCGGAUAUACUCAUACACAAUAAUACUCGAAACGAUAAGUUUUUUCAAUAUUAUAGAGAUUAGAUAAGGCCAAAAAAAAUUUAAAUUACCGAGAAUUUUAUCGAAAAUCUACGAGGGCUUAUGUUUUUUUAUACCAAUGGACUUUAUAAUUCGCAAUUGGCAAAACUUUUUGUCGUCCGUUUAGGCUUACAUAACUGAACGCUUCAACUACUUCCCUCCCUUAUUCCCUAUAUCUAGGUUCAGUAUGACGUUUAUUUCGGUCAGAUCUCUUUUUGCCGAUAAUCAAUCUAUCUCUGAUGUGGCCUACCUAACGGCCUCAUAACUAUACGAAACUACGGAACUAAAAUAAAACAGAAUAAAACUAUUGCAUUAAUGUCGACACGCGAUAAUUUAAACAUACUCGGGACUUUGAUUAGUCGUCUUGGCAAUGUGUCACUGUGAAAUUGUCGAGAGUCUGGAAUGGAAGGAGCUCAAUACUUAAUGUCACGUAUUGGUGGCCGGUUUUUUUUCUAAAAUAUUAUUAUACCGAGUCCACUGUAACGCAUCUUUUUUCUGCAACAAGUACCGCAAGAUUUUCAAAUGAAAAUACUUUUUCCAAUAUUAAUAUUUAAUAUGAAACUUCAAUGUAUUUUUUCAUCAUUUUAGAGAUGUAGAAUGGUCGUAAUUGUGCAAAUAAGUAACAAACCAAUGUCUCGUAUUUGAACGCAUUAUUAGAUUAUUUUUAUAUGAGUUCAAUCAAUACAAGUUUCAAAUGUUUUAGAGUAUUUUGGCAACGAUGAUUAUUUUUUCUCUUUUUAUUUUGUUUGUGCUUUGUUUUAAUGUUUCCAUAUUUUAUUAUUAAACGUAUAAAAACAAAAUUUGAGAUACAAUUCGUAUCACACCACUGGCCACCAUUAGCCAUUGUUGUAGAUGGAAAAUUCGGUAUACUCAAUAGUAUUAAUGAAAAUGACAUCACAGUAAAAUUAAUACUUAUUCCCCACCACGCUCAGAAUCUAAAAUAUAUAUUUAUCUAUUAUUAUUAAAGUAUCAAAUCAUUGGUAAUUUUACCCUAUAUAUGAAAAAAAUAAGUAUUCAACCUGUUAAAAAAAAAAUAAAAGUCAUAACUUUUAAGUAUAAAUUAAAUAACUAAAAGUAUCUCACCUUCCCAAUCUACCCCCCUCCCUGCAACGGUUGUCAGACCCAUUCCCAGAAUCAUCUCUUUUUUAAAAUAUAUUAUAUAUGGAUCGUAAAAUGUGAUUAAACAAUUUAAAAAUAUAUUUUUUUUUCAAAGUUUGAAAUCUAGACUUUCAUUUAGUUCAAUUCGAAUUCAACCAAUAAUAUAUGCGUUAAGAGGUUAAUAAACUAUUUUGUAUCAUUUUGACAGUUUUUUUUACUGAAAUAGGGAUGAAUUAAGGAAUUUAAACGUGUUUUUUUUUCACCUGGUUCCUUUUUUUACACGACGCGCAAAAUAUAGUUGAAAUUAUCUGUCAGUUAGUUUAUAUCGUUCUAUAAAUUCAAAAUAAUUGAAAUGUUUACGAUACACAUGGAAACUUUAACGGCGGCGCGCAUGCAGGGAAAAAUCAAUAAACUCUACGAUGCCUUGAUAUCUCGUUACCGAAGUCGACGCCGGCGGUGGGCAAGUCGAUUUCGCUGUAAUUGGAUAGAAAACCGACUUUAGGUAGAUAUCUACCUGCGUAUACGAAUGCGAAAACGGAAAAUAAUUUUCGAUUAAGCGCCUCGAAUAAUCGAGUUGAAAAGGAUUUUAAACCGGCGUUAGCGGCGAUGGGGCAGACAUUCCUCACGUGCGCUGCGCGCGUCACUGCAGCAUACAGCUCGAGGCCGGAUAUUGUUUUAGACGGGACCACUGUAGAUGCUGUAGAUAUAUUAUCGUUAUUGAAUUUGAAAUACGAUUCUGUAUUAGAGUUCCAUUUUAUUCUUUUGUUUCUUAUAAAUUAUAAUAUACUUAUGCUCGUAAAUCUAGGAUGAAAAUAAUAAUAAUUACAUAAUUACAGCUGUAGGUCGUCUCAAAAUGAAAGAAAGCCAGGAGAGUGGAUAUAUAGAGAAAAUUAAUAUACAUAUCUGUACGCAACGAUAAAUCAUUGCUAACGAAAAACGAUUCUGAGCAGAACAUUGUUAGUCAUAUUUGUUCGUUUGUUGUCGAGGGAACCCAAAAUCAACAAAAAUUAUAGGUAAAGAUAUAAAUGCCGGUUUUCCCCAUUUAUGAGAAAAUUAUAAAGGAAAUAUAUAAAUUACCAGCUCAAUGUCUCGAAUGCAUCAAAAAUGCUACAAUAAUGUUCAAAUAAAGUUUGUGGUUGAUAUAAAAUUUCUGAAAAGAACAAUUUCUAACAGAUACAAAAAGGUAAAUUAAAAACACAUAAUAAAACCAAUACAUCCUCCGCUUCAGCCAGAAUCUAAAUUAAAAAAAAAAAACAUAAUUACAAAUUAUUUAAAAAUUAUGUAAAAUUAGAAAAAAAAUCCUGAAUUUUUAUUUUCAUUGUAUCAAAAACAUUACAGAAAUCUUUAAACAUUUUUUUUUUUUUUUUUUUUACUUGAAGGGCUGUUAUUUUUGAAGUUUGCUUAGAUAGAACUUAUCAAAAUAAAAAUGAAAUAAUUAAUCCAAAAUUCAAUACAAUUAGGCUAUCGAAUAUAUUAUUUUAAAUAGCAUAACAAAAUGAUAAAAACUAUUGAUAUGUUUCACUUGCAAUUUUAUGAAUAUUACAUGUUUGAGUACAUGACUGAAACACGAACAGUCUGAAUGUUCCUUAAAUGUCAAUUGGUACUUUCGUAUUAUCCGAUUAUUCCUGUAAUGACCCGACGUAAUUUUAUAUCAACCAUGUUUGCAUUCGAGACAUUAAUUAUCUUGGAGUAGUAUUAGGUUUGGAUCAAACAAGGCCGACCAAAAGAGGUAGGAUAGGUUUUGUCGUUUUAUUUUCAAGAAACAUAUUGUAGGUACUCAUAAUAUCAAAAGUAGUAUUCGUUUUUAUCCAUAAACGUGCCGUUUUUCGAAAGAUAAAAUUUAAGGGAUUUAAAUAAUGACUAUGGUACAUUAACCUAUAAACUUGUUGAAUUUCAGAUCGAUCCGCCCAAAGGUGUUACAGCCACAUUUUAUACUACUGAAACAAAUAUUAAAAUAAUAUAAUAUCAUUGCAAAACAUUUUAAAUAACGUCCCGAUUUCUUUGGAAUAUUAAAAAGGUAAUUUGGGAUAUUUUAUUUGAAACGAAAAACAAACUACAAACAUGCAAUCAUUACGGUUAUAAAUUUAUAUUAUUCAAUUUAAAGAUUUCAUGCAAAUGAAUUUGAUACACUACCGUUACACAUACAUCGUGAAAAAAUUAUAUUAUGUAAAUGAACUUUUAGUUUUACAAAAAUGGUUAAUAAAUAAUACAUUUUUCUGUGGACAACUUUUCUACCAGAAGACUUGCUCCGAUUUUUACGUGUAGCACGUUUUCUGAAAAGAAAUCGGAGUGAGUGGUACAUUAAAGACAUCAUUUUUCGAUUUGUUCAAGAGUUUUCUUAUCAAAUAUAAAAAACUGAAAAAAAAAACGGGAAAAUGUACGAAAAAACAUGGGAAAACCUGGAAAAAUGUAGGAAAACAAAGGAAAUCGGUACAAAAUUAAACAAAUAUUAUUAAAAAAAAUAUAUAGAGUCCAUUUAAUUAUUUUACUAUAAUAUGGCGUGUAUAUUGUUGAAAGAGCAUCACUAUCAUCUGAACUCUGCUCAGAAUAGUUUUUCGAUAAGCAAUGGUUAAUCGUUGCUUAUAGUUAUACAUUAAAUUACCUAUGACAAUGGCUGCUACCUUCCUCAUUAUCCUCGGACGUCCGUUUUAAUCAUUUUUUUUCUUUUAAAGUGUCGGAAUACGUACAGAUUUCCUGGGCAGAAUUAGUAUCAUAUUCCAUUAUUGUUUGUAUUCUUCUUACGGUAGAUUAAUAAUCCAUCAUUUUUGACACAUAAUGAUUUUUAUGUUGCGCCACGGCCCCUAAUGGCUCUAGGGCUGAUCCAUGAUAACCUAGCAGCCUGUCCAUGUGAGCACGACCCAAAACUUCUUUAAAAGCUAAGGUUAGACACCCCUGCAAUGUAAUCGUAAACAAUACUAUAUUCGUUCUUAAAAGAACUGUUAUACCGCCGAUGAACUGAUUAUAGCGAGUAAACAAAAUCGAAAAUUUUCAAACAACUAAUAACAAAAAUAUAAGUAGCCUUUGACUCGAGGAAAAAUUGAAAUUUUGCCUAAACACACGAAAAAAAUUAAGUUUUGUCCCCACGUGAAAAGUAUUUUCGUUAGCAUUUUUAGUUUAUACAUUAUGGUUCCUCAAAAAUAAAUUAUGAUAAUGAUCACGAAAAAUUUUACGUUUUUUUUUUAAAGUGAAUAUCUUUGAAUUAUUGGUGAAUUUUCAUUUUUUUCAAUGGUAUCGUGAACACUGAAAAUUGUAUAACUGGCAUUUUCGCGUCCUCUUGAAGACUAUUUGUAUUUGUUGCAUUCUUUUUAUAAUUUUCAUGUUGUCAAUUGACCAAGGUUUUUUGUUCACUAUUUAUACAAAAUAUUCACCUAGUUUCCAACUUUAUUAUAAUACAUAACAGUAUUAUAAUAAUUCGGGAAUUUAUAGUCGUCGUGCAACCGAAAUUAUUAUUAUUAAUUACGGCGAUGGUUGUACUCUCGUGAAAUUUACGUUUGCGGUUAUAUACCGACCGACAUUUUGUAUAAAUUUAAAUUGCUAAAUAUCUUUAAAUAUUAUAUGUUCGCUAUGCGCCGGUAAUUUAUACGCGAGCUAUUGCGCGUUUAUUGAAAUACGAAAAUAUCGGCGAGUUUAAGUUUUCCGAAAAUGUAUAAGAUGCCAGUCACAAUAUUUCAAUGUUGCCAAUCUAUUCUAAACAUUUUUUUUUUUUUUCAAUUGUUGUACGGUUCAUUCAAAACUGCCAACCGAUUUCUCCUAAAUUAUCGUGGUACCAUAUUUUGGUAUUUCGUUUUUUUUCUAAAACUGUAUUUUCGCGUUAACCGAUAAGUACCUAAUAACAAUAUGGCUAUACAUAAAUAAGUUAUAGUGUUAUACCAAUUAAAGGUUUUUUCAUUUAUAUAAUAUUUUUUUUUUCGCUCUUCCUUGUUACUUACCCGACGUGGUUUUGCACAAGACUGAUUAUCAUGAAUACAUAAUUUGAAACAAUAUUUUUUUUCUGCGUUGUUGGUGUAACUACAUUUUUCAAUUCAACUUUUUUUUUCUUAACGUUGGUGUACACCCAGACUGAUAUGGCUACGAUUUCUUAUCAUUUUUUCUAAAAACUGUAUACUAUCCCGAAAAUAUAUUGAUGAGUCGUGCAUUUGUUCGAUACAUAUUAAUAUCGAACCGACAAGGACGAAAUAUUAUUUACAAAACGCGUUGAUAACCCCCUCCGCGUCAACAAAUUAAGACGAAUAUGAUAUAUUAUUACGAUUUUAACUGCAGAAUUAUUCAUACUCUAUUAGUUAAAAUAAACUAAACUUUCACAGUGAUACCGAGUGGAAAUUUCCAUUAAAUCCUUUAAACGACCCAUAGGUCGUGGCUUGACAGAGACGAGUAGGCUUGAUGAAGUCGUAUUUUACCGAAAUCUUAAGAUGAACCAAUGGCGCACUUGAGUGUUCAUCUGGGACCGAGCGAUAUGAUUUACAAACACACACAUAUUAUACAUAAUAUGUAAACACAAUUUCACAACGUCUAAAGACUAAAUAAUAGGUAGGUACUAAUAUAAGUCUUCCUUCAGAUGAAAUUUCAAGAAUAUUUUUUUAUUAAAUUACAACAAAAACAUAAAGAACUUGACAGAAACCGUUGUUUCCCAUAUUAUUAAGAAAAGAAAAGAGAAAAUUUAAAAAGGGCUAGUGCAAUUUACCAACUGGAGAAAAUUGUCUUCCGUAAACCUUUCACAGAUAAAAUAUUAUUAAGGUUUUUUUUAGAUGGCGAAACUAAAAUAAAACAUUUUGUAUUUUAUUUUAAAAAAAUAUUUUGUAUAAUAGAUUAAAAAAAAAAAUUGAAUAUGUCUAUUUUACAAAAUCACAGUUUUGGAGUUUUUAUCGUAAUUAUCCAACCACCAAAAAUACCUUAAUAAUAUCCUAACUAUACCGCAGAAAUAUUUAAGUUAUUAAAAAUAAAAUAAAAACAUUUAAUAAUAUUAAAUAGAACAAAUUGUAUUUGAAAUGUUAGAACUUCAUCUUAUGCCAUGCAUAGUCGAAAAAGUAAAGAAAAACUAAAAUUAUGAUUUUCAUAAAAAAAAAAAAUUAUUGUUUCGAAAUAUUUUAUGCGUCGUAUUUAGUCGUAUUUCUUUAUCGUUUUUAUUUUUAUUCAGAAUGAUAUGUAUGGGUUUUACAAUAAUGUGUGAUAAUUUUUACAUUAAUCAGCAUUAAAGAUGAUUUCCAGUACUAAAUUUUUUCUAAUUAGUACGUUGGGCAUUUGUUUUAUUUUAUCUUUAGUAUUCUUGAUGAUCGAUAAUGACCGGUGAAAAAAACAUCGGAAAAUAUGAAUAUUUACACAAUCACUGCGCAGUUUCUAAUUGUUUCGAAUUAAUUGUUUUUUAAUUUUAAUUCACCGAAUACUAAUUGUAAAGUCUCAAAACAUUCAACGAUUAUUCAUAUAAGCACUUUAUAAACGUGGUGUGACGUGGUACGGACUAAACGUGUUUUUGUACGAAAUAACAUUUCGACUGCAUACUAGUUGCGGUCGUUUGCGAUUUUUGAGACAAGCAGUUGUAACAGUUGCGGUCAUCACACCCAUAGUUUAUAAUAUUCGAGUUGUGGUUACCGCAUUCACGGUGGGCGUCAGAAUUUCAUUCACGUUUUAAAAUAUCCAAAUUCUUCGAUACGACAUAUUUCAAAAUACACACAACUCCUAUGUGGCAGAACGCCACUAUUUAUUUGUAGUGUGAAACUAAUUGACCUGACGAUGUGAUGUCGAUUUCUUUCGAAUUUGUAUCCAAAGUACUUUUAUUAUUAUUACUUUAUAAUAUACAUUUUUUAAUUUUUAAUCAUUUUUCAAAAAAAAUAUAAAUCUUUAAACAUACGUUCGCAGUAAAAUAAUUAAAAUAUAAGCAAUUUUAGGUCAUUCUCGCCAACAUAAACGGAGUUUACAAGAUGAUCGACCAGUGAUCGGCUAUCGGUCGCAUAAACUCAGUUUGAAUAUCAGAUAGAAGCGAAAACGUUUAUUUUGAUGAGAACGGUUCUUAGUAUGUUAUUUUCGCGAUAUAAUUAAGAUGAAAAAUGUAGAUUGAAUAAUAAGAAUUCAAUAUAAUAUUUUAAUAAGAAAAACAAAAAAAAAAAAUUAUUCCGCAUUUAGUAUACAGAUCAAGUGUUGAGUGACAGCAAUAAUUUAGUGUAGGUAACUUUUUUGUCGGAAGACCACCACUAGUACGUAAUUUUCGGUUUUGACCGAAACCCGUGUGCAGAAGAAGUAUAGAAAUAUUUUUGCGCGCAAAAUGCGGAAAAUUAUAUAGAGACUGUGCUACGGCGCAUUCCGUGUAAGCGCUUUGCGAACUGCGGUGCGCGCUGUUCGUACGAUAUCGCAGCGAUCAAAUAAGUACAGGUAGAUAUAUACAGCGAGUAUGAAAAUCUGCAAUACGGGGACUUAUUUUUUUUUUUUUUUUUGUCAUCUCGACCUACUUAAUGCAUCGAUCACGAAUAACCGGGGGAAUCCAAGAGAUCAGAUUCGAAUAUACCCGGAAGAAUUCGAAGCGUCCCGAUAGUGGGUAGGUACACAUAAUAAUAAUGUACGUAUAUAAAACCACGUCUCGCGUAAUUGCAAUCCCGUCGUCUGACAAAUGUCCCGUGAAUCUAACCUAUUGUUCCGUAUAUGAGAUUUAAUGAUUUUUCACUUUUUUAUUUUCUCCUGAAUUACCCCCCUCCCCCCCCACGGUAUGAAUUAGAACUACGAACAUAGAUAGACUUUCCGAUAAUUGUAUUAAAUUUUCCCGGGAAUACAGAUGCAAUAAUAAACUUGUCACUUGGGUACUCCAUUUCCGCGAUGCGUACUAUGGGUCGGAAUGAAUAAUUGUUUAAAACGAAAUUACCAUGAAUGUAUACCUAUACAGUCUACACUUGCCUACACUUUUCUUUACCCAUCUACUUACUCUCCUAUACCGGCCGACCUACGUUUGGUAACUAUGCCUACCUACGCUAAAGUAUAUAAAAUUGCUUAUGACUCGUGCGUUAAAUUACAAUAUCGUUGCCAAUCGUGUAAUGACGUAAAAAACUAAAAAUAUAUAUAAAAAUAAAUGUUCUAAAUCCAUAUUCGAAGUACUUGUGAUUUUAGCUUUUUAGUUUUAUACGGGUAUGCUAUAGGGAUCAUAUGGACUUUGUUGAUAUUUCAAAAUGCGUAAUUUCUGUUUAUUUUUUUUUGUUAUUAUUUAUAUAUAUAUACACAUACAUACAUAUUUCGGAACGUAUAAUACACUGACAAUUUUAUGUUUUUUCAAUUAAUUAUAUAACUGGAAAUAAUGAUUAUCUUUUAAAAAAUAAUUAUUUCGAAACUCUAACAUAGAACAACGAAACGAAAGACCGCGAUUCUUAUGGAUUUUCAUCUCUUGAUCAUUAAAAGGAUGUCAUACCACCCGUAAUUCGAUCUUGGAAACUUAUUUUAACUUUUCUCACGCUAUUUUUAUAAGAAUGUAAUGUAUUACCCAAAUUUCUCACCACAAAAAGCAAACCUAAUCAGUGUCAUUGUGUGCUUAUUCGUUUCUUAACAUGAAUACAACUAACGUUAUACAGUUGAUAACUAUCAGUUUUUUUAUUGAGUUAAGGGGAUUAGAAGACCUUCUUGGUAUGUAUUUUCCAUAACAUUUUAGACCAAUAAUAAGCGUUGACCAAUUAGACAUAUUUCUAUAUGGCCGAUUUUAAUUUUUAAAAAACACAUUAUUGCAUAUAUGAAUUUGUUGAUAAAUUAACUGAGUUCUUUCAGAACUCAAUUUUCAAUUUUCAGUUUUGAAACCUCCAAAAUUAAGAAUUACUAAUGAAAAUUAAUUAAGAAAGGUUAGUGGAAAAGUACAAUCGUUAAUGUGGUCAUUAUAAGUUAAAAAAUAAUUUUCAAAUUAUAAAAUCUAAAGAAAAUUUGUAAAACCAUCUCCAAUCUCAUAUCCAAUUAUGUAUCAAAAUAUAUUAUACCUAUUUAAUUAUUUUACCAAAAUAUGACAUAUUUAUUGUUGACAAAGCAUUACUAUCAAUUGAACUUCGCUCAGAAUCGUUUUUUCGUUAGCAAUGGUUUAUCGUUGCCCACAACUAUACAUUCUAUUUUCUAUAACAAUGGCUGCACCCGUUUCUUAGGACGUUUUUUUCAAAUUAAAAUCCCUAUAAAUAUUUUUCCUUAUGUUUUUUUUUUAUUGCACAGCCCAUUAACAUAAAAAUUGAAAAAAAUAAUUAGUUCUGUAAUUUUAUGGUCGAGUGAAUAUAUUAUAAUAAAAAAAACGUACAAGUGAAAAUAUACGUAUUGGUGCCUUAAUUUAACAAUUAUUUUAGUUUUCCUAUUGUUUGCGUAUAUAUGCUAAAGUCCAUACGAAAUUUAACCACUUUAAAAUACGCCUUUGGGUUGAUCAAUGUUUAUUUAUUGUGCAAUAAAUUUAAAUUUUUUUUUAUAAUUUCAAACAAAUUCUGGGAGUGGCCCUAUCAAAAAUUUAAAUAAAAUAUUCCCCGUCUUUGCGAUAUUAUAAUGCCCGCCCUUAUACCUGCAUACACUUACGGGACAAUAAUUUACUAAAUAUUAUAGAAAUGCUAUUGUAUUACACUGCACGCAAUACAUACACACAUAAUAAUAUUAUACGCCGAUAUUUAUGAGACCGCCGCUGAUAUAUACGGAACACCAUCACGUCUGAAUAGUAAUUGGACAUUAAUAUUUGAUUCUUUUUUAAUAUAUACGUACAUCAUAUAGGUCUAUACGACUUUUUGUUUGCGGAAAAAAAUAUACAUGUUAUUGUUAUUUUACGCACGUCGGCGUGGUGCACGGGACUUAAAUGUAUAUACAAAAGUAUUAUUAAAAUCGUUGCAGGGUUUUAAAUUAAAAUUGAAUAAUAUAAACCGUCCUAUUAUAUACGCAUCGUACAUAUAUUACGAGUAUAAUGCGUCGCGACGAGGUGUAUGCCGGCGAUAUUAUUGGAAUAAUUUUUAAUCAUUUUAUACACCCGGAACAAUACUAUAUUUAAACACUCCGGCGGGUUUCGAUGAUAAAUAAUAUUAUCUUCACAUCUUCACGUCCGGUCGGUCGGCAUAAUGUUCUCAUUCGUCUUUGGUUUCGGCCGGUUAAGAGGGCAUGCUAAACACACACAUUAUUUCCAUCUAUGUUAUAUCUCUACUAUCCUCUACUUUUUUCCCCUAUUGACUUCUCGGCUCUGCCCGUUUUAAACCACAGGCGUGCACAAACUGCGUCCAUAGGCUAUGAAAACUAAAGAAAAAUAGAGUUCGAAAAUAUAAUUCCCCCUUCCCUCUCAAAAAAAAAAAAAAAGAAUAUAAUAUUAAAUAUUAUUAUAUUAUUCACACUAGGUUUUAUCAUAAUAUGUCACAUCAACGGCAUAGUGAGGGAGAGGGGUGUUAUAGACGUAGCAACACUUUCCUGCUUUUGACAGUGUUUAUAUAUUACAGACAAUCUUAUAAUAUAAAUAUUUAAUAAAACGAUAUAAGAUAAAUUGUUUUAUAACUUGGACAUUAUACAACUAUGUAUAUAUUUCAUUACAAUGUUUGUAUUAAAAAAAUAAUUAUCACGUGGAAGAUUUUCGAUUAUUAAUGCCACAAACUAUGACAGUGGUUUAUAGUUAUUUUUAACAGCAGCUAUUGAUAAUAUUGACAACAAUUUCCAUUUUUCCAUUGAGAAAGAUACAAAUGUAUGGUUAUAAUCUAUCUCGGUGUAUUUUCUUAAGAGAAAGUCUCAACCUCCGUUUAUUGUCUCCGACUUAUAAACGUAUGCCAUAUCAAAUUUGCGAUCGGACAAUAUUGUGCUGUUGGUUUUAAUAUAAAAAUGAAUUACUAUAAAAUUAUUACCGUUAUCAAACUUAAAGACAAGAACAUUAUCUUGGUAACGCCUUUGGGGCUAGUUUUUCGAUAUUUUAAUUUUCAAACCAAUGGGGAAUAUAUGGGGAAUAUCACAAUUUAAUAGUACUCAUAGAAAAUGUUCGCUUGACAUUUACAAUGUCCUAUGAAUUGUACAGACAUCUCAUUCUUAUCUUUAAAUUUUAUGGUAGGUCGAUUCACUCUAAUAUUAAUACUAAUAGCACCAAUUUGUUCCUACAAAAUGCUAUUUCGAAGCCCGUCCUCUUAAGUGUUUACCUAAUAAACAGUGAUAGUGAAAUUGUUUUCACGCGUCUGGAUUAUAUUAUAAUGUACUGCGGUGUCUUUCUUUACUGAAAAAGGUUUUUAAUUUCGUCGUAAUGCGGUUCCUUUCAUUCACCUACGUGGGUAUCGAAGUACGCUCUAUGUAUUUUUUUAAGCAAAUUUCUCUCGAAUAAAGUCAUCCUUAGGUGUUCUAAAUCGUUUAAUAUAACAUUCUACAACUAUGAAAUAUGCAGUUGCCAUAUCGUAUAUUCGUUAAAUUGCACAGUUCCGACGUCGCUGGGUAUGCGGGAUGUUCGCGGAACCGCGUGAUCGGAUGGGAAAACAUACAAAUAAUGCGCUAGAGUAAUAUUAUUAUUUCAAAUCUCCCCCAUCCCCAAAAACUGCCGAGUUCCCGACGAAUCUUAUAUUAAUCUACGCACUCGCGUAUAUCGUUUAUUUCAGAGAACUUUGUGCUGGCAUGGAAAAAAGGCAUAGCCAUCCUGACUGCCGGCACUACCAAGGUGACACCGGAGGAGCGCAUACGGAUCGUCGAAGGAUAUAAUUUGGAGAUUCGCAACGCUCAGGUAAACGACGCUGGCAAUUAUAUAUGCCAGAUCGGAACACUGGACCCGGUGGAAUUGAAACACACGUUACAAAUACUCAGUAAGUACCAGUUACACUCGUCGUUUUAAUAUAAUAUAAUAUGAUAUUUAAUAAGAAAUUGGUUUAAUUUUCGAAUGAUAUGUUACCAUUGAUAACAAUUCUUAAUAUGGUAUAAGGAAAUGGUAUCAUUAUUUAGUAUAUUUGUUAUCAUUUUCCAUCGGCAACAGGAAAUUAUUACUAGGAUUAUAAUAGGAUAUCUGACAUUGAAUAGUAAUUUAUAUAUUUUUUAUAAUACAUAAAUAGUAACCAAGUUACGGAAUACACGAUAAAGGUGAUUUAUUUUAGAUUAUAAAUGGAGCCGCAGCCGCUUAUUUCUCCUCGCUGUGCUCAAUCGUUUUAAUUCCGUUUUUUUUUUUUUUUAAUCUCUGGUCAGGUUGACCCGAGAUGAGAUGUAUGUUCCACAGGUUUAUACCCUUCUAUUUCAUUUCAUUUAAAUCGGGAUACAAAGGUAUAAACUGUGUGGUACUUAUAGAUUCUGAAUGGAGCGAAAAAGCUUAAAUGAUUAUUAAUUUAUUUUCUUUUUUAUAACUUUUCUACCAAAAAUCUUGCUCCGAUUUUUAAGUGUAACACCUUUUUCACAACGGAAAUCGGUGUAAGAGUAAAUUUAAGGAUGUUAGUUUUUUAUUUUUUCACGAGUUUUAUAAUCAAAUGUGAAAAACCGAAAAAAAAACGGUGGAAAAAUGGUAAAAUGUACGAAAUGUUGGUAUUAAAAAUAUACGGUCUACUUUUUUCCUGUAAACAACUUUUCUACCAGAAAUUUUACUCUGAUUUAUAAUGAUAGCACUUUUUCUGAAAGGAAAUCGGACUAAGAAGGUACUCUAAGGAGGUCAUUUUUCGAUUCUUCCGGGAGUUUUCCCAGCAAAUAUGAAAACUCGGGGGGGGGGGCACUGGAAAAUCGGUACAGCACUAAACAAAUAUCAUUAAAGAUAAUUUAUAAUGCCUAUUUAGUUAUUUUACCAUAAAAUGACAUAUAUAUAUAUAUAUAUACAUAUAUAUUGUUGACGUAGCAUCACUAUCAACUGGUUUGGCUAGGAAUUGAUGUUUUGUUAACAAUGGUUUAUCAUUUGCUUACAGAUAUACAUGAAUUUACCUAUAACAGUGGCAACACCCGUCCCCAUAAUCCUAGGACAGCUUAUUUACUAUUGUUAUUUUGGUUUUCUAAUUUUUUUUAUGAAAUACUGUAAUUCAAUAAUCGAUUUACUGCUGAUGGUUGUGCCACUGUUUUAGGUGAGAAGUUAAUAACAUAAAAUUUAAUUUAUAAUUGUAUGUAACGAUAAAUUAUUAUUGAUAAAUGUGAUUCUGAGCAAAGUUCAGUUAAACAUAUUUGGGACCGUUCUACGAGACGUGCGAUUUUUUCCGUAGAGCAUGUUUUUGAGCCAUCGAAAAUGCGUAUUUAGAGUACUCGCCUUAAAAUACACUUAAAACAAAUGUAUUGAAUUUAAUUAUUUGAUACUUAAAAGUACAAUAUGUUUUGUGUAACAUUGCGAUAACAUAAUAAUGACAAAAACCGAUGUCCGUUAGUAUAAUAUUAAUUGUCUUAUCUAAACGGUCGUUUAACACACAUAAGUUGAUUUUUAAACGAAAAUAAAAAUAAAUCAAUCGCGAAAAUAAUAUCUGCCCGUAGUUUAUGGGGGAGUGUAUAAUAAACAUUUAUGUGCAUGUAUUAAGUAUUGACGUCUAGUUUCUCGGAAAUGUCACCAGAAACGCUAAAGUAAAUCGUGUCACGUUUUUUGGUGUUUCAUAUAAUAAAUCGUAUAGAGGUAUACUAUACAAUGACGGCGGCGAAGUCAACAUCUGUUCAUGCAUACUAUACACUUGCCAGGUGUCGUUUUUCUUGUCGGACGGAAAAAAAAAACCAUAACCGAAUGAAAUAGACAAUAAUGUUAUAAAUUACAGACAUUUUGUGCUGGACAACUAUACUUGCUCCGGGAAGAAAAACCAAAUCAAAUUCAGCAAAUAUACAGUAUACCUAAGUGGUUAUGGUGUACUAAAUAUUUCGAUCAAAUGACCUAGAAUUUGAUUUGAGUUCGGUUUUGCGGAAGGCGACGUAUGGAGUACGCCGAAAUACAAACUUUAGAAUGUAUUGCAAACCAGUAUUUAUAUUCUAUAUGAUUGACAUUUGUGAUACGCGCAAGUGCAAUCCUAAUUAUUUUUAUCAAAAGUUUGUAAAUUAAAUUUUGUCUUAAGGAUAGGUACCGGGCGCUUCGUUAUAAAAUCGGAUUAUACUUGCGUAUCGAUACAAUCGCGAAAUGUUAAAAAAAAAAAUACCGUACUCGGAACGCUGCCCGUCUCCGCUGAACGUGGAGACGUUUCCUAUUCUAAACCACGUAGAUACCUCCUGUUUAUAGGCACCCAUCUAUAUUAUAUUAUUGUAAUAUAUACGAACACUGGAACUAUUUUUUUUUUUCAAUAAAAAUAUUACAACCGUCGUAUAUUGUCAUAUAAGGACCGUCACCGUAAAAAAAUAAUAAUACGAUUCCCGCCGAUUAACUUUCAAAUAACAACACAGGCCCCCGUAUAAUAUAUUAUGUUAUAACAUCGCGGUCAUUAUAGGUCUCCGAGUAUUGUCCUUGUUAGCCCGAAAAAUCAAAUAAACGGGCCCGUGUAUAUUAUAUAUAUAUAUAUGUGUGUGUGUGUGUAACAAGGGUUAAAGGAUAUAUAUAUAUAUAUUUAUAACCCUAACCUCGUAUACGCCUUGAGAUUCUUUUGUCCGGCCGGCCUUUGUCCGAUAACUCUUGUAUCAUAAGAGUUGCAUAAUCCUCUUACCGCUGUACGCGAUAUACGCGUUCUUACGGUACACCCGUCGUCGUCCGUUCGAAUAUCACUUUUACGAGCUCGGUCCUCCGGAAUUUCGUGUGCGGACCGAACGUGCGCCCACGUUUCGGUUUGUUAAGAUUUUUUUUUUUUUUUUUCGCGGGAGACCAUUGUCGGUGUACAGGACAACAGGGACAACAGUCGAUUUCGAUAAAUGUAUAAUAAUGACGCUCGGCAAAAAAACAAAAAAACCAAACCAAACAAAUUACAGACAGAGACAACGUAAAUUGAAAAAAAAAAUACACAAAACGGACUGCCGAAAGCUGAUACUUAUCGGAUAUAAUUAUAUGUUCAUAUAUAUAUAUAAUUAUAAUACUAUAAUACAACUCACGGAGUUUAAUAUAGUAAUAGUGUAGAAAGUGUAGAAAAAAUAAGUAAUAAUAAUGGUGUAAUAUAUAGUGAUAAUAGCAAUUAUAGUAUUAUGUAUUACAAUAUUACAUUUUUUUGUUAUUAUUUUUUUUUAUUAUUAUUUUAUUUAGGCAAACAUAUUGUCAUUUUUUUUAUCAGUGUUCUAAGUUCGAAUUUGCGUUAAAACUCGUUAAAAACACAAACGGUAUGAUUUUAGAUCAUAAUACUUUCAAUUCAAUACAAUUUUCUGCAAACUAAAAUCGCCUAUAUUCGACAAAAUAGUCGUAUCUUACUUUACAAAAAAAUAUUUGAGGUAGUAGUGGCUAAAAUAUUUUUCCCGGAUUAUCAAAUUUUAGAACAUGACUAACGGUUAUGCACUUUUUAAAAUUCUGUACGGACAACUUAAUACCUUUAGUGUUAGGCAUAUAGUAGAGGUUUGGUUAGGCUAGGCCAAGGUUAAGUUAGGCUAACUAAUAAUAAUAUUCAAAAAUUGUAAAUUAUUGUUAAACCUAUUUUCUUCGCUGACGUAAUUUCGUCACAAAAUGAAAACGACUGCAUUUAAAAAAUCCCAUUUACAAAUUAUUUAAACCAUAUUUAUACCAUAUUGUUUAUUGGGCAAACUAUAAUUAUUUUAGGUUUGCAAAACAUAAGGACAGUGAAUUGUAGGUAUAUUUCUAUUUUUUAUUUUUUUUUUUUUUUUUUAUCAUUAUUAGGCAGCAAAAAGCCAAAAGGUUACAAACAAAUUGAAUUUUUUUUGUAACUUAUUUGAUAUAAUCAGGUAUUUUUCAUAUAAUAAUAUUAUCUCGGAAAUAAAAAGGACUGCAAAAGAAAAAAUUCAUCAUAAUAUUAUGUAUUAUAUUUUUUCUUUUGGUCGUUUCUUUUUGUCUUUUUUUUUCAUUUCCCAGAAUAACUAUCACGUCCGCUUCGUUUCUAUAUUAAUAUUUAACAAUUUAUAAUGUUAAAUUAUAAUGCGUCGAGAAAGAGAUCUCGCCCCUUUUUGCGAUUGCAGUAUUAAAAAUUCAAAUUAUAUGGCACAAUAAUUAUAAUAUUCAGUUAACCCGUCUCGAGGGUACCUAUAUAGGUAUAAAAUAUAUGCUCACAAUAUAGUUUCACUUAAAAUACUUCGGGUGAACAUUUUUUUUUAUUUUUUUUCCCCGAGAUCUCUUAAGUAUAAUAUAUAGGUAUCUUAACUGUCUGGAUUUAAUUUUCGUGGAUUUAUUUAAUUUUUUUUUUUUUUUUUUUUUAAUUAAAAUCAUAACGAUAAGUUAAAUAUUCAUCACACAAUUAUAAUGUUCGAGAUCUAUAAUAGACGUCAAAAAAAUUAAAUUAAGUAGGUAGAGAGAUAUUUUCUUUGAUUUACGUUUAAAUAAAAUGAUACGUCAGUUAUAAAAAGUAACAGAUUUUUUAUUAUUUUUAACGUUUUGAUUUCGACGAAUGCAUUUUUUUACAAAUAAAUCUCCCGUUCUAUUCUAAACAGAGGCUAAAAUAUAUACCUUUUCGUACUGCACGCUUUAUACUAAACCAUACUAUAACACAGGUACAAUUAUCUCAGUCCCUCUGGCAAUUGAAUUAUUUCAAUUUUUGAAUUUCGUGAAAGGAGGGAGGAAUUUUUGAUCAACACACCAACAAAAAAUCAUCGCUCUAAAAUUAAAAAAAGGAAAUGAUGCAAAAAAAAAAAAAAAAAUUUAAAACGAACGCAAAUAAAUAUCAUUAAAAAGCCACUACAAAUUUUUUAAUUUCGUAUUACACAAAGUGUGUCGUACUACACACAAUUUUGCAAGUGGAAAGUGGGAAAUAACACCUGAAUAACUGCAAUAUUCUUAGUUGCUUGAUUAUCUACAUCCGAAAAAUGCCAUAUUUCUAAGUUAUGAUGACCUAAAACCUUUAGUAAGCCAUUAUAAAUUGGAUACGAAACUGUUGGUUAUAAUUCUAAUUACAAUUCCGGUAUCAAGUGCAGGGUGUGAAAGAACUUUAUCUUGCCUACGGAGGCUUAAGAUACAUACAUGCAAAUCAGAAAAUAAAAAAAGGCGGGCAACUUCACACCGAGGGUCACUGUUUUAUGUGAAAAGUUGGAAAGGUAGUAGAGGGGAAAUUUAAUUUAUAUCUGCAUUAUAAGCAACGAUAGAUUAUUGCUAACGAAAAAACGAUUCUAAGAGGAGUUCAGUAGAUAGUGUACCUUUGUCAACAAUAUACAAUAAUUAUUUUAAUAUAUGGCAUAUAUUAUGGUGAAAUAAUUACAUAUGAGCAUUAUAUAUUUUCUUUAAUAAUAUUUGUUUAAUAUAAUACCUAUUUUCCCGUUUUUCCGAGUUUUCCCAAUUACUGGGAAAACUCCAGAGGAAAUUUAGAAAUUACUUUCUUAAAGUACCUCUCCAGUCUGAUUUUCUUUCAGAAAAAGUGCUACACUUAAAAUCGGAGCAAGAUUUCCGUGAGAAAAUUUGUCCCCGGAUACAAAAACAAAACAUCUUUGUAAAACCAUAAGCUUCUUCUUCGCUCCACCCAGAAUCUAAUUGUUAAACCAUUAGAUCAUGAUUGAUCAGAAUCAUUACAAAUCGAAUUGUUCAUAUAUAUUAUUAUUUUUAAUAUUGAAGGUUUUGAUGAUAUCAAAAUAAGCCUUAUUUUUCUAUAGAUAGGUACCUACUACUAAUUAUGCAAAUUAUAAACACAAAAUUACAACGCAUUUUAUCUCGUUAAAAAUAUUUAACGCAUUUUUUUUAUGUAAUAAUACAAGAAUAUUCUCCUGUGUGAGUGUGUAAAUUUUUUGCACGACAAUAAUACACAAUUAAUUACUAUUUCUCGUGUCAGUUUAGUGUUGGAGAAAUAUUAUUAUAAUAGGACUAAUUAAUUAAUAUCGAGGACAAAAGAGACGUGAAUUAGGUCAAAACGAAUUAAAUAUUAUUAUUAUGAUGAAAUAACGGUAACUGGAAUAGGUGCAUAACUAAAUCUAUACGUAUACAGAACAUUUUCUUCAAAUUAUUUAGUUUUUGGUUUUUCAGGAACGUAUCGGGGGAUCAAUUGUGGGUUUUAUUUUUUUGUUUAUUAACAACUUUUUCCUACGCUUUUCUCGGUUUUACCAAAUAAUAAUGAAAACUACUUGGAAAAUCAAAAAAAUGAUCUUCUUAAAGUGCGAUCCAGAUAAAAUUUACUUUCAGACAAGAUACGUCAUUUGAAAGUCAGAACAAGAUUUCUGGUAAAAAAGAUCUUCACAGAUAAAAAAAAAAUAAAGAUAAAAACUAAACAUCAUUGUAAAACUAAUAUAUUCCGCGCUUCGUUUCGAACCUAAAAAGGCGCUUUCGCUGCAAAGCUAUACACUAUCUAACUAUAUCAUGAUAUCCAGUAUUUGAUAUGUCCAAAAAUAAAAUUCAUUAUACAUAAUAUAUGUCUGUUAUUUAAUGUUCAAUAUUCAUAAAUGGUGAAGUACUUAAAAUGUCUGAAAUAUCAAAGUCUAGUGAUAUUAAAUGACAAAAUCGACAACAUAAAAAUGUGCAAAACGUCAAAAUACAAUAAUAUCGAAUGUAUAAAAUGUUUAUGUACUUUAAAUGUCAAAACUAUUAUAAGAACGUCAAAAAAUAAAAAUAAAAAUUCAUAGGUGUUAUCAAAUAGUUAUUUUGGCCAUAGUAAAUAAUGAGGAGAUCGGUGCUAACGGUGUACUUAUAACCUUAAAUGAUGUAAAACUAAAAACCACACAAGACUGUAGAAAUUGUAGGAAUAGGAUUCGCCGGAUAUAAAUUUUGAAAAUGAAUUAUAAUUAUUUAGGUUCUAUAUAUAUAUAUAUAUAUAUAUAUAUAUAUAUAUACUGGGAUAUUUUAGAAAUAUAAAUUCAAUUAUUAUAUUUAAAACUGGAAACAAAUUUCAAAAUAUUUCACCUUUUACUUAAUAUGAUUAAGAGAAUUGAAAUGAAAAAAAAAAUAAAUAAAUAAAGCUUAUCCUAGUAAAGAUAUAUAAACAUAAAGAAAUCAUAAUACGUUUUCGGAUAUUGAAUCCUGUUAAACGUGAUUCCUACAGUUUCCUCCGCGGCUUUUCCUUCUGGAUCGCCAUAUCCGUCUGUAAAAACGGCGGCUUCCCUUCCCCUUAAAUGGGUACAAUUAAAUAGAUCAGGGGGAAGGUAGUAUCGAAGAAAUCUGAAAUAAAUUGUUUUCGAUUUUUCAAAAUUGGAUAACAUUCGAAAGACCAACAUCAACGACCUUAAAUAUUAUCGUAAUUAAUAUAUUAUAACAUUUUUUUUUUUUUUACUACCGCUAGACAUUUUAACUGAACGCCUGUGUAUUUUUAGGUACGUAAUAAGUACCGAAUUAUACGCGAAUAAAAACGAAAUGAACCUAUACCUGCGUACGUACAUUUAUUUUAUUUUUUACAUAUUUUAGGUACGGUGAAAAAAUAAACUCUUUAGAGUUUCGGGCGGUUGCUCACCGGGUUACCUAUAUCAUUUAUAUAGGUAAAUAGACGGGCCGGGACACUAAACAAAAACUUUCUGUUUCUCACAUCACCGCGCUGCGAUAGCCUGCAGAACGCCCGUAGAAAUGUAUUUUUUUUUUUAAUAUUUUUUUUUUAUUUAUAUAUAUAUAUAAAUAUUAUAAACAAAUUUAAAACGGCCCGCGAUCGUCGUUUCGUAGCCCGUGCGGCUCUAAAACCCGAAACAUUCGUUCGUGCGCGAGUAAUUGAUUUACGCGUUUCCUAUGUCCGAGGUGUGCACGCCACCCGAACACUACCCAGACCGAAUACUAUUAUAAAGACGGCAACGAAAAUACAAUUUAUUAUUGCUGUUAUUAUUAUUAUUAUUAUUAUUGGGUGUAUAACGUGUGUAUCUCUAAAUAGCAUAAAACAAAAUGGCCGUCCGUUUGUGCUCUCGCUUUUUCUUCUAAAUUAAGCAACGAAUUUCGAGACGGUUUUCACCGUCAAUUAGAAAAUUUCUUCCGGACGGUUUAUACAUAAAUAAUACGUGCGCAUUAUAUUUAUAUCAAGUAGAGAAAAAUCGACGUUUUGUAAUCGACUGUUGAAAAAAUAUAUUUUCGGAUGCUUACCAUGCUAACGCUCGCUACACCUUAUGACGUAUUUCAAAAUAAUUUUAAUAAUAUCUUAGCCAACGGAAAACUACACAACGCGCUCAUCUCCAAAGGAUGCUAUAUACUGAUAGGUGAGAAAAUGAGAAUCUUUGUAACGAAAAAUCUCUAAAAUUACUUUUCCAAUAAUAUACAUUCGGUGUAUUAAUUUUAGAUACUGAGUGGAGCGAAGAACCUUAUAGUUUUAUAUAAAUGCUUAUUUUUUUUUUUUUUAUCUGUGCUCAACUUAUCCACCAGAAGAGAUGCUUAGAUUUUUAACUGUAGCAUCUUUUUUGAUAGGAAUCAGUUCGGAGAGGUACUUUAGAGAGGUCAUUUUUUGAUUUUCCUAAGGGUUUUCCUAGCAAAUGUGAAAAAUUGGGAAAAACGUGGAAAAUCGGGAAAUGUGGGAAAAUCUGUACAACAUUAAACAAAUAUUAUUGAAAAAAAAUAUAUAGAGCAUAAUUAAUUAUUUUACUACAAUAAAGCAUAUAUAUUGUUGAAAAAGCAUCACUACCAACUGAACUCCGCUCACAAUAAAUAUACACAAAUAUAUAAUACAUACAAAUAUACAAAUACAAAAAUGAGAAUUUUCGUCAACAAAAAUAUCUGGUUUUAGUUUUUUAACGACAAUAUUGCUGGGCUAUACUUAAGUCAAAUUUCGAUCGUGCAAGUAAACAAAUAAUAUACCUAGUUAUUAAUUUCUAUAAAUAACCGCUGGAACUUUGUCAAUAAUGAGUCUUUAUCACUGUUUAAAUGCGUCGAAAAAAUAUUGUAGCGCACAUUUAUUACCUAUUCGGUGGACACGGGAAGAAACUAUUUUUUUCGAACGGCGAAUUUCCGAGCGGGACAGCUAGAUAUAAUGUAAAUAAGUAUUUUUGAUUUUUAUUUUUUUUUUCGAAGCGGCGUUAUAAAGGCUCUCUAUGGUCGUUUCAUUUUUCGUUUUCCUUUACGCCAUUUCACUCUCUCCCUCCUCCUUCAACCGACGAUGGGUACAUAUAGAGUUAUGGGUUUUCGGAAUUUCAUCGCGUAUUGUUGUACGAUAAUAAUAAUAUUAUCGUCGUCCAACCAUGAUUUAUUUCCGCGGGCCGAGGUCACCGCGUUUUUAAUAUACGAGUAAUUAUUAUUACUCAUAUAUUAAACACGUGGUGACCUAAUACAGGGUGAUUCUUUCAUCGUAAUAUGAUUUUUAGUGAAUUUGAUUGUUGGUCUCGUUUAUAUUUUAUUUCAACGCAGAUUUAAAAUGCGUAACGCUUCUCGAAAGCAUAGAUAUUGCUCCGGUAGAGGACACAGAUAGUGAUUCCGGUGGCCUAGCCUAAGACGCAUGUCUGAGACCUAACUGAAAAUCAGUACUUAGAGAAAAAAAUUUGAUUAAUAAAAAAAAACUAAAACAUAAAUACAACAUAUUACCUUGAACCUUGUAUCACACUUUCGAGAUUUUUGGGAAGCUUAAAAAUGUUAUCCGCAUAAAACCAACAUAAAAACUAAAGGAGUAGAAUAAUUCACAAAGCCAAGCAUAAUUCAAAGUCACCAUAAUAUAUUUCAAAAAUUUUAUCACGUCAAGAAAGUUUUAUGUAUUUUAUUCCUAUUUUUUUUUUCGAUUAAACUCUCCUGGCAUGGCAAAUAAAAAUAUGUUCCAGACACCGACCAUGAUCUCCCCCAUCUACUCGCUAUAAUUUAAAUCAAUAUAUACAAUUUGGAUUUCCAUUCCCUCACUUUUUAAACUCAAACUCGAAUAUAGAAUAUCUUCUAAACAUGUUUCACAUGUUUAAUAUAAUAUCAGAUAUACCGUUUAUGAGUUACGUAACAAUUUAAAGCUUAGGCCGCGCAACUUAGGUUGCGUGUUUGGAAAUCUACAGUGUAUAAUAUAGUCAUUUAAGGUAUAAUAAACAGUAAUAGUAAACAUUUAAAAAAAUAGCGUUAAGUAAAUAAAUAAACGAUACCUUACGAUUAUCGGACCAAAAAAAAAAAAAAAAUUUUAAAAAUAAGACAGGAAUCAAAUUCACUUAAAAUUGUUGAAUCGCGUGAGAAAAUGCGCACCAUGUAUCUCGUAGGAAAUACUGCGAAUAAGGUCACAUCACCGUUGACUCUUUUCUCGUGUGAUGACUGGGGGUUCUCUUAUUGAGUGGCCGGAAAGUUCGUUCAUCUCCUCGUACUGUUGCAGUUUUUAUACAGUGAAAAGCGCUCGAAUACUUAAGUCACCACGCCACGGCGACCAGAGUCCGCUUGACACGUCGUACAUUGACGACGAUCGGAAUUGAAUUAUUAUUUUCUUAAAACCUUUUUUUUUAUCUUUCGCAUUCUUGACCAAAUAUAUAUAUAUAUAUAUAUAUACACGUAUAUAAUAGUAUUAAAGUCCGGGUGAUUUUUUUUUAUUUUUAUAUAAUAUACUUUUGAUUUCCGAAUAAUCAUUUAUAACGAGUUUUAUCUACGGUCUACACGCGUGCGCACAAAUAUACCGUUUGUCAAACGAGUUUUUUUUUAUGUGUACUACCCUAGACAAAAUACGUCAUCAUUGAUUUUUAUGACUCGAACGAUACAAUAUUUAUAUACCUAAUAAACAAACUAUAUGAUAUUAUCUAUAUUUUUCGUUCUUUAAUAAUAUCAUCGGAAUACUCUAUACUUACUAAAUGUAUUAAAAACUGGACAAUAAUAAGUCAAAAAGUUAAAAGUUAAGUAAUUUAUACUUUUAUAAUUGAUUUUUUUUUUAUAACUUUUUAAUUUAAUUUUGAACUUUUAAAAAGAAGGCUUUUUUUAAAAAGAUCGUCAUAAAUUUGCUCACUUUUAUGAAAAAAAGUUACUUUACUAAAAACGACGAUUUUUUUCAAUUAAUGGAGCAACAAUUUCAUUUUAUAGAUUCUGAGUGGAGCGAAGAAGCUUAUGGUUUUACAAAGAUGUAUAAUUUAUUUUUUUAUCUUUGCGCAACUUUCCUACCAGGAAUCGUGUAAAUGUAGCACCUUUUUUGAAAGUAUAUCGGUGUAGGGAAGUACUUUAGGGAGAUAGUUUUUCGAUUUUCUCAGGAGUUUCCUCAUCAAAUGUGAAAACCCGAAACAAAACGAAGGAAAAACGGGAAAAUAUAAAAAACAUAGGUAUUAGUUUAAAAAUAUUUGGCUUUUUUAUUCGUGAACAAAUUUUUUACAAGCAAUGACUCCGAUUUAUAAUGAUAGCAUUUUUUUCUAAAAGGAAAUCUGACUGGAAAAGUUUUUUAAGGAGGUCAUUUUUUGAUUUUCCCAAGAGUUUCCCUAGCAAACAUCGGAUAACAUAAUCAAUAUUUUUAAAGAAAAUAUAUAGAGCCUAUUUAAUUAUUUUACUAUAAUAUGACAUAUACAUUGUUAACAAAGCAUCACUAUCAACUGAAAUGUGCUCAGAGUGGUUUUUUCGUAAGCAAUAGUUUAUCGUUGCUUACCGGUAUACAUUAAUUUACCUAUAACAGUGGCUGUACCCGUCCCCAUUAUCCUAGGACAUCUUUUUUUUUUAUAAAUAAUUUUAACUUAACGGUCUCCAGCACGUUUCAUGGAUUAAAAUAUGUUUUACGGGAAAAACUCGCAUGCCUCAUAAAUCGAUUCUGUUUCAGUAAUUAUUUUUUUGUUAAAAUUAGUAAGACUAUCUAAACUUUCUAUAGGCCUCAUUGGACUUUUUUUUUAAAUAUUUUAACUUUAUAAUAUUAUUUCCAAUUUUAAAAUGAAUUGAAAAAUCCGAGUUCAAUACGAUCUAUAGAAUUUUGUUGUUUAUCAGUUAAAAUUAAAAUCGUUUAUUAGUUUAUUUUUUAGUUUAUUAGUUAACUGGUAUAACAUGUUGACAAUUUUGUUCAUAAAAACAAUAAUACAACUUCCUUCCACUAAAAUUAGUAGAUAAGUGAAAAAUUCAAAUUUCAAAUUUCACAAAAUUAAUAAAACCAGCACCAGGUACAUUAAACUUACAUAUUUCGGUUAAAAUUUAUGUUAUUUCUAAAGCUUUAUUUACAAGUUAUUUUUAACCUUGGUCUCACUACGUGUUACAUUCGUUUUAUCGUACAAAAAAAAAAAAAACAUUAUUGGAUAAAAAUAUUCAAUAAAUAACUAAAAUCUAAUAUUAAAUUAUUAAAAAUAUAAAAUAAUAUACUAUCUAUAAAAAAUGUUAAUAAAACUGUAUUAUUUUAUAGUUCCGCCGAGGAUUAUCAGCUUAACGGCAAACGGCAAAGUCAGCGCUAAAAAAGGAUCGGAUGUGACUCUCCAGUGUAACUUCACAGGAAAUCCACCACCAAUAAUCACUUGGACCCGUAAAGUAAGUUUUUAAAAUAACAUAUUCAACACCGGAAAAAGUGUUAUCACUGUAUGUACGUAAAUAACUGUAUAAAUUAUAAUCCAUUGUAAUAUUCUUGAAUAUUAGAUAAUCCAAAUCACUAUAAAUUAUUAUUAUUAUUAAACGCGCUACAUAAUAAUAAAAUAGUUAUAACCUGACCGAGUUAAAUUAUCCGGUGAUAUUAUGCGUCAAAAUAUUUAUUUUUUUUUUUUAAUUUCGGAAACCUAUUAAACUUAACGACCGUAAAAUUGAAAAAAUAUCUUACGCACCGAGACUCGCGACCGAUAUCACGAUGUGUCGACACAAAUAUUGCAUUUUCAAAAUAGAGUAAAAAAUUGAAUUACAAAACAGAUAUUCCACGGUUGAACGGAAAAAACAUAUAUUAAUAUAAAUAAUAAUGAUAUACAUAUUAUGGCGACGAGAUGUGUUUACAACUAAACCAUAAAUAUGUUUAUAAGCAAAAAUUGUGUUUCCAAAAUCUACUUUGAAUUAUUUAACCGUCAUUUAAACCGAAACAUAAAACAUACAAUGAACAUUUUCAUUUUCUUGUAUAUUUUAUGUCGAAUACUUCCCGAAAAUAAAGAUUAUUGCAUUGUAUUGUGUCUGUUAUUUAUAUUAUCUUUUCCUCGGUACAUUUGGACACUUUUAGCGGUUCUCUAUCGAUGACAAUAGCCCAAAAACCGAAAAUACAGAUUUUUACAGGCGGAUUGAAAUUACAACAUUUUGGUUGAAUUUGAAUAGGUACGAACUUAACCGUGUUGUUGCGGGAGAAAGGUGUUUUUAUUAGCUUAGUUCACCCACACGACGCCUAAAUGAAGCUAAAAGGGUGAAAUGUUGUAUAUGUAUGGUGUAAGUAUCAAUAGUGUGCCUUUUGAGAGUUUCAACUUUCAACCCCAUUCCCUUUCAUUAUUAUAUUCAGAUUUCUUCUUUUCACUGAAAAUACGGGUAUUAUAAUAUACGCUUACAAAUUCAUGCAAAUGACAUAUUGUAACAACAAGUCAGUAAAAGGAAAAUUCUUCUCUAAUGUUUUAGAUUCUGAAUGGAGCGAGGAAUGUAUUGGUUUUACAAAAAUGUUUAUUUUUUUUUUUAUAAGAAACACUUUUUCUACCAGAAAGCCUACUCCAAUUAUCAAGUAUAGCGCCUUUUCUGAAAGGAAAUAGUGAGUGGUAUUUCAAAAAGGUAAUUUUUUGAAAUUUGCAUUAUAUUCGAGAUAGUAAGGAAAACCAGGUUCUUUGGGUUAAAUAAGAUUGAAAGAUUAAAAAUAAGAUUGUUAUAGGCAACCGUUCUUAUUUAUUGUUUGUUGCUGUAUUUUUGUUUUAUUAUUAAGUUUUUUUUAUUUUAAAUCUUUUUUAAACAAUCAUUAUUUUCAUGGAAACGCACAUAAUUAUAAUUUUUACCAUAAUAAUAUGACAUAUAUACAUUGUUAACAAAGCAUCACUAUCAACUGAACUGCGCUCAGAAUCGUUUUUUGUUAGCAAUGGUUUAUCGUAGCUUAUAGAUAUAUAUUAAAUUUUCUAUAACAGUAGCAGCACCCGUCUCCAUUAUCCUACGAAAUCUUUUUUAAUGUGAAAAUGUUUUUAUUGCUUUUAUUGCUCUUAUUGCUGUUUUUAUUGCUCCCAAUUUCUUUUCUAAAAAACAGUGGCACCCUCGUCUCCAAUGUCAGCACCUUUUUCAAUAAUAAAAAUCCUAUAUGUUUUAGUUCAAUAUUGAAAGAUUUAAUUUAUAAAAAAAAAAUUAUUUAUAUGUUGUUUAAACAAUCUACUUCCCAAAUUAAUUACAAUCAAUUGUCUUUAUUACGCGCUAAGUGCAAGUUUCAAUCCAAAAUUCAAUUAAAACUAAUCCUGAAUUAUUUUGGAAAUUAUUUAACCGUAAAAAAUUAUAUCCGUCCCUUUUGAACACUACGAUGCAUAAUAAUGGUUUAUUUGUUGGAGGUGGGAAUAUUAUGGAUUAUUUCGCUCAUUAUUUUUCCAGCGUUUAUAAAAAUCAGGUUACUUCAAUCGUAAAUACUCAUCAGUCAUCCACCAAUAAAAAUUCUGUUAAAGUAAAUCAUAACUCUUGUGUUUUAACUUUUAAGCAUUAUAGACUUCCCAAAUAAGUUAGAUAAUAUCACUAAAAAACGAGUCCUGACCUGAUUUCUAGCUGUUUUUUUAUUAACUGUAAAUUCCAUUUGGUUAUUUCUUUAUUACGUUUUUGUAACUUAUCUCUUUCUAGUGGUUGUAUUCCAUCUAUAUCGACCUAUUUCCAUUAUUUCUUUUAUUCCAAAACUUUUUAAAUCCAUUGUUUAUGAAAAAAUAUAACCAAUCAUCAUCCGAUCCUUACAGCGGUAUUAAAUUAUGAUCAGUAUGGUUUUUUGAAAGGCAAGUCAACAACGACAAUUCUUUUGAUUUUUCAUAAAUAUUUACUUGAUGCUUUUGCAUCCGGUUAUCAAGUAGAUUUAAUUUAUACUGAUUUUACUUAGGCAUUUGACAAGAUAAAUCACCAUAAUCGUUCGAAAAAAAAUUGUUCUAUCCGUACUCGUAACCCCUUUUUGUCUUGGUUGACUUCAUAUUUAACUGACAGAAAACAAAUUGUCAAAUUAAAAAACUUUCUAUAUGGCCUGUUCAGUAUUCCAUCUGGACGUACCCGUUUUACAUACCAUGUGGUUACUUACAAAAUAAUACGUGGGACAAGUGAGUUAAGCACUCUAAUAUUUAUUACGUGAUAACCAGCCAGGUACAUAGAUAGCCUAAUCCCUAUUAACAAGAGGCGGGUCAACUAUUGAAAUUAGUGGGUACACACUGCACGGUGUGCAGGCACGAGUCCGCAUCAAGGUUCAUAUUAUGAUAAAAGUAUAAGCCCACACUAUUCGUACCCGUGGAUACGAAAAACAAAAACAAUUAGGAAGGUUAGAAAGAGUAGGUAUUUUGGACGGGGAGAAGGGAGGGUGUGCUAAAUGAUGCUCUACCAUACUACCAAUAGAUUUAGGAUUCAUGAUUAAUGGACCCGGAGUUAUCAUGAAAUCGUAAAAGUUUAGUCGCGGUACGAACAAUUUGAGACCAAUUUUUGUAUGGGCAAAGAAAAAAAAAAAAAAAAAAAACAUAAUAAUAUACGUUCUAUAGCGCUGUAAAACCGCCCAUACGAUAAUAUUCUAAACCGUUUCGAGCGGCGGCCGCUGCUGUUUUAAAUUCCGCACAACAUCUGAUGUAGGUACAUAAUUUAAGGCCCUAUUCAUAUUAUAGGUAUACGCAUAAGUAUAUAUAUAUAUAUAUAUUUAUAGGCGUACGUACACGAGUAUUAUAUAUUAUUAUACGCGCCGAAACGCCCGAGAGAAAAACGCAUAAAAUUCAUCCGCGGGAAACGCUCCGGUGCUAUAGGCGGACGCGUAUUAUUAUUGCCCGUUUCGCAGCCGUUUCCCUAACGCUAAAACUAUAACGCCGUGGAAAUUUCGGUUUUUUUUUUUUUUUUUUGUUUUAUACAUAACGCGCCGCGGUCGGAUAUAUUAUAAUAAUAACAUUAUAUUAUACCGUUCGACUUGUAUAAUAUUAUAUUGCCCUCCCACACGCCCACCCCCGCGUAGAUUCCGUUAUAUUAUAAUAUUCGGACAUAUUAUUACCUUUUUUUUUUUUUUUUUUUUUUUCAUAUAUCUUUUUACCUAUUCUCCCGGGGUAAACGGCCGUUCGCGGCGGCCCGGGAAAUAUUUCCAAGAUUAAAUUAUUAUUAUUGUUAUACGCCUGCGUGCGUUUCUUCUCGUUCGCCUCGCUGCAGUAGCGACGAGGAACGCGAGAACGCGCGGCGAAGACGGCGAUGGCAUACAACGAUAAUAACCCCGUGCACCACCCUAUAUAUUAUAAUAUGUAUAUACAUAAACAGGUAUACAUUUUACGGGCUCCGCUAUAUUUUUAAUCCGUCGAAUACAACGUGAAAUAUCCGACCCGACCUUUAUACGCAGAAUAUAAUAGUAAUAACGCGCCCUAUACCCGGCGUGCCGAGUUAUUGGUUUUCGUUUUUUUCCGGAAUAAAUAUUUUCGAGCACUCGGAAAUUAUUAUCCUCAUAUCGUAUUACGCUGCCGUACGGCGGCGCCUGCAUAUUAUAUCCAUCUUAUCUCGUAAAUAUCAUCCUGUAUAAUAAUAUUAUAAUGUACCGAUUUCCGAUAUUUUACGCGCGAUACCGAUAUAAUAAUAUUAUUAUAAUAUGUCAACCGCAACUAAAAUAUAAUCGUUUUUUUUCUUUUCUUUUUUUGCUAGAUUUUUCUACCGAAAAUAGAGAUCGUAUCGGCGUUGCGUAUUGUCGUCUGCCGCGCGCGCGCGUUUUUCCCGUUAAUUAUUUACUUUCGGGAACCGCUUUUUACGGUUUGUGAAAAUGAUCCAAUCUGCCACCUCGAAAUAUACGGAUUUUUCCCUUGGCGGCGGUACUUUAUUUAAACGCAAAUCUGGCGAUUACGUUUAAAAUUAUUCGCAUCAUACCUAAAAAUACGCGGUUUUAUUACCGGUUGCGCUCACUUUAUUUGAAAAAUAUGUCAAAACCUCGACGGCGCGCGGCGGGUCAGAAAAAAAAACCACGACUAACCUUACUAAUAUUAUGGUUGUACUACUCCGCUCAGAAUCGCUUUUUUUUGACAAAAUGAAAAUUAAAUUUCCACCUUCCGACUACCACGACUGUUAUUAAACACUAUAUACGUAUAUUUCAACAUAGUUUUAUAGUAAAAAUCCACCCGACGCGUGAAGCCAUGUUUCAUUUGAAUAUACUCACGCAGUAUAACACAUGUAUUAUUUUCAGAUUCUGAGUGUAGCAAACAAGCAAUUAUAGUUUAACUGAAACGUUUGUUCACACCCCCACCGCUGAAAUACUUGAUUUUAUUUAGUAAAACUAUCCGGCGUUUUUAUACCGUACACAAACAGAUGUGGUUUAUCCUUGCGGUGGUGAUUCAUUUUAAAAUGUGCCCAAGACUCCUAACAGUUAUUCCUAACCCACCUAACCUUAUCAGUUUACUGAGUUUAAUUUUUAAUAGUUUUUUUUUUUCAAUUGCAAUGAUUAAUCGUUACUGCUUUCCGUUUAUAACUUAAAACCCUAUAUCCUAUACUUUCCAAACUUCCCAGUUACAAAGUGGCCUGUCCGUAGUAUGAAGUAUGUCCUACUUGGUUAUGCAUGUAUUAAAACUUAAAGAUUUUUUUUUUAUGAGAGAGUGAGAGGGUUCUAUACAUUUUCAAGUUUUUUUUGUUAUUUUAACUAUAGAAAAUAUUGUGUUUGAAAAUUCCUUACUGGUAUUUUAAUGUAAUAUUACAUUAUCAAUUACACAUUGAACUGACGAUUUGAAAUUUGAAAGCGUUAAAAAUGACGACUCUAUUUUAACGGGGACAAAAUUAUAAUUUUUUCCGAGAUAAAAUUAUUUACAAAUACGCGGAUUAAAUUGGGACUGCGACGCUAUACAAUAUCGAUGUAAAGAAAUAAAAAAUACAACGUAUUUACUAUUAUUGAAUGAACACAAUGAAAAUGUGUUUAGGUACGUACGAGUAAAGUAUUAUUAUUCCUUUAUAAUAAAACAGUGAGAUGAAUUUGUAUUAUUAUUAUUAAUUUUUUUUUUUUUUGUAAUAUCCGUUAAUUCAUUUUUUUUAUGUGAGACAAUAACGUCAUUAUAUUUUAAAAUGUUAUUAUUAUAACGCUGUUGUGCAGAAUAAUUAAAGUAAAAAACUUGGCUAUUUUUUCUUUCUUGUAUCAUUACUAAUUUUGUUAUUAUAUAAUAUUUUGCCAUUUGGAGUUGUCAAAGUUAUAUGUUAAGUAUUUAAAAAAAAAAGCCACUAUUUUAAAAGCACCUUUUAGUAGAACUAUAAAGACGAUUAUUAUUAUUCUGCUUGCAAAAUUUCACCUACAUUAAAAUUAUGGCAUGUACUGAGUAUAUUUUUUUAGAUUAUGAGUGUAGACAAAGAAUGUAUUGGUUUUACAAAGAUGUUUAUUUUCUUAUUUUUUAUUUUUAUGCGAACAUUUUUUCUACCAGUUACCUUACUCCGAUUUAUACAAUGCAGACACAUUUCUAAAAGAUAAUUUUCUUGAGGUGAUAUUUUAAUGAGGUAAUUUUUCGAUUUUCUAAGAAUUUUUGUCAUCAAAUGUGAAAAACCAACAUAAAACGGAGGAAAAACAGACAGCUUUUUUCAUUAUAAUUCAAUGAUUUUCUCAACGAGAACAUAACUAAAAAGUUUAAUAUCUUUAGAGUUUCAUUUAUUAGGGAAUUUUUUAAACUUUACCUUAACAUUUUGAAUCUAUUACUCUUAUUUCUUAUACCUUAAAAAAGUACAAACUUUUAUUUUUUAAACUAGAAUCCCUCUCACUUCCGUUUUCAACACAGAUUUGAAAAAAUAAUAUUUAUACAAAUAUGCGUAUUACCAAAGUCGUAUACCGAGGAUUACAAAUGUGUAUUUGGUUAAUGGGUAAAAUUUCAAAAAAAAAAUUAAACAAAAAUCCAUACUAAUAUAAUGGUUAAAAAAACCUAAAUUGAUUUUACAAAAAAAAUUCAUGAUGGAAACAAAAAUGACCCGGUAUGGUAUACAUAACAUAUCUACGAUCUAUGUUUGUUCUUUUGUUUCCGUUAGUCGAGACAAAGGACUUUAAGUUGUGCAAACUUCUUCAAACAACUGUCAUCGUUGAAAGCUGUUUGUUUUUUUUUUUUUUUUUUGUUUACCAUGAAGGUGUGUCUUACCUUUCUUUAUCUAAUAUUAUUCGGCGCCAUUCAAACAAUUGUUGAAUGGGUUCUCGAAGGUGUACACAAACAAAAAUUCAAUAACUUUGCGACUAGUCUGAAUUCACUAGGAGUGUUUUUGCUAACAUGGGUUAAAAUAAAUUUAACUCUAACAAAAAUAUAAUUUAAACUGAAAGUACCUUUUGUAGCCGGUAUUCUUUCGGUCUACUGGAUUAGUUUAGCUUUAAGUUAGAGAAAAUUUACCAAAUUAGUCAAAUUUUUCGGCCAGUGGUAUUUAUUCGAACAAUUAGUAUACAUUUCUAAAAGUUUUUCUAAAAUAUUUAAAAUAAAAAACUAACUAAAAAAACUAAAUGAAAUAUGAUAUAAAAUAUUGAUAAAUUAAUAAAUGAGAUAUCGCUUACUGGUAUACUACGUUCUGUAAAACAAAUGUCUAUGAUUAUAUUUUCUGGCCAUUUUAUUUUCUAUUGAUUUUGCUUUCUGAAUGUCUAGUGUUCUGACUAAUUAUUUUUAGGAAAAUUACAGUCGACUUGAGUACAUCGUGUUUAUUUUAUGCUUUUAAACACUAUAUUGCAAUGUAUUUCUUCAAAAAUACAUUCUCUCAAAAAUGAUUUUCUAUGUGUUUUUUUUAUUAUUAUUAUUAUUCGCAUUUUCACUCUGUCGAAUCGAUUUCUGUCGGUAAAUAAAACAAACGUACAUUAUUAUCGUAUUUUUUUUUUUUUUUUACAUGCGUAUCAGCAUAUUAUCAUUAUUAUGCAAAUCAAACGGCAUUGAAUAUAUUUUGACGUAUUUACGGUUUACAAAUUACUAUAAUAUACAUAAUAUUAUAUAUUAUAAUAUAUAGUGACGUAUUUCACUUCCAUUAAGUGGAGAACUCAUAAUAAUAAAAAAUAAUAACAAUAAUAAUACAAAUAUUGAUGAAAUGACCUUGCAGUUCUUUUUAUUUCAAACGCAGAAAAACCAACUAUAACUUUCAUAAAGACAAGUCUUUUUGAAUCGUAAAAAUAGAAUGAUUUUAAUUUGUUUUUUGUACACUAAGUAUAGUGAAUAGACUAUGAGUUUGACUUAUGAGAUGUGUUUCGGUUUCUUUGACUAAAAAAGUGCUCCGAUUUUAUUUAGGGCGUACCUUAAGAGACGCGGUUCAUCUACCUGGUGAAAUUUUAUUUGACACUUUUUUUCUUAUUUCUCAACUGUUUUUCUAAAAAAAUAACGACAACAAUCGACCAUACACAUUGGUAUCAUGUUUAUUGAUUUCUAGGUUUCUUAACAAUAAAGAAGGGGGGAACACGACUAAUACUGUACUAAUCUUCAAUUACUCAAAACUAAAACUAUAUACCAAAUUGUUAAACUCAAUUUAGAAUCGUUUUUUGAAAGUAAAGUAAUUAUUUAUCGUCGACCGUCCAAAUUAUCCAUCUACAGUGACGAUCUACUUCACUCAUAUUGUCAAGUACGUCCUAGUUUUUUUUUUUUUUGUAUGUUAUUAUAACCAUAAUACUAUCUGAAAUUUUAAUAUGCAGCUAUUUCUAUAUUGCAAAGAUUCUCGUUGCAUUAUUUAUGUGUUUGUUUGAGAACUAAAACUAAAUACGCUGUUAUAUAGAAACGCGUGUACAAUGCGUUUAGUAUUUCAUUUUGCACAAGUUUUCGUCUACCGCAUACGUUAUUAUACGUCAUUAUAUAUACUAUAAUGGUUGAAACUUUUGAUAAAACCCAACACCGAAUAGACGGAAUUUACAUUUGACAGUAUACAUACCCUAAUCCUCCGAACGGGAGAGUAAUGCGACAAUAUUACUGCGAAUAAUGAAUUAGAUUUAAAUCCUUUAAAAUGUUGUCUUGUUCCGUUUAUUAAGGUUAAGUAGGUAUACGUUUUCGAGUGGUUUUAUAAUAAUACUUCGAUAUAGAUACAAACGAACAUCGAUUGACUUAGUAUAUAUUUUACUAACAAAAAUAGUGUACGAUUAUAUUAUAUUUAUUUCAUGUGUCACAAUGUGGGCCAUUCUGAUAUUUAUAAAUUAAUUCCCUACUACAAUCCAAAAGUCAUUCGAGAAAAGGGAGGGAUAAAAUUGCUUGUAUAGUCAGAAAACAAAUCGUCGAAAAAUCCCGUAUAUUUGCUAGACUUUAUUUAAAUAUUGUAAGUUAUUCACUGUGGGCAAAUUCUAUCUUAUUUAUUUUAUAAUUGUAUUAAUAUUUUUUAGUCAUUCGGGUUAAUAGAUUUUUACAGCUUCUUUCAUAACAGUUUGAAAACCAAUAGAUUUGGCGUAUUCAUUUCCAUUUUAUUGGUACAUAAUGCAGUAUUAUUUCAUUAGAUGUAAAGCACCGUAUACUAAUUUCUUUUUUUAACAAGCGCUACGAAACUUUCAUAUUUUCAACCAUUGACGGGGCCAGUCUAUAACUGGCAGAUAAUCUGUUGCAGAUCUGUUAUAACUCAGAAAGGUUAUUUCAUUUUAUAUCAAACGGCUAAGUGUUAAUUUUAAGCCAUUAAAAAUAUCACAACUUUUAUAAUAUUUCACUUUACUUUAAAGUGCGGAUCACGAUUAACUAUCUCUGGCAUUAUGACUAUAUAACCAAAGCUGUUUGCCUUCAUACGGAAACGCUCUUUUGUCAAUUUCAACAUAUAAUGAAAUAAUGCAGGACUGCCCACAUGUCGUCUUUUUUUAAGCAUACCAAUACUUCGGGAUUCACAGCACACAUCCGGGAUUUCUAAUUGCACAAGAAACGGUUCAAUUAGAUUUUCUCAUGGAGGUUGGUAAUUUCCUUCAGAAAAAAACGAUAAUUUGAAACUAUUUUUUCCUUUUUUUAGAACGAUAAUUAGUUGGCCCAUUUUUCUCCAAUUUUAAGUUCCCUAUCCCGUCGAGAAGUACCUUAGUUUAUAUAUUUCCCAAAUACCCACUUUAAACCGUAGCCUAACUGUGAUGCGAAAUAGGUUAUAAAUGUGUUAUAAACUAAUUAUUUACACCUGCCGUAACGUUUUAGCUCUAUAAAUCAUAAUUCAUCAUACUAUGUUAAUUAUGUUUGUAAGUCUAUCAAUUUUAAACUAUUAUUGUCAGGAUAAUCCUACCUUACCGGUGGGGGGAGGUAAAAUUUCUCUAUUAUUAUCUUAUCCCCCGGACAAUCUAACAGGGAAGUAAAAUUUUACUAGGUAAUUGGGUUAUCAUUUUUAUAUGGCAAUGUUACUAGGGAUAUAAUUUCCUUAGUAAAAUCUCUCCCUCUCCCCCAAGUAACAUUAUCAGGGAAUAAGAUUAUCCUAUUAUAGCGGCUUACGAGAUGAGUCACGUGAAGUCUAAACUGUCCCUCUACAUUUCCUUAUUAAAAUAUAAAUAAACUUAUCAUCUUACAAUAUUUUAAAAUAAUUGCAUUCGAAAAUUAUAUUGAUAAGUAUUGAUCAGUUUCAUAAAUAUAGUUCUCGUAAGUAAACGUUAAUUUUUAAUCAAAUUAAUUAUUAAAUAACCGUCCAACCGUGGUCGGUUGUUAGCUAUAAGCUCCGUUUAGAAAUUAGAUAAACAAAAGCGUUUAUGUUCGUAUAUAAAGUUAAAAAUGUCAAAAUUAUUACUGCUGAUAAACGUUAAACCGAUAAACAAUAAUUAAUGAUUGCAUUGCCUCGUUUUAUAUUUCUGACAGGUACCUACAGUAUUAUAAUAUAAUUCGUCUCCCCAUGCAUAUUAAUAAACAACCCGUCGCUUUGUAAUUUUCAAAAUAUUCGCCCCGCUACAUACAAUAACACUUACGAGUCGCUACUGAUUGUAAAUAUUGGAAUAUUUCCGUAAUAAAGAUGAUUUUCAUUAUUAAAUGGCGUAGUGUAUUUGUUAUUUUACUAUCUGUUUUAGUAUUUUAUAUAACCGCAUACCGUUAAUUUAUUAUAUUAUAAUUUGUAAACCCAACUGCUACAUUUAGGUACAACGCGAUCAGUUAUUACAACAUUAUAAUGUAUGGGAACCGUACUCGUAAAAUACGAGUACAAUUCUGCCAAUAUUUUAAAUUAAAACGAUAGGUAAUAAUAAUAUUAUAAUGCGAUUAAUUAUAAUUCACCCGCCGAUUCCCGUAUUAUUGUUGUUUUGUUUAUCGCCAUCCGCGUUUGUGGCUGUCGAAAAAUAAACACCUGACAAACAAAUAUUAUUGUUUAUAAACCCCAUGUGUUGGUAACAAUUCGAUCACAUUCAUUAAUUCGCAUUCGAGUUUAUUAUACUCGUACGUUAUUAUUAUUAUUAUUAUUAUUAUUGUUAUUAUCGUCUUCAAUAAUUAGCUUUAAGAUCGUCUUGUACUAGUGGUAGAUUUGAGGUGAGAGAGUAAUAUGAAAAUCGCCUCUCCCUCCGCUUUUUUUGUGGACUUUUUUUUUUUUUUUAACAAUCUUUAAAUUAAUUAUGUACAAGGCUUUUGGAAUUUUACGCUACAGUCAAUUUGUCCAUGAAAUACUUAUAUUUUUAAAAUCGGACUUAGUAUCACGGUAUAACUGAUAUUUGAUUAAUUAUUAUUCGAGGAACAAAAAAAGAACUAUGUAUUAUAAUAGAUAUUUAGGUUGUAUUGUAUUAGAACCUUCAGUCGAUUCGUUCGGCUCAUAAUCUCAAAAAUAAUAACAAUGUUGUGCAGUAGUGGACAAUAUAAAAAAGAAAUUCGGAGAAAAAGGUGGGUGUUUGAUAUUGCCUCAUUACCCUAGGACGUCUUUUUUUCUUUUUCUUUUUAUUGUGCAAUACAUGUUUCUGUGAAAUUUAAUUAGAUAAUAAAAAUACAAAAUAUAUAUAUUAUAUGUUAUAAAUAGUAAGUUAUGUACAAGAAGAUCCUUAGUGAAAUGUUUUUUACAAAGUAAUCUCAAAUUAUAUAGACCAGUGGUUCGCUGCAGCUCUCCCGGAAUUUAUUUCUGCGUUCGUCCCUAAUGUAAAUAUUAUAGACUAGGGCCUCGACUCGGAUUGUGCACUGGGCCACCAACUAUGUUAAUCAGGCACUGUAUAGGUAUUUGCCUACUAUCCGAUUUAAAAUGAAAUACUAGUGUUCCGCGCUCCUUUCUUAAAAAUGAAUCAAAUAAUAACGAUGCGGUUUUAAACGUUCGAUUUUACAAUGUUUCAGAACAACAUGCUGCCAAAUGGCGACAAAACUUACGUCGGCAAUUUAUUCAUAAUCGAAUCGGUCCGUAGACAAGCCGAUGGAAUAUACAUCUGUACUGCUUCGAACGAUAUCGGAACACCCGUGGACGAAGAAAUUGAUCUCAAUAUAUUGUGUAAGUAUAUAGACAAUAUAGUUUAUAAUUAUCACAGUUUAGUGAAUAUAAAACGGCAAAUUCUAUUUUUUUUUUUUUUUUUUUUUUAAAUUUAAAAUUAUUUAAUAUUUAUAUAUAUAUAUAUAUAAUGCGUGUCCUUUUAAAUUUUGAGUACAGCAAAGAAGCUGUUAUUACUUUAUGAACAUUUUUUUUUUUUUUGGCGAUUUUUCGGGUAUUAAAAAUGUUCCAAAUCGAAUGCUCCAGAUUUAACCAUGUGUAAACACACCUUAAAAGAUGCGAUAUUUUCGCCCCACAAAAUACCGUGAUGUAAAUUUUUCUUAAUUCCCAACAUUAUAUUUUAAAUAUCUAAAACUAAAAAACAACUAACAAAAAAUUACUAUAUAGCUAACCUUUCAAAAUUUUAACUCACAACAUUGGUCUACCAACUACUCACGGUGCGAAGUAUGUCCAUAUUUUUAAAUUUUUUUUUUUUUUCGAGUAGGAAGUAUAAUACAACAAAUACAUUAGUUUUGUUUAGGGAAAAAAAAUAAGUUUAAUAUACAUAUUCAGAACCUACGUUAUAUUAUAAUAUUAUUUCAACUUUUACAGUUAGAUACAUAAAUGAAAUAACAACUUGGGCUUAAAAAAAAAAAGGCAUCAUUGUACUUUUCUGCUAUACCGAAUCCGUUAUAUUUUAAUUACAACAUUGCCGUUUAGUAUUUAUAAAUAAUAUUUUUUAAUUAAAAUUACUUCUUCUUUUGUUCUUUUUUCAAUAUUUCAUACUGUUUAUUAUUAGUUAUAGAUUAUCGAUUUUAGAUUCGCGAUAAAAAACGACGUAAACUAUUAUUAACUUCCCCUAUCUUCUCUUCCUACAUACCUCGGAAAAAAAAAAAUUAUGAUAUUUUUCGUGUUUAACAAAACGCGGAAAUUAACGUUCAAUAUUUAUUAUUAUAAGACGUGAUUCCUCCCGUUAUUAAGGUGUAGUAAUUAAGCAAUUUUCACGGCAUAUUCGAAAAAAUGAAAACUCAUUACUUCAAAAAUAUCUAAAUUCACAAAGCAAAUUUAUGUAAUUUACUUAUUUAAAUAAGUCCUGUGUUAUUACAACAAAUAUUUUCUGUGAUCGUGGUAAAAAUUAAAAGUUAGUGUAUCUUGUCUAUUUAAGGGAAUUUUUGACGGUUUUUCAAAUUUUCUCCAAGUUUUAUAAUUUGGAUUAUUUUAUUUAAUGACUUGCUUAAUGACAAAACUUUUCUAUUAAUCUACUGCCCAAAAUCUAAAAACCUUUUUUAGGUUAAAAGGUAAAACUAAUUUUACUAAUGAUUAAUAUUACGUUUUAGAUCAAACAUUUUUGAGUUAAAUUUAAAAAACAUAUUUCUGUUCAUAUAAGGUUCUUAACUAAAAUACGUUGGAAUUAUUUUAGAUUCUGUGUAUAGUAUUACAAUGAUGUUCGUUUUUUUUUUAUACUGUGUAUACAAAUUUCACCAACAAUUUUGGUCCAAUAUUUAAGUGCAACCUUCUUUGAAAAUAAAUUUUCGUAGGAUGGCACUUGAACUAGAUAAUUCUUUGAUUUUCCCAGAGGUUUUCACAAUAAAUGUGUAAAACCGAAAAAAAGGUAGGAAAAAUAGAAAAAUUUAAGAAAUGUAUUAUUUUCUAAUCGUAAAUAUUCAGACCUUUUAAAACAUGAAAAACCAAACUCCACUCAAAAUUGUUUUUCGUUAGCAAUGAUUAAUUGUUGUAUACAGAUAUACAUUUAGUUUCCCAUCAACCAAUUCAACAUCUCAGCUACAACAGUGGUGCUCCCAUCGUGCUAAGUAUGUCCGUUUUUUUUUUUAAUUUCAAUUAUUUUUAUCACAAGUAAAAGAGACAAAAUACUUUAAGUAACCUUUUGAAUAUUUUAGAUUCUGAGUGUAGCGAAGAAUAUACUGGUUUUACUAAGAUGUUUAUUUUUUUAUACUGUUUACAAAAAUUCUACCAUACAUCUUGCUCAGAUUUAUACACGCAGCACUAUUUCUGAAAGAAAAUGUUAUUCAGAUGGUACUUUAAGUUAGUCACUUUUUAUAUUUUCCAAGUGGUUUUCAUAAUAUCUAGGAAAAACCAGGAUAAAACAUAAGAAAAACGAAAAAUGUUCGAAAACAAUACUUUUAUUAUUUUUCAAUUUUUUUAUUUGUUAUAAUUCAGUUAAAAAUAUUCGUAGAAAUUUAAAAUUUAGACAAAAAACUUAUAUUUUGAACUAAUUAGCAAUUUUUAAACUAUUUAGAGACAUUUAAAAAUUUUUGUUGAAAUUCAGAUUUUUAAGUGUAGCACCUUUUCUGAAAUGAAGUCAGUAUGGGGAGGUACUUUUGGGAGGUGGUCAUUUUUUGAUUUUACCAAUUUUACCAAUAGUUUAUCGUUACUUACAGAUUUACAUUAAAUUACCUAUAACAGUGGCUGCAUCCGUCUCCAUAAACUUAGGACGUCUUUUUUUUAAAAAUGUAAUAAAACAAAUUUCAUCAGACAAAUGUAAUCGCUAUUCCCAACGUAUUCUAGUAAAUAACUUAAAGCAUCGUAAUUCGUUUCCAAAAUUGAAAAUAUUACGUUUGGUUAUGUGUCUAAAUCAACUAAAAUACAUUAUCACCAAUCCUCUUAAUAAUAAAUUCUGAUUAAUAAUAAAUUAUACGAUUCGUACGCGAAAUCGGAUGGGUAAUGAAAAUAUAUCAGCAUGGGAACACGUCGUCUUGUUUAACAAAAGAGCGACAAGUGCGACGUGUGCAAAUUAAAUCUGUGUUAGGUACUAAUAAAAAUUCAUAAGGAUUGAGUUAUGCGGUAGGCGUUUGGCAGUUAGGUAUAAAAUAAAUACCUAUAUCACAUCUAUAGUGUUUUCGCUUGAUGAAACAUGCAACGAACACUCGACGUUCGUUUUAGUUCUGUCAUCUACAACGUAAUAAUUAUUAUUGUCAAGCUUAUCAAACCCUCCAAAUUUUUGAGCACGCAUUUAUAUUGUAAUAAUAAUGUUUUGAAAUAAUAACAAUAACGGAUAGUAUUUAAUCUAAAAAUACUGUUUGAGAAGCCAUCGUUAUUGCAUCAGUUGGCAUUUGGAAAUUAAAAGAAAUGCACCAACUAAAUGCAAAAUACAACAGAAAUGGUCCUCUUGGCAUUUUUUGAUCGGACCCAUAAGAAAAUAUACGAAAAAUUUAGACAACAUUUUCUUUUAAAAAAAAAUUUUAAUUUUAAAACUUGAAGCAAUAUUCUAAUGGAAAAAAAUUUAAAAUAAUGAAAUAUUCACGCUGACGUAAAUUUAUCUGUUUUUAAUUUAGUUUUUUUACUUAAAAUAAGUUUUCCGAAAAAAACAAGUUUCCGAUGUUUUCCAAUUAUUAUGAAAAUGCCCUUAAAAAAUCCGGAAAUUACCUCUUCAAUGCACCAACUACACACAAUAUUCAACAAAAAAAUAUCUUUUCACGUGUGGCAGGACGUGCACGUUAUAAUUUUUUUUAAUGCGCGUUUGAGAUUUCGUAAUGCAAGAAAGUGCGUCGUAGUGUACAUUAAAAUAGCCCCCGCUUAAUACAUUGUUGACAUAGCCGAUAUCUGUAUCGGUUUAUUUGGCGUUUUAUAUGCUUUAACGUAUGUGUACGUGUCGCGUGAGCGGACAAUAUUAACAUCAUUCAAAUAUUUACAAUCACAAUACCCAUUCCGAAGUCCGAAAAGAAAAAAACGACCCGUUAUAUUUUGCAACUUUGAUAGCGUUGGUUGUAUUAUAAUAAUAUAUAAUAUGUAUAAUAUACCAGUAAUAUUAUCGAAGUUUGUUUGCACGUUUGUGUGUGUGUGUGUGUGUGUGUGUGUGUGUGGUGUGGAAACCCGUUCUCGAUCAAAAACUUAAAAUUACAUUUUUAAAAUAUAUACAUAUACUAUAUACACUCUACAGAGCGAUCAAUCUAUCGUAAGACGCUCAUUAUCUCGGAAAAUAUUAACUUUUUCGAAAUAUUUGUAUUAUCUAGAACAUUUCAGAAACAAGAGGCUCUAAAAUUUUACGUUAAUGUUACAUUUUGUCACCCUUAUAUUUUUGGGGUAAAAUCACUAUCUACUUUUGAUUUUCAAAUGGCAAUCUUUAUUGAAAAUGCCAUAAAUAAAUGGAUUAUUAGUUGAAAUUUCAGUCAAUCCGUAGACUAGAUAUUCCACUUUCAAGUUUGAGUCAAGAAGUUUGGGAGAAAGAUUAGUGAUGCAUUACUAAAACGUCGCGCGCCGUGCCACAACACAAAUAAUGCUUCUCCGACCAAAACUUAAAAGUGUUAUUAACUCGUGUCAUAUCUUGUCAACGGAUUGACGGAAAAAUUUUAAUACCAAAAUUCAUGUUAACUUAUACUCCAUUUACUUAUGGAAUUUUGAAUGAAGGUUUUCAUUUGAAAAUCAAAAAUAUAAAGGGGUUUACUCCUCAAUAAUAAGAGUGAAAAAAAUAACAUAAAUGUAAAAUUUUGGAGCUGUUCAUUUCUUAAAUGUUCUAUAAAACGAAUUCCGAAAAAAUUUAAUACUUUCUCCGAGAUAAUAAGUGUCUUACGAUAGAUUGAUCCUUUUGUAUAUACAAUGGAAAAAAUAAUUUAUUUCUCCCCCUCUAACGUGUAUUAUUAUUGUAUUUUUUUUUUUUUUGAAAUCCUAGAAAAGCACAUUUGAAAAUAAAAUAAAAGACUAUUUCAGUUCCUGUAUGCCGGCGAUAGCGUCGGUCUGUAUUGGAAAAUAUAGACGCGCCAAAAGAAAUUUUUUAUUUAUUUUUUUUAUAUAUACCGUGACCCGUGUGCAAAGAAAACCUAACGAAAACGAACGUUUGACAAAAAACACUGCACCGAUGAAAUCAACAAUGUUAAUAUCACUGUACACUUAUUUAUAACAACGAAAAUCAUGUGGUUCGUUGUUUCCGAACAAUAAGAGUUCGUUAACGUUUUCUCUAAAAAUUUCAAACGGCUCUCCCUUUCGUAUAUUAUACGACGAAAAUUCGUUUCGCCAUCAUACAUACAGAGUGAGUGGAAAUAUCCGCUUAUGAUCCGGUGAUUUAUCCGAAAAAUUUUAGGUGAACAUUUGAUUUGUUUUUUUUUUUUUUCAAUCACUAUGGAAUCAUAUAAUAGCUAUACUUGAAUAAUAUUUUACUCAUAUUUCUUUAAGUACCUUAAAUAGUUACACGUUUUAAUUUUCAAAAAGCAAUCCCCCUAUCUUUUAACCAUAGAUUCGAAUAGGGAAUAUUUUUUUGAAAAACGUUACAAUAAUUCAUUACAAUAAUAUUGGAUUUACCGAUAAGAAGUUAAAAGCUUAGACCGGAGGAGUAGGGAGGGUGAUGUAUUAUCAUCUAAAAAUGGACAUGCAAUUUAUUACCCUUAUCUAUUCAUUACUCUUCUGGUCUAAGUUUUAAGCUGUUGUAACUGUUAGUGAUUCAUAUAACAAACAUUUUAGAAAAAUAAUUGUCUUUUGAAUUUGUGUAGAAUAACCUUGAUUUGAAAAUAAACACCGUCACUAGUCUGUUUUCCCUUAAGAGAAAUAUAGCUGCACCUAUUUUAAAUUAUGUAGCUUAGGGUGGAAGGAAAAUAAAAACAUUAUAAUAGAAUACAACACUAUUACUAUGUAACAAUAAUUAUAAUUUAUAACAUUUGCAUGAUAAAUUUAUGACAUUUCAUCAUACAAAUGAAAAAGGUGUGAGUUAUAAAUUAAAAAUCACAAAAGGUAUGAUACUAACGCUAUGGAUACACAAAUUUGCAUUCCCCUGAAUUAAUUCGGGAAGGGGUCUAUAUGGGUGUUUGAGGCUAAAAAAAAUAACGCAUAACAUCUCUAACAACAUUAGUGUAAUUCAUAUUGGAAUCAAAUAAAAAUUAUAUCGCUUCUAUUUACCUAUUAAAAAAUUUCAAUUUCCCGUAUUAUAUACUAUAUAAUAUAUAUAAAAAUAAACAAACAGACACAUAAUAAAGUGCAAUAGCCUCUAUUUUCAGGGAGGGGGGCAGGGGGAAAUUCAAUUCAUCAGUUAAAAUUUUCCAGGAAAAUCGGUGAAUCGUUGAAUCGCUCUGUACAUAGGUAUACCGGCUACGAAAGACGUAUCAAGGCAAAACACGUAAAAAAAUAAAGUUAAACAAAUAACAUUGGUAAAAAAACAAAAAAAACUGACGACGACAAUGAUAUUAUAUUAUAGUAUCCGUUUUAUUUGUGCGCGGGCAUAUGUGUGGUUUUUUUCUUUGAAAAUCGACAUUCCCCGUUAAAAUGGAAUUGUGCAGUCCGCAUACGAUGUUUACACGCACACCAAAAUAUUUCAUAUAACGUGAUUACGGUUGUUGUAUACUUACAAAUUGCAGUCCGUCGUCGUCGUCAAUAAGUUUUUGCGGUGUUUGCGUUAAAUUCGAAGAGCCCACGAAUAUCUCCUGAAUCUUCUUUUCUUUCAUAGGCGAUCAUGAUGCGCUACCGUCGCCACCACCAUAAUAAAUAUAUAAAAUUUUAUACAGAGUGAUCCUCUCUAUCUUCCUUCUUUUUUUUUUUUUAUCGCGAACCUUCUCUAAAUUAUAUUACUAUUCGAGUACGAAGAGAUUUCCAGUAAAUUCGAUUUCCGUAUUUUUUUUCACACGAAUUACUACGAUAGACGACGCAUAGAAUCGUAUUAUUUUUUAUAAUACGUAUAUAUUUUUCAAAACCAUUCCAUACCCUUAUAAUAUAUUAAAUUUUGGGAGAAAAACCAAAAUCAAAUUUACCCACAUUAUAGGUAUACAAAAGACGGUAACCGACUGUAUAUGGCUUGUGCGAGUGUUUCUCCUAGGAUACUGGAAUUCCCCUUCGCCUAUUUUAACCCUCUUGAAGUUUUUCAUUUCGAUUUGUAUACGACGACGAGUUCACACUAGACGAGCUACAGCGUAUAAAUAGCAAAUGUGAAUCUAGACCACAAUUUUGGAAAUAGAGAAACAAGGAAUUUUUUAAAAAGGUUUUUUGCGCCAAAUAAACACACAGUAAAAUCGAUUGGACACGCAAGAUUCGUUUGAAAACUCAACUCGAAUCAACCCCAGAUAUUUAAUAGAUUUUUUUUUCGUUUGAGAUAGAGUCAACUCUAACCCAAGGAGUUCGGUAAUGUAUUCGUUAACUCCAGGUGAACUCUAACAAUCCAAAAUAAAUAUGUGGGUUCUGUUUAACUCUUUUAUAAAGACGCUUGUCAAAUAAUGAUGACAAGUAUUUCUUAAUUCUCAUCACAGCAAUGUCAAAUGUUGAUUUCUAUUUUCUUCACUGCAGUUACUUUUAAUGGCUAUGUUAACCUUAUCUUAAACCAUUAUGUUAACUUAAAUAGUUAAUGAUAAUAUGACUCUACUACUCUACUUUACUUUACUCCGAGAUUUCGAACGCAACUUUGUAAAGUAAAAUUUUGAUAACUGUAUGCCUACUAGAAAAUAAAAUAUAUGGUCUAAUUAUUGAAUUAGUAGACUUCGUAAAAAAAUGUAUUUUUAUUUUUCAUUGGAAAUAUUCUUACUAGAGGAGGAGAUAACUGGAGAAUGUUAAAGAAAACGUUUAGUCUCGUAUGUCUCGUUUUCGGGUCCACACGAUUCGGACCGUUCGAACUGUUCUUCUAAUAAGCGAUUCAGAAAUUAAUUUUUCUUCGUGAUCACCGUGCUAUAGAAUUCUAAUAAUAAGAAACACUAAAUCUAUUACAGUGCGUAUGCGUAUUAUGAGAUCGGACAAAAAAAAUACAAAACACUCGUUAUUUUAGUUUUUUUGGAAAACACUGAUGUUUGCAUGGAAGUAGUCAACAAAAUUAGCCACUUAGUGGUGAAAAAAGCUAAAUACGCCACUGACGGGUUUCGUCCCACCAGGCACAUCUCAAAUAUCCUUGAUAAUAAAAUAUGUUUUAUAACUUUGGUUUAUUUUUUUUUUUCCUAAAUUGAUCGCUCUUUAAAAUAAUCUACGAAACUAUGUACUUAUAAUAUAUAUAGAGUGAUUAUUUUAUCAUGAUAACUCAAUUUAUUUACUACAUACUUACUUACUUUACUAUUUACUUAUUUUAUUUAUUAGCCUUUGCUUCUCCACCGCGGAGCUCCAGAGCUCCGUUCUUAAAUCAAAAAUUUAUUAUCGUUCAAAGUAAAAUAAUUAGGCGUAAAUAUGUUUAAAAUAGCAUUAAAUUAAAAUUUAAUCAACUCCGUAAUGAUUGAAACAAAUAGAUAUCGAAUUUUUCUAAAAUCCUCCGAGAAAAUCGCUUAAUGAUGACAAAAUCGCCUUGUAUAUCAAGUAUUAAUUUAUGUUAAUGAUUUUGAUUUUGUUUUUUUUUUUUCAGAUCCACCAGAGGUGAAGGAAGAGCAGUCUAUUGUGUUCACAACUGAGGGUGCAGAAACCGAAAUUGUAUGCAUAGUCCACGCAGAACCCAAAGCGGACGUAAGUAUUACUUUUCAAAAGUUUUAAACCGCUUUUAUUCGAUUCAAAGUUUGAUACACAUUUUGGCUCUAUAAACUAUAAAUUAUAUUGGUAUAAGUAGUAGGUACACACAUAGUUUAAACGUUCUUUUUUAUCUGUGCUAUAUGUUAGACAUACUUAAAACCAUAUAUGUUUGUAUAAAUAAUAAAAACCGCACCCAUCGUGAUUUUCUAUAAUAUUCGACCACCCUUACCAUUUAAUUUUAAAUUCCGAGUGGAGCAAAAAAGCUUAUGGUUUUACAAAGAUUUUUAUUUUUUUUUUUAUGGACAACUUUUUUUCCAGCUAUUUUGUUCAAAUUUAUAAUUAUGGCAAUUUUUCUGAAAAAAAAUUUCACUGAGGAAGUAAUUUAGGUAAUUCUUCGAUUUUCUCAAAAGUUUUCAAGAUUUAAAAAACCGGGGAAAACAUGGGAAAAACGGGAUAAACGUAGGAAAUCCUGGAAAAUCGGUAAAACAUUAAAUAAAUAUUAUUAAAGAAAAUAUGUAAAGCCUAUUUAAUUAUUUUACUAUAAUAUGACAUAUAUAUAUACAUAUUGUUGUCGUAGCAUCACUAUCAACUGAACUACGCUUAGAAUCGUUUUUCGUUAGCAAUGGUUUAUCGUUGCUUAUAUAUAUACGCAUUAAAUUCUGUAUCCUUCUGUAUCCGACCUUCUCAACUGCCCUCUUAUAACAGUGGUUCCGCCCAUCCCUAUUAUCCUAGGACAGUUUUUUUUUUUUUGUCAUACAAAUUGGGAAAAGUUGUACAGAGUCCGAAAAAAAUUGUUUUGCCGACGUUUGUAGAGGAUGAGAGAGGAAAUAGUGGAAUGCGUAAAACUGAUGAUUGACGGACGGAUAUCAAAAUUAUCACCGCCAUGUUCCGGUAUGAAAGCUCUGUAAAUUGAAAAUUACCUACGCGUAAAUUGCGGUCUUUCGUAAUAAUAAUAACAAUUUAGAUAUAAUAAUAUAUUUAAAGCGGGUAGGAACGUUUCCUAGCUGCACGUUUUAAGCGAUCAAACCGCGCGGACGGACAACUGUACGGCAAACCUAACAGUUAUUAUUAUUAUUAUUAGACCAGCAAACGAAUCGCAGUAGUGAACAACACAAUUAUUAUUAUUACACGUGCACGUACAACGGAACUUCCGGUAAAAUAUGUUUCCUCGUACACCAGCCGUAAUAUAUUAAUAUUACAUGCCUAGGUAGCGUUUCAUAUAACAUUAUAGUAAAUAGCGGUGGAAUUGCGGCUAGUUUUUAUAUUUGCACCCGCCCCGAAUAUAAAAUUCGUAUAAAGUCAAUAAUUUUACCGCCACGUAUAACAGCUAGCGCAUAACGACCAGGCAUUAUUAUUAGUACCUGCACAUUAUAUAUAGGGUCAUUUCAUUUAUUAUCUUGAUCUGGUGCAUUGGCGUACCCAAACAUUUUCAAUGCGAGAGGAAUGAAAAGAUUUAUAAAUAACAAAGCUGGACGGUAACUAGUUAAAAAGUUAUAAGUUAAGUUACUUCUUGUUGAUAACUCUAAACUUGUCUAACAGGUUAAAAAAAAACAAAUAUGAUAUUAGAAAAUAAUGCGGUUAUUUCUUUAAGUAAAUAAUGUGAAUAGAAUUUGGUUAUUUUAUUAAAAUUUCAGUUAAUUCUAAAUAUCUAUUAGUGAAUUUUUACACUUACAAAUCACAUAUUUUUACGUGAAUAUUAUCAUCACAUAACAAUACAAGCAUAAUAUAUAGCCUACGUAGGGAUAUAGGAUACCCAUAAGAAUCUUGAAUAGUAAAACCAAAAAAAGUCUAAAUAUUAGAGUAUAAAAUAAGUUUAAGAAUGUAAAAAAAACGAUAGUUUUAAAAAUGUACCUUUUAACUUUUAACAUAAUAAAGUCCUCAUUUUCCUGUAAAUGUAUAACUUAAUUCAGUUAAGUACUCAAAAUCGUUCAAAUUUUUAAACCCGCGCUCUGUGUGUAACGCUCUAUAUUUAUAUUUUCGGGGACGCCAAAAUUUUGAGCGUAUCGCGUAAAUAGUCUCAACGACAAUGCAAUAAUAUAUUAAGGGGCUGAUCGAAUCAGAAUGCUCGUUAUGUUAUCGUGAGUAAGUGUUGAGUAAAUUUCACAACGAAAUCGAGUUACCUUUAUCAUAAUAUAAUCGUUAUUGACUUCAUCUUAAUUCUCUAUGGUUACGGCCAGUCAUAGACAAUACCACUAUAAAUACACAUAAGUAUUACACAGUAGACAUUUUUCUGAGCAUUUUUCUCUCAAACUUCUCUAGGGAUUGUCGUGGUGUUUGAAACUAGCUAAUUUUUUUUAUUAUUCUUCAGCUCCACUUUGGGUAAUUAAACGUAAUAGUAUCAAAUGCAUUCUAAUUUGAAGGUUUUUAAAAAUAGCUUUUGCCUGAACCUUUUUUCCUAAAUCAUAAAAACAUUUAUUUACUGAUUGUUUAAUAAAUCUACUUGAUCUCGCCGAUACUUCUGAAUGUACUUCAUUACCUCAGAUAUUUGAAUUGAACUUCGAUGUAUUCAUCGUAUGUUGAGUUACCAUUCCUCCUACUAGUCAAACUAACUAUAAUAUAUAGCACAUUUUAUCAUUCUCAAUGAGGUUAAGCCCCACGUGAUCGAUAAACUUUAUAGGUAUUAAUCGUUAUUAUACUAAUAAAAAAAACUCGAAACCGACGAAAACAAUUUUUCUUAAAAAAUGUAAAAAAAAAACAAACAAAAAACGAUAGAUUUUAUCAUAAACCGGUUAAAUUUCUUGGUUUUCUCAAAUAAAAAAAAUUACAAAAAAUAACCUCCGAAUCCAUCACUAUUGCGAGAAAAUCGAUUUACUGUAAUCGAUGUACUAAAAAUGAUAAAAAAAAACAAAGCGCACAUCAUCAACAAAAACUGACUUUACAUUCCUCUGUCCACUCUGAGCAUUUUAUUAAAACGUUUUAUUAAAUAUAAUGUUACGGUAAUUAUAUUAUGUAAGGUGUAUUAUUAUUAUAACAAUAAUGGGACGUGUUAAUCAUAUGUACGAUACGUAUUUAUUCGUAUAUAAUACGUCAGCUAUCGUCUUCGUAUUUAUAUUAUAUAUAUAUAAGCUAUUUAACAUUAAAUCGCACUCGUUUCCCAUACAAAAGACCGUUCAGAACGUCUAGAGUUAAUUCAUGCGAAUUCAUGAGACGAGACUACAAUAUUAUGCGUAUAUGCGUAUCGCUAAUACGACGUCGCCAUUUUGGAGUGUACACAGAGUUUUCAAUAAUAUUAUCAUCAAUGUAGAACUACGAUAACGGCGUAUACAAAAGCGUCGUUCCGCCGCCGCCGCCAUUUCGAUAUAUGUGUCUUCGAAAAUUCCCUAGAUUUCAAUUCUGGUCACUUAACAUAAUUGGAAUUUCUCGUCUAUAUAAUAUCGUGUCCGGGAGCGUCGUUUCUCUAUUCAUAAACGUCUUCUUCACUCGCAAUGAAUGCUGCUGGGCGAGAGGGAAUAUCAGAUAUAUACCUAUAAUAUAAUAUAUGACGACGACCACCGCGACGGUACAGAUGUUAAUUCGACUAGUAUCGCGAAUCCAAUUGGUAUUGAAAUUAUUAUUAUUCAGGGCGGAAAAAACGAAAAUAUGUUAAAUAUGCAAUUACACACGAACAAUUAAUUAUCAAAAUAUAUGCUCCGUAAAAAGCCAAAAAGAAUAAUUGUAAUUUCCAAAUUCUUAACGUUUAUUCUGUAAAUGAUAUUUCAAGUAAUUUCGUUGUUAUUGUAAAUUUUUAAUUGUCGUGGCCUAAAAUCGAGUAAUUUUGAUGAAAUUGUUUUAUCACUUUAAUGGUAUGAUUUUGGAUAUUCCCCCCCCCCCGGGUUUAUAUUUUAGCGAGCGCCCUUGGUCUUGGUCUAUUUUUAAUAUAGUUAGAAUUAGUAUACAAAUACAUCAAUUUAUAAUUAUUACAACGGUAUUAAUUAUUUUUUUCAAAGCUCCCUCUGAAUUUUUUUUGCAUUCAUCCAUGAAUUCCUAGAGAAUAUUUUAUCUAAAACUCACAUAUAGGCACUAAAAUUGUACAUCUUUAUAAAUCUUAAACAAUUAUUUAGGACUUUUGUAUAACAAGCCAUUUUUUAUUAUCAACCAGUGAAAAAAAUUAUGCAAAUGCUUAUGGAUAAUAAAAUAACAGUCCUAUAGUUAUUAUAAAUGUUUCGGUUACGAUAUCUCAACGGAUGCAUAUACUAAUAUAUUCCCGUCAAUGUUAUCAAUUAAGAAACAAUGACAAAUCAUUAUACGUUUACGAAAUCAUAUCAAUGCCUGGUACUUAUUGUCAUUUCCCUAAGAAAAUGUUAACUAAGAUUACACCCAAGUACUAGAAUAUCCAAAGGUGGUACAUAAUAUAAUAAUACGUUAAAAAUAUAGAAUAGUAUAUUAAAUACGGUAUCAAUAAGUAGUAUCACUAUCCGGAAAUUAUGCUCGAAGGUUUUGUUUUAGAUUCUGAGUGAAGUGAAGAAACCUAUAGUUUUACAAAGCUGUUUAUUUUUUUAUAUUUUUUUUAUCUAUUCGUAACUUUUCUACUUCAGCAUCUUUUCUGAAAUGAAAUUGGAGUGGGGUGGUACUUUUUGGAGGUUAUUUUUCGUAUUUCUCAGGAGUUUACUCAACAAAUUUUAAAAACCUAAUAAAAACGGAGGAGAAACGGGAAAACAUAAGAAAUGUAGGUAAAAGUUAAAAUAUAUUAAAGCUUUCUUUUUUCCCGUGAACAACUUUUCUACCAGAUAUUUUGCUCUAAUUUUUAAUGAUAACAUUUUUUUUAAAAAUGAAUCCGGCUAGGGGAGUAAUUUAAAAAAGGUCAUUUUUCGAUUUUUUUAAAAUUUUUUCCAGAAAAUGUGAAAAACCGUGAAAAUCUUGGGAAAACCGAGAAAAACGUAGGAAACCCGGGAAAAUCGGUACAACAUUAAAUAAAUAUUAUUGAAGAAAAUGUAUAAAGUCAGCUAUUCAAUUAUUUUACUACAGUAUGACAUAAAUAUUGUUGAUAAAGCAUCACUAUCAAUUGAACUGCACUCAGAAUCGUUUUAUCGUUAGAAAUAGUUUAUCGUUGCUUACAGGUAUACAUUAAAUUUCCUACAACAAUGGAUGCACCCAUUUCCAUUAUCUUAGGAUGUAUUUUUAUGUAUUUAUAAUUGUAUUGUAUUGUAUGGUUCAGUCCAAUAUUGUGUAUUUUGUAACCGCUCCAUCUAGAAAUGUCACAUUUUGAUCUGAUUACCUUGUUGCUUUUAAAACAGAAGUCAUAUUUUCGAGUGAUUCGACUUUGUGUGAAUUUAUUUCUGUUCUAGAGAAUAUACGUAUAUAUGUACUCUAAACAUUUUGAUAACUUUGCCAAAUAACCUAUACGGCAAAGGUAAGUAAAUAAAUAACAAGUAUAUUAUUAUAAGCAAUAUCAUUUUCUAACCGUGAAGGAAUCGUCAUCGUCGAUCGUAUCCUAAAUUGUCAACAUUUCCGUUUACAUAUUUAUUUUUGUUUUUAGAAAAAUUCUACCCCCGUGGAUUAUAUUAUAUAUCAGGUACAGAAUAUGACGUAUAAAUAAUAUUAUGAGGUCUGCGUUCGUAUAUAGUUCACUCGCCUAUAUUAUUAUAUAGUUGUCACGAACGCGCGUGCGUUCACGAAAAUAAUAUGUCGCCCCUAAUCCCGAAAAUAAAACCGUCCGAUACCGCCUGCACCCCGGGAUUCGACUAGAGAUUUAUACGAUUGUUGGAAGAAAAAUAGAAGAAUAAAAAUAAUAAUAAUAAUAAUAAUAAUAAUAAAAAAAAAAACAGAGAGAAAAAGUGGUACCGAAUUUUGCUAUAUACUGCCACCGCGGCGGCGGUACGCACCCUUUUUAUUAACGGGACAAUGCACAUUGCACAGCGUAUAGAUAUCGAGUCUAAGACAACCGAAAAAAAAAAUGUAUAUAUAUAUUAUACGUAUCCUUCCCGAAAUGGCUUUGGUGUUAUAUACGAAUACGAUGUAUGGUAAUGCACAUUGUUUUGGACGUUUCUCCUAUAUGCGCGGCGCACACAAGAUAAGUUCGUCUCGUUUCCGGCAAUCGUUAUGGAAAAAUAAAAAAAUAAAUAACCUCGACGCGAUUCGCUAAAUUAUGCACACCGGCAACGGUGGCGGCGAAUGCUUACAAUUUUCGCGCAAAUUGUACUUUUCCUGUACUGCUUUCGGAAAUUAUCAAGAAUAGAGCUUAGAUAGCAAUACAGAUAUUAUCAACAACACUAUUCAACCGUAAUAUUGGCUAUUCGAACGAUAAUUAUUGAAAUAAUGAAUUAUCCCCCCCCCCAGGUCCAGCUGACAAUAAAUGAGUAUGAAACACGAAAAUAUAAAUAUUGGUUAUUAAUAUCGGUUAUUGAAUGAUUUAGCAUCACAAUCGGUAAAUUUUAAUUAAUCUGACUACUCGAGAUUACACGAGUUACAUCUAAUAAAAUAAUUACACAGUGCCAUGCUAGCUUUUAUCGGUGCCCUAAGACAAGCAUCAUGCUUAGUGUCUUUACUUGAUAUACAUAUAAAAUUUGGCGUGUCAUACAUUUGUGGUAACUCCAGUGCCCUUGAACAUUUGCUCCCUUUGGUCCCUACCCUUUAGCACUGCUCUGUAACUACAGGUUAUCGAUUUCAGUUUAUUACAGUCGUCCUUCGCGAGUAACAGGGUUAAUUGGUUUUCAUACUCUAACCCGACAUUACAAAGAAGAUAAAACCCACGCAAACAAAUAUUAUAGUUUUAAAUCUAAUUCUAAAUCAUAGUAAACUGCACAGUGUUUUAAACGACUGCGUAUCCAGCUCGUGUGUUAUAAUAUUUGAAUUCAUUCCGAUCAGUCAAACAAUUAUUAUGAGUAUUUACUCGAGAAGUCCUUCGAGGAAAGGCAAGUGUUUAAUAGACUCGGUACGUGAUAUUAGCGUAAAAUACCCAAACACCGAUACCUGAAAAGUUCGACUGGCUGUAUGCAAUAAUCUAGUUUUAAAAUCGAAUUUCAAAAAAACAGGCAUUUGCAAAUCUUGUUAGUUUAUUCGGUCAGAGUUAUAUCAUUUUGACAACAAUAGUAUUUGCAGUAGAUUAGCUGCAUCAAGUAAACUCUAAUAAAAGUAAAUUUAAAAAAAUUUAAAUAUGCACCCAUUAUUUUAUUUUUCUUCAUUUGUUUUGUAAUCGAUUUUAUAAUUUUGGUUUUCAGCAACUUUUCUCUCUUAUAUUCUUACGAAAAAUACAAAAGCCUUCAUUUUAAUUUAUGAGUAAAAAUUACAUCCUUAGCUCAUUACUAUUUGUCACAUAUAUUCCGAUCGUGAUCUUUCUCUAUACAUUUUACCUUUCACUCACACACACAUCCUUCAAGUGAGCAACCAUGUUGUAGUAGGUACACGUCCAUUAAUUUCUUUUGUUUCUUGAUUUAUAACCUUAUAGGACUCUUCACUCUUGUGUUCAUUAUAACACUACUUAACUGGUCAUCAAUUCCGUUAAACUUAUAUUAAGCAUUUUUUUGUUACACCUGACCAUCUCUAAAGCUUCUUCUUUAAUAAUCAUCCGCGUUUUUCUGUCAUACAGCAUUAUACUCCAAACGUAUGUUUAGAGAAGAUUUUUUUCGAUUCGUAGGCUAAUAUUACUUGAAGUAAAAGACACCUAUUUCGACUGAAUGUGGUUUAAGAUAGACAUGUUCGUUUUAUGCACAUUUACACAAUACUAUGAGUUGGGUUUUUUUCUUUACCCGAGUCACCAAAAAGGCGAUUAUUAUAAAAGCUCGUAUCGUAAGCGGCGGUAACGGCCCUCCCCCGUUACUGCCAUUAAUUUACUAUUUAUGGAGUUCGCGAGGAUAUCUGAAGUAUAUAUAUAUAUAUAUGUGUGUGUGUGUGUGUGUGUGUGUGUGUAUGUGAUGUAGGUGUAGUGCAGUUUACGUACCGUUAUUUUCGGGCUCGCGACGAAUAUAAUAAUAAAUUAACCGAGUCAUUAAUUUCACCUCGAGCCCGAGUUUCUCUGAAAGUUUGCCCACUGCCAACACGUUUGUUAAGGAUUCAUGAGAUUGCCAUUUUUCCUGCUGCUGCUGCUGAGGCAGUGGCGGCGGAGGAGAGGGAGAACUAUACAAUAUAGACCGUGGCGCGGUGUAUAAAAAUAAAUUUGCCCUUAAACUUUCGCCCGAUUUUUCAAAAAUUAUACUAACUGCGGCUUUUUUUUCAACUCCAAAAAAACUGACGAACGGCUUGCCGUUUAUAUAUAUUUAUGCAUUUUUACAGCACCGCAAACUCGUGCCACCAUUCCACGCCGUUUAAUGGUCCGUCCGUAACGCGAAUUAAAAUAAAAUUAUUAUAGGUAAUGCAGAAUGCCAAGUGAGAGCUAAUAUUUUCAUACCUGUACUGUGGUAAUCGGGAUUCCACUAUACUUUUUAUAAGUCAUUUCUUUAUUAUUUUCUUAUGCUAUAAACGCCAACCACUCGGCGUAUUUAUGAUUCUAAUCUUAUAAUAAGUACUCAAAUAUUGCGUAUUUAGAUUUUAUGUCAUGCUAUAAAUAUUAGUCUACUAAUUUUUUAAGAUUAAACUGUCUGUGUAAUUUAAUUCUGUCUGAGUCACCUAAUCACGCUGCUCGAAAAUUUUGGUAAUUCGUAAGACUAGCAUUCGAUAUCGCUUUUGGUACCAAUAUAACUAUUCUCCUAAAGUAAACCACACGUCCACUCUUUCGUCGUUACCGACCAUGCUCACGAAAAUUAUUAUAAUAUUAUAUACCGGUGUUUAUUUUUAUUAUACUUAAGUACAUUAGACUUACUCUAAACUUGGUAUCGUUGAUAGACCGUUGGAUUCGCGUCUUCGCGUCGGGCGAUCGAAAUACCGGAUUUUCGAGUAUCAGUAAAAUAAUAUGGCUUGUAUUUACAUCAAAUGUUUCAUUUUUUUUAAAUCUCACCAACACAUCUUUAAUGACUACUAAAAUUCACUACCAAAGGUGACUUCGUCGAUAAUCAAUCCGAUUCACUACCUACCGGAUUCAUUUUAGCGUAAACACUGACAAGUCUUUCUUUUGUACGUAACAACGACUAAUCGACAUUGCUCCCUCGUCUUGCUCUAAUAAUCUUAUAUUAUAAUAAACCUAGUAAAUAAAACGCAAGACGGAUUUUAAUAUUUUAUCGCCCGUCCAGCAGGUGCGCAAUUUACGUAAUUCCGAACGGCAAACACGUAGUUGUCGAGUUGUUGAACACAAUGAAAUUAAUUAAAUUAAUAAAAAAAAACCUCGAGUUUUAAUUAAGGAAAUGUGUUUUUUUUAAAAAAAAAUACAAAUAUAAGAACAGAAAAUGUAUAAAAACGACUGCGGUUUUCUAUCCGAUUAGGUAACGUUUUAAAAAAAUAUAUAUUUUUUCCGUAAGUUGUAAUAUAAUCGUAAAAAAGUGUGUAUUUACAAACAAAAAAAAAACUGUUAUGUGUAUAAAGAAAAAGGUACUGAAAGGAUGUUUGUUUGUUCGGCGAUCUAUCUAAUAUUGCUGCAACAAUGAAAGCUGUAUUAUUAUGAUAAAAAUAUUAAUUUCAUUUUUUUUUUUUUAGAACUCGGUCCCCUUUAAUUUUCGGUUUAAGCUACAUAGAAGUAUGUACUUUGUAUUAUUUGCUUAGUUUAUGUACACGUGUAUAUUAUGUAUCUUCAUUUGCUUGUAUUGCAAACAAUACAAAAUUUACUUGAGCUAUUCUUCGCCGGGAACAAUGAUACACGUGAUAUUUGAUGUUUUACAUUAUUCAGAAAACAAAAAGAAUUAUUAUCGGCGGUUGAAUUUGAUCUGAAAAAAAACAAAACAAAACCGUAAUAUCGUUUAACGUAUUUACCUGACUACACCACCACGCAUAUAUACAGCCAUAAAAGUAUAACUCAUCCUUAAAUUUAAUGGAUAAAACGUUCCGUUUGCUUUUAAGCGUAGGUAUAGUUGCGAUUUGGCCCUGGUUUGCAUAGAAAAUAGAUUCGCCGAACGCACACGUUCGCGCUUUCUGAAAGAGAUAUUCCCGCGUUACGAAAAUGUAUAAAUGUUAUUAUAAUAAUAAUAAAUACACGGCAGCAUGUUGGAACACACUCGCAUCACACAUAUGCAUUUAUGUAUAAAUCUUAUCUCGUACGAAACGCUUCGAGUUUUACCGUAAUAUAAAUUUUAUUACAAACAUAAUGGUUUUUUCUCGCAGAAUCAAUAUAUUUGAAGUAUUAUUAUAGGCUAGGGUUUCUACAUACCUACGUCAAACAGUGACUUAACGGGUCGGUACAAUUUUAAAUGAUGUUUACCCUUAGUCGCCUGUAGGAUUUUUUCCGACACACGGCAAAAUAAACACACGUCGUCGGUUAUCGAUGCCUAAAAUAAAUAGGCAUACACUAUUUUUCACGGUAACGGUCUACGAUGAUAUAAUAAUGAGAUUUACCGGUUAAAAAUGGUAUACUCGCUUAAAAUAAUUUUCAUUUGAAAUAAUAAUAAUCAGACUUUACACGGUCCUUUAAAAAGAAAGAGUUUUAUUUAAACGGACACGAUAUAUUCGUUAAAUAUUUUUAUUUUUCUCUAAAUUCUACAAGAAAGUUAUUAUAAAGUUUUUAAUUAGAGCAAAAUUUUUGAUCAAAUAGUUAAUAACAAAAACACGAAUAAUAAAAAAUUACACGAUUACGUGCUUAAUUCGCUCAAAAUUUAAAACAUAGAUACAUUUUUUUUUUAAAUUACAAUCAACUAAUCCGAAAAACUGCUCAUUUAGAGCAAUAUUAUCAGGUAAUGUUAUCGGAUUAUUGCAUACUCUAGUAACUGUUUUGUAUAUAUAUAUAUAUAUAAAAAAAAAAUACCGGAACCAUUACUCGAAUACCAGUUAUAACUACAUUAAUAACAUAAUAACAUCAAUAACUACACUUUUAUUAUAUUUGUAUGCUUAUUUAUACAAUUGCUUUAAAUUAACAGAUUAACAGAUUUUAUUCUUUAUUCAUUUAAUAAGAGUAAAAAUAGUUACUGCAAUUGCAGUAACUAUUGCAGUUUUUAGAUUCUGAGCAUAAAGUGUGAUCAGUUGGUUUUACUAUUAGAUAUUUUUGUUUUUUUCUAUAUUUAAACAACAUUUCCAACAGGAAUCUUGUUUCAAUUAAAAAAUGCGUUUUUGUUUCAUAAUGGAUCUAAUUAGUGAGUAAGUAGGUAGUUUUUAAUUUUCAAAGCAUUUUUCAUAAUAAUUUUAAAACUCGGAAAAACUUGGAGUGAAUGAGAAAGUUUAGGGAAUUAACGGUUUCAUUUUUUUUUUAUUAUAGCCUUUGAAAUUAUAUAAAACAAAAAUUCACUCAGAAUCAUUUUUCAUUACCAACAGUUUAUCGUUUUUACAGAAAUAAAUAAAAUAAUUGUACAUAAUAUUCUACAUUCCCAACUUCCCACCUACCUUAAUGGCUGAUGUUGCUGAUGGGUGGCACACUCACAAACAGCAUCAAUCUUUUUUAAUUUCGUACUAAACACUAAACAUUUUGUAUUACACAAAGUGUCUCACACUACACAGAAUUUUGUUCCCUAGUUUCGAAUAUUUGCUUUUUUGUUUCUAUAACGUUUCUAUUACGCAAUGUUGGUGUUGGAAAAUUGGACACUAGUGACGAAGCUCUAGUGCUUUUAAAUUGUUUUGACUGUUAAAUAAUGGAAACACAUUGUAAUACCAUUUGAUUGUAUUUACUAUAAAUUCAUAAAGUGUAUAUAAUACCAAUUAUCAUUUGGAAAAAUAUGACUAACUAAUUAAUCACAGUAUUUGUCUGUCCUAACCUAAUAUCUGUAGAAAAAAAAACGAAACGGCGUGGCGUAUAGGCAAUUGUGUUACGUCGAUGUGGAAGAGAACCAUCGUUUCACAUAAACAAUUAUUAUUUUUUUUUUUUUUUUAAUUUAAUAUUAUGUUAUGUUGCUGUAGCAUGUUAUUAAUAAAGCACUUAUGUAAUUAAAAAUGGUACUGCUUGAGACUUUUUAAAAUUUUAUAAGUAGUGGAGCAUUAUUUGUGUUGUGGCACGACGCGUGCGGCGUUUUAGUAAUGCACCACUGCUCUUACUCUUGAACCCGAACUUCUUGACUCAAACUUGAAAGGUGGAUUAUCUCGUCUACGGAUUGACUAAAAUUUAUUUUAAUAAUUACCCAAUUUAUUUAUGGAAUUUUUAUGUAGGUUGCCGUUUGAAAAUCAAAAGUAGGUAGUGGUUUUACCCCAAAAAAUAAGGAUGACAAAAAAAACAAUAAAUACAAAUUAUAAAAAUAAUACAAAUAAAAAUUAUAUAGCUACUAGUCUUUUAAAUGUUCUAGAAAAAAAUUCCGAAAAAUGUUAAUACUUUCCGAGAUAAUGAGUGUAGCCACUCAAAUGGAUCAUCGGUAUUAUUAUAAUCGGUUUUAAAACAAUAAAAUUGAUUGUAUCUAACGCAAACCUAAUAUCCAACAGUAAUCACGAUGACAUGGCUUUAUCUGUACAAUUUAAUAAUAUUAUAAAGUAUAAUAUCACCAGGCGCUAGGUUUACAUUCGAACGAAAAACAUUAACCAAAAUGUUCCAUUCAAUAGUAAAACGACUAAAAUAAGUUAUUUUAUAUUAUAUAACCGGGUUAAGUGAAUCUAUUUAAUUUUAAACCAACGAAACACAAAUAUAGUGUGUCUCUCAGAGUCAUGCCGAAGAUUUAGAGCAUUUACUAUUUUGUACAAGAUAUUUAUGGUUUAUAUUUCGGACGUAUUCAAUGUAGUGUACAGCUCUAUAUACAUUAUACAUAUACUUAAAUAAAACAGAACUUUAAAAACUUCGAAUUUCUCAAUGUCGAAUAGGUUUUUUUUUUGUUCUGCGUCAUUUGGCGGAUCGUACUCUAUAAUCCGAUGAGUGGUUAGUGAAUAUAUAUGUAUACGUUCAAAGUUUGUAGAGGAAAAAAAUGAAUAAAUACCAAGAAAUAUAGAAAUAUGCUUCGAAUAAAAGUUCUAAGAUUCUUUAUCGGAGAUUAAAAAGCUAUUGAUUUUGUGCCUUUUUUAACUUAUCUGUUUGAGUUUGGAAGUUUUGUGUACAUGCGAGUUCUUAUUGAAGAUUCUAGAUAGUAAAACGGAUUUUUUUGAAACUUAAAAAAAAAAGGACAGAAACUCUGCUGUAUACUGUGUACUUUAUUUUCAAUUGCAUUUUUACCCUUGUUUAUUGUUAUUAUUUUUUUAUUAUCAUUAUUAUUAUUAUUAUUAACAAACUACUAAAAUGAGUUUGUGAAGACUUUUUGCAUAUUUCGAAUACACAAUAAAAUAUGAAUAUAAUUGCUUCUGACUUCCCAACGGAUUUUUUUUAGUUUUUAGUCUCGUCCUAUUAUGUAUUUUUAAUUUGAAUUUUUACAUCGAUCACAGUGUUUAUUUUAUUGAAAUUUUAUUUUAUUAAAUAUGAUAUAUCUGUACAAAAUAGGUGUUAUUGGUUUUAUAAUAAAGCAUCGCUCAAUUUUAUUACUGUAGUUAGUAUAUUUUCUUUUUUGCAUAUGUACGAAACCCCCAUGUACCUUUUCUCCCCCCAUAAUAAUUAAAUUUGUUUUGGAAACUCAAACUAGAAAACAAGUAAAUAAAUAUGUGGAAAAAUGCAAAUUGGUAUGGACUGUUUUUGACUUAAUAUCAUCCAAUCAGUUUCUUUUUUCUUUUUUAAAAGCAAAGAAAGUAUUUUUAUUCUAUUAAGUAAAUGACUACCCCUGCUGUUUUCCAGCGAUUUUUUCAAUUGUAUCACACUAGGUUGAUUAAUACGUCCGUGAAUAUGGCCCUGCCACUAUGUCCUAAGAACUUCAAAUUAAUACUGAUAUUUUAAAAUUAGUUUUCUAAAAUUUGCUUGGUCGUUCUUAGAAAUUGCAUACCUUUGGUUUUUCCGAAAAAGGUUGUUUUCUAGUGGUGGGCCGACUUCACGCAGUUUAAUGUAUAAGUUUUUUUUUUCUCCAUAAACGUUUUAAAAUUAAAUUUUGACAAAAAGCGUAAAAUUUACGACGUUUCAAAAUAUGUCUACCUGAACUUCGUUCCAAAACAUUUUUCAUUAACAAUUAUUUAUCGUUUCGCACAAUUAUAAAUUAAAAAUACACAGCUAUGCAAAUUCUAAAAUCAGUAUCAAUACACUCGUGAAUUUGUCCUCGCUAUUAGAAAUAAUAUAAAAUAUUUUAGUUUUUACUGUACAAUAAUUGUAAUAUUGUUCCGAUUACAUAUGACUGUGGGUAAAUAUUAUAAUUUAUUAGUGUAGUGAUGAGUAGUGGAGCAAUAUUCAAAUAUCCCGCGCGGUGCCACCCAUAUUUUUAUGCUUCACUAAUCUACACCACCACUGCAUAGAGUUAGCCCCAUCACUAGAAACUACAUUUUUCAGAAAAACCAAAGGUGUUCUAAAAACUACUCGGCAAAAUUCGGUAAAUAAAAUGCAAAACAUAAGUGCCACUUUGAAAUAUCUAAAACAAAGUGGAUGGUCAUCUUCACGGACAUUUGAUCAAUAGCAAUUUAUUACGGUUCUUAUUUCCAACAACACCAUUAACUUUUUCACAAGUAAAAGAUCAAUGACUAUCAGUUAAACCAAAAAUAGUUUUCACGAAACUUCAGUGUUUUCUGUAAAAAAAAAAAUUAACGAUUCUAAUACAAACAUUAACUGUUUACACGUCUACCAGAAAACUUUAUUUUACGGCUGUUUAAUAGUGUUAAUAUAUAUUUUUGUGUCGUGAUUUAAUAUAUGAAAACAUGAUUACAAACAUAUUUUUAAAUUAUGCAUUUGGUAUUUAUAUUCGUAUUUUUGUACGACAUAUUAAGUUUAAAACACAAAAUUACCUACAUGAAAAUAAAAUCAUAAAAGUAUACCGAACUCUUGAACUCAAUGACAUAUCCAAAGGGGAGAUAUCAACUCCCGUUUUUUAUGUUCAAAUUUUAAACAAAUUAUAUAAGCUAUUUGAUAUUGAAAACUUAUUAUCUUAUAUAAUAAAACGUAAAAAUUAAUAUGGCUUUGACAGUUUUAAUUGAUAAUCUUUUUUUGAUUCCCCCAACCAUUUCGUGAGGUUUUUUACACUACCCUCCCCACUUUUGAAUGUUGGGUUUUUAAUUAUUCUUUUACCAUUUAAUAAAUUUGUUUUCAUUUAUUUGACAUACUUCAGAAUUUAUUUAGACUUCUUACACGUUUUUAUUCCGAACUUUCAAACAUUAUAUUAUUGUUAAACUGUAUAAAAAAAAAAAAAACAAAACAAAACACAAUAUUAGUAUCAGAAUAAAUGUUUUUCCUCGUAAAAUAUGUAUAAAGUUUGAAUUUUCUAGGGAUGCCCCAAAUGGAAAGCUGCCUCAAUCCUGUUUUUCUUUUCUUCCUCGAAUUAAAUUUGAUUAUCGUAAUACCUAAUAACAGAUUUUAAAUUUUUUUGUUUUUUUAAGUCUUUAUAGAUAAUAAAAAUUUUAAAAAGUAAAAAAUCUGAAUAACGUAAAAUGAUAUUUUUUUUUCAAAUUCAAGCAUUAGUUUAAAUUUAAUAUUAUAGCAAACCUUAAUUCUAGAGGGAAGGUUUAAAACUUACAAAUUAGUUAUUAUUGUUACUCCCUCUCUUUUGAAUUCCGGAUUACCCUAAACACUACUUAGUUCGCCUUUUUCUUUAUAUUUUUCAAACUUCGUUUGGACUUACAACCGCUGUCCAUUAUAGGCAAUUAUAACCAAAGCGCGUGGUAAAUCUAUACUAGGUAUUAUUAUUAUUUUCUUUUUAUGGUAAUUUGUUGUCAUGCCUUCAAUGUUAAAUUGACGGCUUUCUGUCAUGAACGUAGUAUACAACUUUCCGCUAUUAUUGAUGUUAAAUAACGGUCCUGAGAGAGAAAUAUUUGCACAGUCGAAAACCAAUAAGGUAAACAAUUUUAAAUAUUAAAAUUAUCUUCCUAUAUUUGAAAAAUGUUUGGUUAUGUUCACGAUUUUACAUAAAGACUAAAUAUUUAACUUAAACAGAAAAUUAGAUAUUUAAUAAUAAACACUGUUAAGUAAUUACAUAAUAUUAUUUAUAUUUGUUGUUUAAACUCUAAAAAUUUAGUCAUUAUUAAAAAACGAAUAGUAAAUAAUAUUUAUAAAAAAUCCUAAAAAUUGUAUUAUGCCUGUACAAUGUGUCCCACCGUGUUCGAUGGAUUUUUCUAGAACUGUUAAUAUUAAAUUUUAUACGAUUUUUUUUUCAGUCGAUUUAUCUUUUAUUGGAUAUUAAUUUUGUGCACAUUUAAUUAAAACGGCUAUAACUAAAACAUUAUUCAUCGGAUAUAAAUUGUUGAUUUACAAAAUAGCUAUUUUGAAAAUUUUCUAAUGUGAAUAAAUAAAGUUAUUAUUUUUUUUUUUUUUUUGUCUUUAGAGGAUAAAAAUAAUAAAAUGUUAUUGUUUAACUGGCAAUAUAGAAUAAAUAGGUAUGUACCACUAGCUAAAACCUUUUUUUCUCUUAAAUGGUAGUUCACUUUAAAAAAGUUCAACUCUGUUCAACAAUCUAUUAAAAUGUGAUUUUUCAAAAAAUAAAUAGAUAAUAAAUUUUCAUUCUCAGAUGACGAAUUUUAGAAAUUUAAUUUACUCUGUUUAGCGUAUUGGUGGAAAUUCAUUGAAUCCCAUUUCAUUUUAACACAAGUAAAAUUUUCAGUAUAUUUUAAAACGGAUUAUUAUCUAUGCCGGUGUUAUGUGAUUAUAUGUAGUUAUAUAUAUGUAACCGUUUCAGACGUUUGACUAUUUUAUAAGUAUAUUAAAGACCAAUUCGCUGUUUUCUGUAUAUUAUUGAAUUAUCGACACUGAACCUUAACACCAAUUUCGUCCAACUCUGCAGUCAUUUCACAUGUUUAUGAUCGAAUUAAAUACCGGAAAACACUAGUAACUAUAUUUCCAUUUUACACCGUGUAUCAGUCUAUAUAAUAUUAUUAUAUUAUAGUACCGACGGCUGCAGGGUUUAAUAUCGGAAAUGAACGAACACUCGCAUUAAACGCAACCCGAGAAACAUCGAAGGGGUACCCCAUAAUGUUAUACAAUAGUAUAUGCAUAUUAUUAUUGUAUGAAACAGAGACGCACGCAAAAGGCUUUUUCUCAGCCAAUUUUAUACACGUACCUAUAUCGUGUAUAAACGGACUGAAUUUGGUGAAUGGAAAUUUCGAAAACCCGCUCGUCCGCGCCCCUCGUUGCUGUUUUCGAAAAAAAAAAAGCAUAUAUUAUAAUAAUAUAUAUUCAGUAUACACUAUAUAUAUAUUUAUUUAUUCGCGUUUUCCGCACUCGCUUUCUAUUAUUUUUUCGCGUUCUCCGAUAUUUCUCCUCUUUUUUUUUUUUUUUUAAGCUUCGUCUACCUUCAAUAUAUUAGCCGCAUAUUCGAGCUUUGUUCAAAAGAAUCGCAUGUAUAUAUUUCAUCUCGUCAGCGGGGUACGAAAUUCGCCUAUAUUAUACAUAUAUCUCAUUAUAUACGUUUAUAUUAUAUGCGCACGGGCGCGUGUCUUUGUGUAUAAUAUGCAUUUGCGGUGGCGCAUCCGAGACCUUUUCCUUCCUUUUACUAUAUAUUAUAUACAUCGCCAAGCCGGCGAGUGUGGCGUGCGGUGUAUGCCUGUGAUUGCACGCGACUCGUCGAUCGUUCCUCCUUUUCGCUCGUCGAACCUAUUUAAAUUUGUAAUUUAUUAUACACACAAGAAUAUAGCUCAUCCGAAUUCCCACGAGACAAAAUUAUCUUCCGCAGUGCUCCGUCUCGACAAUCAGUCCGUGUAAUAUAAAAAUGUUUCAUAUGGGUACCUUCUAUAGCAUAGGUGCCUUCCUACGGCCGCCGACACUACGUCACACGAAAGAUAUUUUAAAUCCUAAACGCGGAGCAAAUGUAAUGGUUUUACUACCCACUUAUAAUAAUAUGAUACGUGCUUCCAAUUUGAGAUUCUGAAUGUAGCGAAGAAAAUUAAAUUUCACAAUUUUCGAAACAAAAUUAAAUUGAGGCUUGGACGAUCUCAAAUAGACGAAUUCAAAUCAGUUAAGAAAAUUCAUAUCGCAUCGUUAGAUUCAUCAGACUAAAAGAUAAAAGAUUGGUAUGUUUUAGUCGAAAAACAGUCCGCUUUGAAACCCCUAAGUAUAAUUAAAGAAUUUUCAGCACCGUGGAAUAUAUUUUAUUUUUAUUGACAAUUUUUUUUCUCGAGGUUAUUAUUACCAUUAAUAAACAAAUAAAUACACAUUUACACAUACAUAUACACAUUUUUUUCAGUAAUUUUCAUUUUAUUUUUGAUUCGAGUAAUUUAGGAAAACUAGUGAUACCCUUGCGAAAAGACAACGCGACUACACGUUGUUGUAACAUGAGUAGGUGUACAUAACGGCAAUCAACGCAGGUCACAGGCAAGUUAUGACCAAAGAAAAGGUUUUCGGCGACGUGGGAAGAUACGCGUAUGGAUGCCAUCCCAUACAAAUCACUACCAGGACAUGGGUGCCAGUAUGGGCUUUGUUUCAUUGUUUUUCGUACUAAUCAUGGCCCUAAUAGCGACCUGGCUAGACACACUCGCCUCGUUAGACGGUAUCGUGCCUUUGGGAACGACAAACGUAUACCCGACAAUAAAAAUCGAUUGAACGUAUAUUAUUUGUGUAACGUGAAUCCGUGUUAUUAACAUCGGAAAAAAAAAUCGCAAACAGCGAUAUUUAUAACGCAAAGAAAAAAAUAAAAUAAAACGCGAACACGAGAUUUGUCGUAAGAAAGAAAAUCGCCAAUAGUUUUUUUAAAUAAUUACAAACGAACAAUACAAAUAGUCAUCCAUUAAUAUCAAAACAUAAAACGGGAAUACCGGCCAUAGUAAAUCAUAAAGGGAAAUAUAUUACAAUAUCUUUGUAGUUCGCUGAGGCGUCCUUCGGCAAAUCGGAAGUUAAACAUCUCUAGCCCCUCAUGCGGUGAUGUAUACUCAACCUAACGCAGCGGCAGCCGUCGCGUCGUCGGACCGAACGGUCGAGUUUCACGGCCGGUUACAAUUGAAAAUUAUGAUUUAAUUGGCCGGGACCUCCCGAUCGAUGUUGACAUUUAACAAAAUUGCCACGAUAACUGUGACCGAGGUGUACUACUCACGCGCGCUGAUGUGGAUUGUAGUAUUCGCACCAACGGUCGGCAGCACGCGAGGGAUACUGGAGAGAACACCAAUGCUCCGCGGUGACCGGUGGCAAACAGAGAGGUUUUAUAAUUUCUCUUGGGUAAAUCGAGUAUAGCUUCUGAUAGUUAUACAAACUCUUGUUGCAGUAUGCAAGUUGAUUUGUUCGCAAUGUCACUAUUUACAAAUACUUGCAUUACAUCUUCAGAAGUUUAUUUUAACAAUUCUAGAAGUUCAAGUAUGUUUGAUUGUUCUGUUUAUUCGUCAGCAAUAGUGUUCCCAAAGGGUAUACAACAUAUACGAAGUAUACUCUCAUUGUUGACAAACCACGUGUAUACUGCGUAUACUCUUAAAUAGAUUUUAAAAAAAAUCGUCAAGAUACGAUUAUAGUGUUAUCGUUAUCCGUGAUAUCCCACUAAAACUACAAUAAUCAUAAAAAUUUCAUUACAACAAACAAGUUCAAAAUUUUCAUAAUUUUUGUAAAAUUGAUAUCUAGCUAUUUCCCUAUAGACAGUUUAAGUUCCGCAUAUAAGUUAAAUGUUUUCUGACAUUUAUACAAAAAUAUACUGUACCUAAAAUUACAAUUUAAAUAAAUAAGAUACAAAAAAACAUUACUUUAUAAUUAAUUCGAUUUUUGGUGACUAUAAUGAAUUAAUAACUUACUGAACUAACUGAAAAUAAAACCUUUUUUUUUAAUAAUCAUAAGAAAUAAAAUAAUUUUAAUAUCAGAUAGUCGGUAGCAAACAAUUAUCUAACUAUCAUAUGUUGCUCGUCAUUAUUUUACAAAUAUUUAAAUAAAAACAUUUCAAAAUAUGCUUAACCGAAAUUCACUCAGAGUUAUUUUUCGUUUGCAAUAAUUUAUCGUUGUAUAUAGAUAUAAAUUAAAUAACUAUAAUUUAUCCUAUUGGUAUACUACAUUUCAGCUAAAUGUAACACUACUAGAUGUUUUCAAAUAAUAUUAUUACUUUACAGUUUACAUAAUAUCAAUAACAAACUAUAACUCGUAUGAUUCAAAUGACAUUAUCAUUUCCUACUAUUUCCUAUCGAUGCUUACGUCUUGGAGUUUAGCUAAUUUUAUAAUAAUUUAAAAAAUAAUUUAUCGGGACUUAGUUUCAUUAGAUUUCAAUUUUUGUGUUCGUUGUUUUAUUAGUAGCUUGUCAGAAUUUCAAUCGGAAAUAAACUCCCAUACUGCGUUCAUAAUACAACAGUACUAACAAUGUUUAAAUGCACCUUAAGAAUCAUCAUAAAAACUUCACUAACUAAUAAAAAAAAAAAAAAUGAAACGGUACGCCCUUACUUAUAAAAUAUACGUACUAUACAACAAUAAACGGUUUACUGUUUCACGGAGUCGAUAAGAAAAAAACCUUAAAAGAUACCAAAGGAUCUCGUGAAAUAAAAUAAAAUAUUGGAAAUCAAAUUUGCCCAAGUACAAUACUUAUUUAUUUUUAUCGCAUAUAUAGUACAUUCUACAGUGAUAUGUAAUAAUACUUGGCUUUUCUCUAAAAAACAACUAACUUCCUAAACUGUAUAUAUGUUUCGAGUGGCUAUAUUGCCUGUAUUAUGAGGCUCGUAUAAUAGAAUUCGUUGAGCGGUUUUAUUAGCAUUGUUAACCGGAAAAAUUCUCGGUCCCCUUGGUUCAUUCUAUUUGUAUUCACUAACGCAGUCGGAAAUUAAUAUGUCAAACUUUCGAGGUUCAUAUUUAAUUACCUAAUAAAAAUAAUUACUUUUUUUUACAGUGGAAAAGAUAGUUAAUUUUCAAGGUUUAGAAUGAAUGCAUUCGUUUUACAUUGAAUGAAUAUUCAUGAGUGUAUUCAGUUUUUAUAUUAUGAACUAUGAAUAUGCAUGCAUUCAUUGUACAUACGAAUGUGAACUUGAAUUGAAUUUUAUAAUGUAUUUUUCGACUAAAUACAUUAAAAAAAUAUUUACAAUAUAAAAAGUGUUAAUCGAAAAACGUAUAUAAUUCCAAUUUACAUUACUUAGUUUAUAGAUAUACUGAUCAUACAAUAUAUUAUAAAAUACUUGUCUAGCUCAAAAUUGUGUUUUAUUAAAUUUAAAUUUAAAUUUUUUUUUUUAUAUAUUUGUGGUCAAUGUGUAUAUUAUAAUGCAUAGAUAUUAAAAAUAAUUAAUUUUAAAUGAGAACGAAUUCGCUUUUGAACUCAUUGAAUAGGGAUUCAAAUGCAUCUAUUUUUUAAAAGAAAUGUUCCAAACCCUGUUCAUUUGUUUGUUUAGAUUUCUAAUAAUAAUUGUUAUAUUUUCAACAAAUUCCUUUAUAUACGAGUAUGGAUAGGUACCCAUACGUUUAGUAUGUAGGUACAUACUAAAAGAUUCCGACAAAUUCCUAUACAUUUAAAUUAUAUGGCAUCAUAGUAUAUUCAUCUGAUCUUCUCGGAAAUUAUUUUUUGUUCCAGCAACUGCAUAUACGCUAACAAAAUCUACUGAAAAGUUAAAGACUUGAGGUUUUCCUGUUACCUUUUUGUUAAUAUUAUACAUUGAGCCUUUAAAAUGUAAUUCAAAUUUAAUCACAUUGUAUAAUAUACUAUACUGAAAACUAUUUUUUUCAAAGUUUAAAACUUUUUUAUCAACAUUUAAUUUUAGAUUCUGAGUGGAGCGAAGAAACUUAUGGCUUUACAAAGAUGUUUAUUUUUUUUUGUUCUGUGAACAACUUUUCUACCAAAUAUCUUGCUCCGAUUAUUAUGUGUAGCAACUUUUUUGAAAAGAAAUUAGUAUGUAAAGAUACUUUGGGAAGAUCAUCCUUUGAUUUUUUCAAGAAUUUUCUCAUAAAAUGCAAAAAACCGAAGAAAAUAAAACGGUAAAAUGUACGAAAUAUAUUAGUACUUUUAUUAGUAUUUAUUAAAUACUAAAAACCAUUUACGAAACACAAUUUAGAAAUUUGGCUCCGAGGUGCAUAUGCAUAUACUCGUUCUGUUUGUAAAUUUUCAGACAACUGUAUAUUGCUUACAAACCAACAAAUAAAUAAACAAACAGACAGACAAACACUCUUUUUUAUUUAUAUAUAUAUAGAUAGUUAUUAUUUUAAUACACACUAUUCCUUCGAAUAUAUAAUAUAUAAUAUAAUAAUUUAUUAGUGUUAUAAUAGAUAUUUAUAAAGAAAUACAAAUAUUAAAAACUAUUGUUUCUUGUUCAAUUAUAUUUGCACGUAGUCUCUACGUACAAAGUUGUGAUUUAUGACUUUUAAAAACUUUUUAGUCACGACAUUUUCGUAGGUCCUCCCGGGAUGUUACAAUAAAGACUUUUAAGUUACCGGAGCUUGAGCUCCAAUUUGCCGCCAAAAUACCUAUUCUUUUAUUUUUUAAAGCUUUCUUGGUGGAGGAUUAUAAGCACGAUUACAGGAUCUAAGCUUCUUUUUUUUAGCCCAGAUUGUCCCAUGCGAUUUUAAAUGCAUUGAAAACUGAAUAAUUUAAGAGCUCAAAAUGUAACGUUGAAAUAUCUUAGUAAUUGUAGAGGGUAAUAAUAAAAAUAUUACCAGACUAAAAUACCUUUUAAAAAAUGAUUUUAUUUUCCAAUCAGAGACACGUUCGUGUUGCUUACCCGGUCAAGUGGCCAAACAGUCGUCGAGGCAACGCGCUGGGGUCUGUAGCCUAUAACGCUCCGAGAAGCCAUUAAUCAACACGUUCCCAUCAUUUGGUUUGGCGUCAAUCAAUUUCAAAACCCUCUAGACAGUGUAAUCUAAGCUGCUGCUCGAUAUUAAUAAUAUUUUACGACAGGAUUCCCUACAGAUUGCAAUAGUUCUGAAAGCGUGGCAGUGUGGGUAAAAUUUAAUGGCGCAAAAACAAAAUAUUAUAACUGAAAAUUUAUAAAACGAAAACUAUAUUUAUGCAAUAAUUAGAUAACCAAUAAUAUCAUAAUAAUAAAAACACUCGUAAGCAGUAGACCUCCACGUUAUAUAUAUAUAGCUAUAUAGUCGAAUUUUCUCCCUCUUAUAGGUAAUAUUACAAUACUUUAAAUUAUACUUUCCCAAAAAAAUAAGGGUAAAUUCUUGAUACUAACACAAUUGUACAAAAUGGUAUACACCUAACUUUGUUUGGCUAUUUACGGAGGUGUUUAAAGCUAAAAACUAUCCCAUCCUAUAACAACAUGUUGAAAUCCAUAUUUGAAAUGCAAUCAACUUUUAUAACAUAAAUACAGCUAUAAAAAAACUCCAAUUCCAGAUUUUCAGCCUAUUUUGUUCAGGAGAAGUCACUGGGAAUGUUCAAAAAUUGUGGUAAAAAGAUAUUUAAUAAAUAAUAUAAUUUUUUUUUAUCAUUAUCCAUUAACAUUAUUACGAUAAUGUGAUCAUUAAUCAAUUUAUUACCCUUCCCUACUCCUCGUCUGGUCGCAACUUUAAACUGCUAUAACUCUUAAAUUGUAAAUCUAUUAUUAGUUUUUUAUAUAUCUAAGUUUUUAGAAAAAAAAGGAUCUUUGGAAAAAUUUCAGGGGAAGUUAAAAAUCAAAAGUUAAUACUAGUUUAAGAUGUAUGAUGAUUUUAAUAGUUUUUUUCAAAUAAAACCUCCAAAUAAACCACUAAAUUAUGAUGAAAAUAAUCACUAAAAAUAAUCAAUAAACAGAAAUUUUUGAAUACUUAAAUAAAACAAAUUUGUAAUUAAUUUAUUCAUGGGAGGCGCAAUUAUGAUUUUUUACUUUUAGGGAUGCGAGAACCAAAAUAUUGUUUGGUUAGUACCGCUGCUCUAUAAUGUAAUAUACAUGCAAUAGUCUCUAUUUUCUGGCGAAAUUCUAGAAUAAAAUUAUUACCAUCUGCCCGCAGCAGUUGUUAUUGGUACAUUGUUUAAUACUCCAUGUGAAUACAUUUAUACUUUCAUAAUUAUACUAUAUCGGCUUGUUUACUUAACCGCAAUAAUAAUUCACCCUAAUGUAAAUAAUUCGUGGUAGCUAUAUACGCUUAUAUCAUAAUAUAUUUUUACGUAAAUAUAAACUAAUCACAACGCAACUACACUGAUUACUAAAAGCUUAAAAACUUCAAAAAACAAAUUAUAUAUCAGUGCAGUUCACUAAUUUCAGAGGAUUUAUUUAUACUGGGAAAAACGAUAAUAAAAAUUGCUAUUAGAUCGGAUAAAUUUACUCGUAUUCUCGAAAAUAAUGAUAAUAAAGAGAAUAAAAUAAUGAUAUUUAAAUGUUUCAAUAAAUAAAUAAAUAAUGGUUUAUUGAUUUCAAUCAUAAAUGUUUGCCCUAUGAAUUUUAAAAAUCACCUUCUCUUAUAUACAAUAAUAAUACAAGCCAAAGCUAAAUUUACAUUGAUUUUACAAACUAAUUUUCCGUGAAAAUGUUUCAAAUUUGUAUUAACUUCGUCGGCUCUAUACCGACGGAGUACUUAUAUAAAGUUCUGUUUCACCAGAAUAUUAAUAAGACACUCUUUAUCUCAGAAGUAUUAACUUUUUCGGAACUUUUUAUUUAGACAAUUUAUGAAACAAGUGGCACAAAAAUAUUAUAUUUUUAUUAAAUUUUGUGGCCUUAUUUUUGAGGAGGAAACGUAAAACAUUUGACCCACCGUUAAUUUCCAAGUAAUAACCUACUCGUAUUUUAAAAAUUCUAUGUAUAUCUGUUUGAUAUUUUAGUUUAAAUACAUCCAAAAAUAUAAUGAUGACAAAAUUUAAUGCUCUCCGAGAUAACGAGUGUCUUAUCGAGGUUUUAUUACUCUGGAUAGAAAUAAGCACACAAAGUACCCGCUACUCAUUCCGAUACUAAAAUAUAACGUACCUAUAUUGUAAUAUAUACAUAUACCGAGUAGUCAAAUAUUCGCUGUGCAGUAUAAUCUUAAUGAAAUUACGUCUGGUAUUAUAUUAUUAUAUACUAAGUCCCCUAUAUCUAUAUAACCGUUAACGCCCAUUGAAGUGGUUUCAUUAUUCGUUUACGAACCCUGUCUUAUAAUACCUACCUACGCUAAUUAGUUGUGAAUACUGGCAAUUUUACGGUCAAAGGAUUAUCGCAAAUAAAUCGAUUUCGUCCCCAUCGAAAUACUAUUAUAAUAGGUGUGCGAAACAUCCUAGUACACCCUAGUAAGUAGUUAAUGACAUUUCCGACCCCUCCCAACAAAAAAAAAAAAAUUGGUAGGCAAUAUUAAAACCUACAUAUUACUAAAAUAUAUUUACCUAUAUAUUCGUCUUACCAAUUUUGUUUCGAUUUUUCAGGUAUUGUGGUACAGAGAUACGUUGCAGUUGGACAUGACCGAGUGGCGAAUCACCGAUAUCAGAGGAAACCGAUACACGUUGCGCAUGAGGAAAGUUCAAUCAACUGAUUUCGGAAAUUACUCUUGUGUGGCCGAUAAUGGACUCGGAAAAAGCAAACGAUCCAUCGAACUGACUGGUAAUUAACUGUACUUAAAAAACAAGUUAUGUACUAAUAAUUUUCUGAAGUCGUAUUAAAUUAUUAACAUCAAAAAAAUUCAUCAUGAAACAUACGUAAAUCAGUGCAGCGAUCAGUUUCUUGUUAUUCUAUAGAUAAUCAGAAAUAAGCAUAUUUGUUUAAAUCAAUUUUAAUUUAUCUAUAAUAUCUGUCGAUAACCAAUUAAUAAAAAAGUAAAAUUAUAAAGGUACUUAUUUUAUAGUGGGAAUCAAACAGCGGCAGUUCAUUUAAAUAUAUAUUAGUUUUUUUGUUCAUAACUUCUAAUAAACACAAAAUCAUUAUUUUUUGCAUAGCGAUCCAUAGCUAAUCCAUAGCUAAUCCAUUUUUAUAUAGAUUAAUCUCUUGCAGUAUUUGUAUCAAUAGUAAUAUACGAAUUGAAAACAAUAUCCCGAUAAAUUAAGUACCGAAACACUUUAUUUGAAAUCUUACUACCAACACUUGAACAGUUGAACAUUGGUCAGUACAGGUUAAUUAGUAUUAAUAAUUAACCGAGUUGGUUUCGACUAUCUAGUUCAAACUAUUUGGAAUUAACUAUUACAAAUGUAUAUAAAUAAAAUAUCAACUGUUUGUAAACAUUUUUUAAUGAAAUUCUAAAUUGGGGGUCCUAAUGUAAUGGACCUAUGACUUAGGUCCGUACCAUAAUCAUAAACAAAGCAUUAAAUUGAAUAAAUACAGCAUUUCAGUGCAGCAUUUUUAAGUGUUUAACAUCAUGCCUAUAAUAUUAAAUGGCUCUUAAAUAGGUACUAAUAGUAAUACGAAAAUCUACCUAUUAUUUUGUAUUUACACAUGAAUGUUUCAUGAAUUAUUCAAAAUGCAAUAGGAUUUAGAAUUCUCCAUAGGUCAAUGAACUAAUUUUUCAUAAGUUUGGGUACUAGAUAAUUAAUAGAUUUUCUCGCAAAUCAAAUAUCAUUCAAAGUAAAAUGAAGUAUAAUAUUAUAAUAGAGUUUGUGUAUGAUAACAUUAGUGGUGAGUCGUCAGAUGAGCCGAGUAAGGCACUGCCUCAUCUGCAAUAUCCUUAGCUAUAACACAAACAUAUUAACAAUUACAUAGUUAUUGUUAUCAGUAAAUACCAUUUUUUUAAAUCUUAAAAUUAAUUUCGUUUAAAAUGUAAUAGUGAUGGAUUUCGGAAAAAUAAUUUGGUACCUAAACUAAGUAUUUUAAAUUUAAAACAAUGACUAUAAACUGACGACUACAAAUAAUGCCUAUCCGGUGACAAUACAUUAUCACGUUUUCUAUUUCGGACCGUUUUCAUAUUCGCCUCUGCCUCUCCGUGUGUAUUAAAACACCCCUAUUCGCCCUGUACAGUUUUCAAAAUGUUUGCCUCGCCACUUACAUGGCUCACGAUCCAUCACUGCACGAUAUUAUACUACACGAUAUAAUAUAACACAUAAAUAUGAAAGUAGAUAUAGAUAACCCGUCGUAUAAGCAAGGCAAACAUGCAUUGUAAAAUAAUAUGGCUUAUAACAGUUUAUAAUUAAUUUAAAUCGGUACGGCGUAAAACCGAUAUAAUUAACGCGCGGGGCGACGACGGCGACGUGACGUUAGGAAAAUGGCUUUUGACAGCAGACCGUGCGCGCCAUUGUAUAUUAUAAUAAUAGUAUACGUUUUAAUUAGUCAACCGGGUUAGGAGAAUAAUAAGUGGAUUAUUUUGUCAACGUUCCUAAUGAUGAGAAAUCGCCCUUUUCCUACUGCAUAUACACCGUAUUACAUUAUAUCACAUUAAAAGUCCGCCGGACUACAACUGCAAUAACAAUGCAAUAAUGGAUCAGGUGUGUAAAAACAGUUUUGGUCUAUAAUCUAUAUUGUAUAGAUCUUUAAAUAGCCAGCAUUUAAUAUCCGAUUAUAAUUAUUAUCACUGUAUUCUGUUUAUGGACCAUCAACGUGAAAACUAUACGUUCAAUAUAAUAUGACAAUGUCUAAUUAUACGCCUGAAGUAUAAUCUUAAAAACAGCCGUGAGAAGCAAAACUCCGUCCCCAGAGUCGAAUAUUCCCCUCUCCCCUUAUUUUGUAUUAUGGAACUGUGCGAAACAAUAAAUUACCGAAUACUAUAUAAUAAUUUAAUAUACUAUGUAAUACAAUAUUACACUAUUUCAAAUAAAAAAAAAAAAUUAAAAAGUUUUACGUGGGAGUUGAAGUUAAGCCGCUACCCCGAUAGAUACGUUGUUGAUACUAACACCAUUCCUAUAGCUUAAUUUGGAAAAGUCUUUAGGGAUGUAUAAAGUUCAAAAAACACCCGUGACAAUAUGCUGAAGUUUAUAUUGAAAUUUAACCGAACUUGUAUCACUUCAAUCUGUCCAUAAUACAAUCUCUGGUUCCUAAGUUUGAGCUCAUUUGAUUCAGAUGAAACCGAUAAAAGUGCUCAAAAGAUAUAUAAUAUAAUAAGAUAAGAAGAAUAUAACAGAGAACUGAAACCAUCUAAUGUAAUAGUUUUCAUUCUUGAAGAAAAUUCCACAAAAAGCCAAACAAAAUAUUCAAAUUCAAAAAUUGUGAUUACAAAUUUAUUAAGGUUCAGAAUAUUAUCUUAUGAUGGGUGCCUGUGAAAUAUUCACCUUAUGUACAGGUCUGUCAUAGAAAUAAUAAUAAUAUAUUAAUAUGUUCAUAUCGUGCAAAUACGUAUAUUUUUUCAGUAUCGCUAAACGAAAUAACUAUAAUGCCUACAAAACAAGAGCGACAUAAUAAUAUUUUAUCGAAUGGUUUUAGAUUCUGAGUGGAGUGAAGAAGCUUAUGGUUUUACAAAAAUGUUUAUUUUAUAAUUUUUUUUUUUAACUGUUAACAACUUUUCUACCAGAAGACUUGUUCAGAUUUCUGUAGCGUCUUUUCUAAAAGGAAAUCGGUGUAGGAAUUUACUUUAGGGAGGUCAUUUUUAGAUUUUCUCAUUUUAUCUCGUCAAAUUUGAAAAUUCGAAAAAAAAAAACAGGAAAAUAUAAGAAAUUUAAGUAUUAAUUAAAAUAUAUUAUGGUCUUCUUUUUUUCUGUGCACACAUUUUUUACAAGAAUGUUUACUCCAACUUUUAAUAACAGCAAUGUUUCUAAAAUUAAUUUUCAUUAGGAAGGUACUUUAGAAAGAUAAUUUUUUGAUUUUCCCAAAAGUUUUCCUAGCAAAUGUUAAAAACCGGGAUAAAACAUAAGAAAACAGGAAAAAAAUUAAACAAACAUUAAACAAAUAUUAUUAAAAAAAAUAUAUAAAGCCUAUUUAAAUAUUUUACUAUAAAACGUCACAUAAAUUGUUGACAAAACAUCACUAUCAACUGAACUUCGCUCAGAAUCGUUUUUUUGUAAGCAAUGGUUUAUCGUUGUUUACAGGUAUACAUUAAAUUAUCUCUAGCAGUGACUGCACCCGCCCCCAUUAUCCUAGGAUGUCUUUUUUUUUUUUUACAAGUUCUAAACAUAAUAUAACAUUGUGCCUACUCCAUAAUUGUACUUUUUCAAGAUAAUUUAUGCGCAAUCAAAUACACGUUUUAUAUAAAUCUUGAAUGUUGAGUAAAAUUACUACGUAAUAAUUUAAAUAACGUACAAACUUAUUUCCACUAAAAUCAAAAACAUUUUCAAAUUAUUCGUCGCAAGUGUAUUUCGUUUUGUUUACGGAAGAAUUAUGCAAAUUUCAAUUUUGGUUAAUUAACUAACAGUUGAUUAAAUUUACAUAAUUGUUCCUAAAACUAAAGUUUACAAAUUGAAAACUUUAAAAAAGCUAUUGUUCUCUUUCGUUAUUAUUCGGUCGUAUUGAAAAUGUAAUUAUAAUAAAAUGUUUGAUAAAAAAAAAAAAUGUAACAAACAACAUCACAAAUGUACUUGUGCUUACAUAGUUGUUAUUUAACAAUAAAUUCAAAAUUAUAUUUUAAUUACCCAUAUUUAAUUCGCAAUCCAAAAAAAUAUUGAGCCUCUCUAUUUCUUUGCAAAAAAAAAUAAUAAAAAGUCCUUAUUAUCAUAUUUUUGCUAUCACGAAAAUAUGCUUUUUAUCUUGUUACUGAAGCGUUUUCUGUGCUAUGAUAUGAAAAACUAUAAAAUAUAAACAAAAUGGUAUUUUCAACAGAUUCGUCUGUUCAAUCUGAUCAAUAACUGUUAUUUUUACAGAACCCUUAGAUUAUCAAACCAACAGUGCUCACUUUUUACUGAACCGUUUUCAUGUGAACUGAAGUUAGUUAAUAAGUUGUUUCGAGAAAAAAACCUCGUAAUUGUGGAUUGCAUAUUGACGGGCCGAAUAAAUUCGAGUUUCCGUCGAGUGUUUGCUGAAAGUAAAACGUUCCCUCUCGCAAAUUAAUAAUCGAAAAACUUCAGUAUAUAUGUAGGUAGUCACAAAAAUAAUAAUAAUUGGAAACGGUUCAAACAAAAUUUUAAUCCUUUGUAUGCGACGUGGUGUACCUGUACUACGAACGUCAAGUUUACCCGAGGAUAACAUCGCGCUCGCAUUAUUCCGCUGUCACGCGAUUAAUUUUUAAUAUUUCAAUUACAGACGUAUUGCAUAACAAAUCGUAUUGCACCGCCCAAAAACCCGAGCGAGUAGUACUAAAUGUACUUCCUAAUAAAAAAAAUUACGGUUUAAGUACACUACAGGGUGUUUCACGAAGAUAUACCCAUCUCAAUAUCUCUUGAGAUAAUAAAGAUAAUUAAUGUUUGUUUUAAAUUCUGAGUGGAGCGAAGAAACUUAUGGUUUAACAAAGAUGUUUAUUUUUUUUUUUUUUUUUUUUUUUGGAACAACUUUUUUUCCAAUUUAUAAUGAUAGCAAUUUUCUGAAAGAAAAUUUCACUGUGGAGGUAAUUUAGAUAAUUUAGGUUAUUUUUCGAUUUUCUCUAGAGUUUUCUCAUCAAAUUUUAAAAACCAGGAAAAACAUGGGAAAAACGGGAUAAACGUAGAGUAACCUGGAAAAUCGAUAAAACAUUAAAUAAAUAUUAUUAAAGAAAAUAUGUAAAGCCUAUUUAAUUAUUUAUUUGAUUUUUAUUUUAUUCAACCAGUAAAUGUAGUAGAUGCAACUAAUUAAACAUCUAUGCUCAAAGGAAUUAUUCUCGUGUAAGAUGAUAAAGUUAUACUAAGCUAUAGCUAUAAAGCUAUUAAACAAUGAUUGUAUUAUAAAGAUGAAAAUAUUAUACAAGUACUAUGUUCCAUUUUUACCUCCCCACUCUACAAAAUUGCCAAAACCAUAAUAUUACACGGCCAUCUGUAUUUUAUGUCUUAUUUUUAUUUUUGUAUGCUCUUUAUAGAGUAUAUACUGAUAAAUAUUAUAAAAUAAACUAAAAUAAAUUAUUACGAUUUCAACAUUAUGAAUUCCAGUCGUUACAUAGUUGAUAAUUUUAAAAUGUGGUUCAAAUAAGCUUCUCUUCGCAUGCCAUUCAGGUUAUUAUUUACUAAUUAGUGUAUCACCACAAAUGCUUAUUAUACCCGAAAUUCUGUAUGCUGUAUUAACCAAAUAAAUGAUAAAGUAUAAAUUAUAGUACAUAAACUGUAUUUGUAUUUCAUUAUAUUGUGUUAUACGUUAUAACGAAUGAAAGCGAAUCCGUUUUCCCUAAGGUUUUAUUCUUUGACAAUCUUUGCUCAUCGUCGUCGACCUUUUACCAUAGUUAUUAUUUUUUCAUACAACAGUAUUUUUGAUAUUUUUCCUUAAAAUUUAAGUUUUGACAUCAUCAUUAUCCAGUUCAUUAAUUUAACGAAUUCAUAUUUCGCAUAUUAUACUAAGAGAUUUUUAGUCCGGUUGGUUUUAUUCUAAAGCAAACUUAUAAUAUACAAUGAGGGAUUAUACUCAGCAGAUUAUACUGACGAUUUAUAGGUUUAUUUAAAAAACAUACGAACUUAAUAAUUAGUUUAAUGCACAACAAAAAAACCUUAAAAAAAUCACUAAUAACCCCGAAAAUCAGCUCGAAACGCAUAUUUAAUUCCAAAAAAUGCGCUAUAAAUGCAUUUAAAAUUCUCACGUGCAAUAUCUCGAGAAAAUAAUAAUCUACAAUCAUGUGCCUCGUUGAAUAGAUAAAUAUUUUUUAAAAAAGAAAAUAAUCAACGCGCUAUAAUCAUAGUUGAUAGGUACUGGUGUAUUGUACCUAUUUAUAGUUCUAUGGUUUCAAACCCUCGAGCAAUGGACGGGAAUACGUAUAAACUACAGCACCCACCAGUCGAUUUCAUGUAAAGCGAUUUUUAUGAUUCCUCUUUAAUCCGUCCCCGUUAAACCAUAUAAAACACAACAACGUGUUUAACCACACACAAUUCAUGAAACCGUAUAUAAUACAAAUAAAAUACUAAAAACCUAUUUAUAGAGUACUGAUAAGUUACUAUAGGCACCUACACGGUACUAUCAAAGCGAAUAUAAUAUAGUUUAUUACUUCGAAAUUACCAGUAUUAUAUCCGACGCAUACAUUCUAUAUUAUAUUACGAUCCUGUUUAAAUCUUUGUAAUAAUUUUAACGAUUUGUCCGAUAUAUGUUUUCAGGAAGACCAGAUGUCGCUGUCAUAAGCGGCCCACCACAGAGCCGUACGAAAAAUGAAUACGAAAUGGUAUGGACAGUGAAGAGCCACAGCCCGAUUGUGGAAUACAAACUACUCUACCGACCGAUCAAGACAAACAAGAGCAGCCAAGAAAUCCAGUACAAACGUCCAAUGAGAUUAGGGGUAAAUAACGAUAUUAAUCAAGUGUAGUUUAACGAAUAUUAAAUCGGUGUCUCGUCGACCAUCGUAUUAAUAGUUGCACCGAGUGCACGCCGUGUAAAUAAAUAUUUAUUUUUGAGUAUAAGUCAACCGGUAUAUCGUAAGUCGUGACUUACGCAAUACUUAUGUUCACUUCCGUCUACAAUAUAGAACUACACUGCAUUCAGUGUCUGUAUACAUAUCGGGAGGGGGGGGGGGGUCUGAGCGAUUCUGAGCAGAGUAUUAUCAGUCGUAUUUUUCGCUUGUUGCCAAGGUAACCCGCUGUAAAAAUUUUAACCUCAAUAAAUCUACUAGAUCAGAAAUGAUAUAAAAAAAAAUAAAAGAGUUCUUAUAUAGUUUUUUUUUUUUUUUUGAUAGAAAAGUUGUUUACAAACACAAAACAAUUUUUUUUUGAACGCACGUAGUAAAACCAAUACCUCGCUUAACUCAGAAACUAAAACACAGUUUACAGUUUACAUAAACCGAUUGUACGCAAUCAAACGCUUUUUACCUUUUUGAGUACAUACGAUUGCACGCAAUUCCGGAACAAUAAAUAAAACGCGUUUUCGGCCCUUCAAACGCAUACGAUUAAUUAAGUAAGUUUACCAUUGUUCAUAAUUCUGAACUAAUACAAAAAUAAAUAGAUUGAGAGAGAAGACGCACAAUACUAAGACUGAAACGUGAUUUGAACGUAACUACACAUUUUAUCAGAGCUAUAACAUAAAUAUUGUAGAUCUAUAAUUCUAGAAACUAAACCUUUUUUCUACGAUAUAUAUUUAGUAGAGAACUUACUUUUCGAUGAUGUACUGUUUUUAAUUUCUUAAUAAAAUAAAAAACAAAAAUUAUCAAAUCUUAAACUUCUGUAAUUUUAUGUGUUUAUUGAAUGCUUAUAAUUAUAAAAUAAACUUUAGCCAGGUUUAAAAACGUUUCGUCGAUAAUAAUAUAAUUCUUCUAAAUUAAAAAUCAUAUUUAUCAUUUGUUUUGAUUGAUAUCAGGACAAAAUCCCACCAAAAAACAACUAAAUUCAACCCAACAAAUCAAAUAGGAUGAAAAAAACUACAAAGUAUGUAAUUUCAUAACAACUUUCCUUUCAAAUUUUACCUUAGAAGUGGCCGAUAGUGGAUACGUUUGAAACUCAUAAAAUGAGCAUAUUGAAAAAGUUGUUUUGGGUUUUUUUUAAAAUGUAUAAUACAUAUUGUUUUAUUUAACUUUUUUUAUAAUUAUAUAGGUACAGUUUUUAAAAAUUGCAUGAAACAUACAAUUUUGAAGUAUUUCAAAUUAGUCAAAAAUGUCAACUAGUAUUUUUUUUUUCUUAUAUUAUCUAGAUAUUUAAGAAAAAUUAAAAAUAUUUCUUUUACUAUAAUUUUAGAUUCUAAGUGAAGCGAAGAAGCGUAUGGUUUUACAAUGAUGUUUAUUUUUAUUUUUUUCUGUAGACAACUUUUCUACUAACAAUUGUACUCCGAUUUUCGAUGAAAGCACUUUUUUGAAAGGAAAUCGGAUGGGGAAGUACUUUAAAGGGGUAAUUUUUUGAUUUUCUCAAAAAUUUCUGAAUAAAUAAGAAAAACUUGGUAAAAAACAUAAAGAAAACAGGAAAAUACGUACAAUAUUAAACACAUGUUAUUAAAGAAAAUGUUAAAUUCAUAUUAUGUAAUUAUUUUAUCAUAAUAUGACAUAUAAAUUGUUGAAAGCAACACUAUCAACCUAACUCCGCUCAGAAUCGUUUAUUUGUUAGCAACAGUUUAUCGUUGCUUACAGAUAUGUAGUUGUACAGAUAUGUAAUUACCUAUAACUUUGUCUGCGCCGUCCUAAGACAGCAUUUUUUUUUUUUUUAAAUUCAUCAAAAAGAAAAUAAAUAAUAUAACAUUACAUAGGUAUAUGAGUUUAAUAUGCCAAUACUCAGAUCAUGGUUUUCUUGCUCAAAAACGGUUGCAAAAUCAAUAUUUUAAAAAAAAAAAUCACUUAUAUUUGUGUUAUGAAGAAAUUAAUAAUACAAUUCUUACGAUAUUGACUUAUUACAUACAAGUUAAAUCACUCUAAAUUGACGAAUAGCUUUUAUUUGUAAGGUAGUUUAUUUGGUAGUAUUCUACCAAUUAAUUAAAUGAUAAAUAAUAAUCGAGUAUUUCACAUUAUGGUGAAAUAUUUCAGACUUCAAAUACUAUAUUAUUUAUACUUGUGCAUACAUUAGGUAAUUUUUUUUUUUUUACAUUCUAAGCGUAAUGAAGGAUCUAUUGGUUUUACUAUGGUGUUUUUUUAAUUUCUUCAAUAAACAACUUUUCCAACAAAAAUUUCAAAAAUUACAAGACACUUAUAAAUUGCAUUUUGGAUCUAGUUAGUGAGUGAAUAAAUCAUAUUUUUCACUUUCUGGAAAAAGGGUAUUUGAGAAAAAGAUUAUGAACUAAAUUUGUACACAUUGAUAAUAAUACAAUUUUAAAUAAUUUAUGAGAAUAAUUAGAAAUUAUGGUACCUACUUAAUAUAAAGUAAAAUUACUGAAAAUCGAACCAAUUAUAAUUUAUGCUAUCUUCAACUUUGUUGCACCCUUGGCAACCCGCCUAUUUCGCCAACCUCUAUAAUUACAGUACUUCACAGAAUUCGUGAAUUAUAUAUUAUUACGUUCUACUGCACAGUGAUACUUAGCGCGCUAUCUGUCGAUCUAUUCAGCCGACAGUUCUUAUACGCAAAGAACGGCUGGCGUGUUAAUUUUCGCUACCCAAACGGUGUAAUUUCAUUGUGGGAUUCUUUGGCAAUAGUCGACGCCAAACAAGCAACCCGGCUUUCAAAGUUAAUUUAAAUAAUUUUUUUGUCUGCAUUGGGUUAUGUCAAUGAUGUAUCUUUUGGGGGUUUCAAAUUAUUAUGUAACGUUUUCGAUAUUGUUCAUAACAUAAUCGCCUGCCUUUUCACAAGACGGCAAAUGAACAUUUAAAUAGUUCAGAGGCCGGUUAGAUCUUUCUUCUUGUCAGUUAGUAAAAAUGCAACAUUUUUUCAUGUAGUUCUUUAUAAGAAAAAAAUUCCCGAAAUUUUCUUGUAGUUUCCUUUAUAAUUAGAAUAAACCGAAAAAAAAAUUAGUUUUGCAAAGAAAUGUUUACGGAAAUUAUUAUUUUAUUAUUCUCGAAUUUUUAAUUUUGAAAAUAUAAAUAGUUAAAAAUAAUUGUAAAGAUCUGACGUGUUCACAAAAUAUUUAUGUAUAUAACUUAUCAGGUUACCUGUUACUUAUCAGGUUACCUGUUACAUAUUAAGUUACGUUUUACUUAUUAAAUUACGUAUCAUGUGUCACUUGUUGCGUGUUACUUAUCAAGUUCGUGUCACAUGUUAAGUUAGGGUUUCCAAAACAUUUUUACAGCAGGCUAAUUAUAAAUUGUUAUAAACAGUUAUAAAUUGAAGCGAUGAAGCUUUUAGUUUUACAAAGAUGGAUAACUUUUCUACCACCAAUUUUUCUCCCAGUUUUAAUGAUAGCAAUGUUUCUAAAAGGAAAUUUUACUUAGAGAGGUCAUUUUUUGAUUUCCACAUUAAUUUUUCCAGCAAAUGUGAAAAACCGAGAAAAAACAUGGGAAAUUCAUGAAAAAUGCAGAAAAUCUGGGAAAAUCGGUGCAACAUUAAACAAAUUUAUUAAAAAUAGAUCAUAUUUAAUUAUUUUGCUUUAAUAUGGCAUAUAUAUUGUUGACAACUGAACUCCACUCAAAAUCUUUUUUUCGUAACCAAUGGCUUAUCGUUGCUUAAUGAUAUAUGGUAAAUUAAAUUCCCGUCUUUAUCCUACCUUCCCAACUUCCAACCUACACCAGUGCCUGCACAUGUCCCCAUUAUCUUACCUUCUUUUCGUUCUGUGGUUUUUAUGUAUAUAAACUUGCAAUUAAAUAAGUACACAAAAGAUCAAUGUCAUGAGGUGAAAAUAAGAGUAAUAAAAUAUAUAUUACAAAAAAAAAACGUUACUCAAAUAAUAUUGCACAUGUGCGAGAUGUAACGAAAAAACUAACACAUAGAUAGAUGUAGAUUAUAGUGAAAUUGUAAAGUGAAGGCCGUAAAGAUUAUUUCGUUGCCGAUUAUUUUUAUUAGUCUAAGUUAUUUUUACAUUUGAACUUCCUCGCUCUCGAGAGCUCGCUUUCAUCGGUAGUGGAAGUUGCACUAAAUGUGUCUACGCCAUUUUACAUUUUGAUUGUUUAGUAGUUUCCCUCGAAAUAUUUGUUGAAAGAUUGUUUUGUUAAGUAGAACGAAGUCUAUUUUGUUGGUCGACAAUCCUUUCCUGAAGAUCAAUAAUUUCAUUACGUAGGGCCGAAUUAUUAUUGCUUAGCAUGAUGACAGCAUGUUAUUCUAAUAUGGUAGCUUAGUAUAGGAGAAGCUAACGGUUUUAAACUACUGUGGAGUUCUUCAAAUUGAGAUGAUUAAAUACCUAUAAUAGCGCUUAUCAGUUCAGUAUUUGAAGGAUUAGUAUCAUAGGCAGCCUUUUGACUACAAGUAGGAACGUUAAUGGAGGGGAGAUUUCAUUAUUACCAAUAUACAUCAUAAAUAGGGUAUUUGAAACGUUGUUCUGGUAAUUAAAUAAGGAACGACAUAUCGGUUAGGUCAGGCUAUGUAGCUCAUGUAGAAGAGUAACUCAGGGUAGCCUCAGCAUAACCUAAUUAUUUUAUAUAAGUUACAAAAUUGAAACAUACUGCAUAAUACUAUAAAAAUAUAUACACAAUUAGAGUAUUCCGUAUAAAGUUCAUUACUGGCGAGUAAAAUGUAUAUCUGCCGACUCGCAGGCUCGUUUAAUAUUUUCAACUUUCCAAAACUUUUAUGCGCUGCAAAAAAAUUAAAAUACAUUUGAAUCUUUAAUAAAUUAACCCGUACCUAAAAACGCUCGUGCAAAAUAUAAUAUUACUUUUUUUUUAAUCCUGAAUUAUUAUUAACAGCGGCGUAACAUUUCGAUCAAACGAAAUUUUUUUUAAGAAAAAAAUAUUUUAUGAACUAUAGCUUGUUUACAUAAUAACAUGGCGCCUGCAGUGACGUUGAAACCUACAUAAUUACGUUUAUAUUUUUACGUUAACUAAUAAUGAAAGAAAAGAUAGUUAAUAUUAGAAAAGUUAUUUUUAUUUUAUAUUGGAACGUAGUUAUAGGUAUAAUGGAUUUGAAUGAUAUUAAAAAGAAGUGCAGAAAGGUGGAUCUCCGAUAGUAGGGCGAUGUGUCUAGAUCAACUGUUUCCAACCUCGAGUCACGGUGGGUCAUGGAACUAUGUUUCACAUGUCAUUUCAUUAUUUUUCGUCAAAGUUACAUUAAAUGACUUAAAAAUUCCUACUUCCAGAAUACUAAAGAAAAUUAUUACAUUUUGAACCACAAAACGUAGAACUCGGUAAAUUCAAUUGGGUAGUGAAUCCAUUUGAACUUUGAAGUUUCUACCUACGAAGUUAAUAAAGAUAGUUUUCACGAAGAACUUUUCGAUCUUUACGCUAAUUAAGUUUUAAAAAAAAUAAAAUAUUUCUCAAAAUAUCUAAUUCAAUUUUGGGCAAAACUCAGAGACAAACCUAUUUUGCCAAAAGAAUCUGAAAAUGCUUUCCAGCCAUUCCCAACAAAAUGCCUAUAUAAAGCUGGGUUUUAUGCUUUAGCCGUCGUGAAAUCAGAAUACAAAAAUCGCUUUAAUUCUCAAUACGAUAGCAUGUGGUGUACACUUUCACAUAAUAAUCAUCUUAAUAUUAAAGAAUUUGUAUCGAAUUGUCAGUUUACAGAUAAACAAAUGUGUAAUGUUUGCAAACGAAUAUCACGGCACGAAAAGUGAUGUAAUAAACGACAUACCCAAUAUAAUUGUUUAUCCCUAGGAAUAUAUGAAAGGGGGGAGUGGGAGUAGGGUGAUCAUUUUGAGUAAUUUAUUGAUAUUUUGCUUAGGUUUUGAAAUUUGCUCAAGACGUCAAUGCUAACGAAACCUAACUGUACACGUGUGUACAGUACAUUAUUACACAAACUGUAUAUUUUAUAUAAUAUCGUUUGUAGUCUGUUAAAAGACGAAUGACCGAGCAUGUGGCGAUGCGGGUGCGGACCUAUUGAAACGUAAUGUUUUCAGGCGCCACCAGUCUCGUAAAAAUCUACCGAAACGAUAAAGACGGCCUUCCGCUCUCGCUUAGUCCGUCGAUUUAUGGAUUAUUUUACUUCUUUGCCCGCUAAAUUAUCAGUCAAUUCUUCCAGCGCAUUAUAUCAUGUCCGAUAUAUUGAAAUGCUUCAAAGUCCAAUGCUUUUUCAAUUUUCCAGUAUAGAACAAAUUUGUUUUAACAAAAUAAAAUAUUGAAUACUUGAUUACGUACCAAAUAACGUAGAAUACGUUAUUAUGAUCAUUUCCAUCACAGAUGUAAUUCUCAAUGUCAGAUUACCGCUAUAAUGCCUAGGUAUUUAAUAAUUAAUUAAAUAUUAUUAAUUCUCCUAAUGUUAUACAAUUAAUUUUUUUUCGAUGUUUUGUUCAUUUUGAAAAACAUUAAUUACUGAACUCAAAUACAGUUGUACGGGAAAAUGUAAGUUUUAAUAAACAUUAAAGAAAAUGGUACGUUGAAUUUAUAUUUAAGAUAUAUAAUAUUGGGUAAAAUAUCGUUUUACGGUAAAGUAUUUUGGAAAACGAACGUUUCGGAUAAAAUUGAAUCUUUCAAUCGCAUUUUCUAUAUAGGUAAUAGACCGAAAAUAACGAUUCCAUUCGAUGUUAUAGUCCCUUUCAAAUUUGCUAUAAGAUCUAACAUUCUAUAUUGUUUAAAAAUUCAUAAAAAAAAAAUAAUAAUAAUAAUAAUAAAAAGUACCUACGUUUAUUUUCAUUGGAAACCCUAGUAUCCUCAUAAAUUAUAUUAUCUAAUCCAGCGUUAUUCAAAACAUUUUCUGAAUAUACAAUGUAUAAUUUCAAAAAUAAUUUAGAUUUUCUUUAUACCUAUAAGUAAAACUGUAUUUUUGUAAUAUUAUUUAUCGAAAAUGUAAAUUCGCCGUAUACUAACACAUUCUUUGACAACAGAUUAUUCGAUUUAUAUAUUAAUCGGACUGUUGUAACUUGUAUCUCUUAGGUACAAUGGCAACAUAAAUAUGAUUAAUAUAUUUAUUUAGUAAUACAAUUCCUACAAUAGCAUUUCCAUGUUUAUUUUUUUUUUCCAACGACAUUUUAAGUUACCUGCAGCUCUAUACAUGUUAUUAUAAUAAUUUCUGAUUUAUGUUCGGUCGUAUUAUUUCACUACAUAAAUCUCAAUGCAAAAGUAUACUACUAAAGUACUAAAGUUACUUUUAUCUUGAACGUUAGUUUCGGCCGAAAACUUCCCGUUUUGCAUAUAAUAAAUACUGCCCCCUAAUUUGUAUUUUUUUUUCUAAAUACGACACUCAAACUUUUUGAUACGACCUGACACGUGUUAUAAUAAACGUAUGGAACCGUAUACGAAAGAAGACAUGAAAUUCAAAGAAUUUAUGGAACCCAAUGAUCCAAUAUAUCUUCGAGUACAGUAUUGGAUAUCGUAAGUUCUCUGUGUAUAAUAAAUAGGCACGAUUAAAAUAAUUCAAAACCUCAGGAGUCCGAUUCAUCGAUCGCAUUCAGUAUUUUAAUAAUAUAUUAAACACGGUUGUGCAGUGCACUUAAUUAUUUUUGCCGUUAAGUUAAAAAGAGGAUUAUUUAAUUUGGUAAAAUUUGACGGAACAUCGAUGUUAUGUGAUUUAUAAAAUUGGCCGAUUAUAUAGGUAGUUUAAAAAGAAAAAAAAAAGAUGCGGUAGAUAGCAUCAGUAGCUUUCUAUUUUAUUGUUAUGUCUUAAUUCCGCAGACAUUUCUAUAAAAAUUCACUCUACUGGUAUAUCUUCUACACUACUAAUAUCUAUACUGCAUCAUCGUAUGGACACUAUCUCUGUGAUAGUUACAUAUUAUACUAUUAUAGUCUAUUACCAUAGUUGCAAUACGAACUAACGCGAUUAAUGAUAGGUAUAAUAUAGAUAUACCUAACAUCCUAUCAUCCUGGUGGAGAGAUCAGGCUUAUUAAAUAUAAGAUUAUAAUAUUUAUUGUGUUAAUCAAUCCCUUGUAUGACAUUUUUUAGUGGAACGACGAUUGGACCGAAUUGGUGCUUAACCCACCAUCCACCGACCAAUUGGAAAAGAAACGUGCCGAAACCAUCCAGGACUUGGAUGCCGGCACCAAAUACGAAGCCACUGUUCAAUCCAGAAACCGCUACGGCUGGAGCGAAGUAUCUGAAUCAUUCUUCUUCACCACCAACACUAAGAACGGUAAACCUCGACGUUCAAACACGACUUGUUUAGCUAUAAAUUGCUGGAAAUUAACGUUAUCGUUAUAUCUAUUGUUGUUUUGUAAAUGCCAUUGAUAAACCAGUAUGAUACAUAGACACCGCGAAAGACAUGUUUCUUGGGGCCAUCGCCUAUCUAAAAGAAAAUUUUAUUUUUAUUUUAUUUUUUCAUUAUUCUUCGAUUUGGAGUAAAAAUUAAAAAGUCAUAGGUAUAGUGUAAAAUAUUUAAAACGGUGUAAACAAUACCAUUAUAUCGGUUAAAUAGGAAUUGGUAUAAGUAUUUUAUUUUUAUUUAACUUAAUGUUCGAAAUUGUUCAGUAAAAAAAAGACCUUUACGCAUCCGGAUUGUUCUUAAACUUACAUUAAAACUAAAAUUAUAUAAAUUAUCAUCCCGUUAAUUAACUAUUAAUUAACAAUAUAUGUAUAAAAACAAAUUUUAUUAUUGUUCUUAAGAAUUAUUAGAAUACGUUUUACAAUGUUAAUUUAUAAUUAGUCAGUGAUAACGUAUAUCUACCCACAUUAAAUACAUACAAGUAUUUAGAGUUGGUAUUCGUUCAUAUUAUAUUAUUCUUCUUAAGUUGUUUAACAGACUCGUUGCACGUUACAUAUUAAAAUGUAUUAACAAAAUUAUAAUGGGCAACGCCAUGCAAGAUAACACUAGUAAUAUUAUAAUAUUAAGUUACAUACUUAUUUUAGUUUGUUUUUAUAAAAUUUUUCUUAGACUCUUUCGUAAAAAUAAUGAUAAUAUUCAAAAUUUGAUUAAAUAUCUUAUUUUAUUAUCACACGAAGCAAUAUUUUCGACACAGAAAAAAUUAUUAAUGAUAAUAAUUUAUUAAAUAUAGAUACUGAACUUACAAAAUUAUUUCAAAAAAAAAAAAAUGUUAAUUUUAUCCAAAUAGAUACGCGGGUUUUUUUAAGUAUUAUAGGACGUAGGUACCGUCCCUCAAAAUAGUAAGAGGACGCUAAAAAAAUAUAAGUAAAGCCCACCUACCUUCCCCUCUCGAGUGGAAAUUUCACUGGGGAGGUACUUUAGAGAGGUCGUUUUUCGAUUUUCUCAGCAAAUGUUAAAAAUUGGGAAAAAUCAUCGGAAAACCGGAGAAAUCGGUAUCGGUUCUUGGUCGCUUCUCAAUGGCAUAUUAUGAUAUAAUGUGGUAGUAUAUAUAGUAACGUUAAUGUUACCAGCUAUUAUUCUUCGAUCAUAUAUAUUUAUAAAAACGUUAAUAUUAUAUUGUUAUUUAUUUUAUCGCGAAAUUAGACCCAGAAUUGCGAGACAUGAGCAUCACUGCAGGCAGCGCUAACAAAGCCGUCGAAAUGAUCCAAGGACCAUUGCUGUGCAUCAUCAUGGUCAUCUACAACACCGCCUAAAUUCCUACACAAAAGUAAAUAUCAUGCAUGUAUAUUUUUUGUAUAAUACAUUUCAAAAAAUGUAAUUCCUAGGUGAAUGCAUUCCCAGUGUUCCCACAAAUGUCUCCGAUCGAAUUUUGGUACCGGAUACAUACUUUUACUUUUUAUGUAAAGAAUACUUGUAAUUUGUAUUCGAAAUAUGUACCUAGACAUACACUUAAAAGCUAAAACGCAAAUGAAUUAAUGGAAAUGUAUUCGGAAUACACAUCAGAAUUUUUUAAAAAUUAUUCGAAUACUUAUUGUCGAUUAUAAUUUACCCCUGCUAAUUAGACAAUUGCGAUAAUUUCAAUGUACCGAAAUAAUCGUAGUAUCAUAGGCACAUUAUGGGCCAACCAUAAUUCGAUUGAAGAUGAAAAUACUAAAAUAAUAUAAUACAUGCGCAUAGUCAGGAUUUUUAACUUGCAGCAUUUGUUUUUCUGUUCUGAUAAGUCUUAGAAACAUUUAAGUAAACCAUACAUUUGAUUCAGUUAACAAUGAUGUAAAAUUAGACAUUUUUUUCAGAUUAUUCGGAUUCAUAAAAUACUACAAUAAUAACAAUAAUUAAUAUUGUAUAUGUUUCUGUUUUCAGAUUUCAUAUUUUCAACCCUUUUUAUCACACCUCUUCUAAUACCUCUUCUAUACAUCACGUCUUCAUGGAAACCUUCAAGACUUCUCUAUACCGCAGUCACCCGCCUAUACAAUAUACUUCAGUCAACACCGUUACGCAUGGACCACGCCGAAUAAAUACUCAGUCUUCAUCGAAAUGAUAUCACAUACAAGAACACAUCUGCAAUCCUAAAGAAUUUAUAAUUUUUUUCAAUUCACAUGUGUGUAUACAAUAUACACACACGACUUUUUAAUAUUAUACACUGACAGAAAAAGAAAUAGUAAUACGCAACACUUCACCACCGUAAUUAUAUUGUACCCACCGUGUCUACUGUCUAUGUUAGUUUUCAAAUCACCCAACCCCUUUUAUACGUAAAUACUAAAUAAUCAACAAUAUUAUUAUUCUUGUCCACUUAAAAAUAACCAAUCGAACGUUGUUCGACUAUAAUAUAAUAUAAAGACAGUCCCACUACACUGCCUUUUAAAUGAUUCCCUAAUAAGUAUCCAGAUUCUGAAUAGUUAUUCCGUUUAAAUAUCCAUAGUAGAUAUAUGUGUUACGGUAAGUGUUGUGAAACGGGU